GCAGUCGUGCAUUCCCCGCCUCGCCUCGGGUGUAGGGAUUGCAAAAAAACAAAACUACACUGUCAAGACUGUGUAGUUUUGUUUUUAUGAUUAGAGGCUCUUCAAUUCUCAUGCUGGGAUUGUCUAAAAAAAUCUUACUCUGGAUAAGGACGUCGUUCAAGAAGAUUUCGUUGGGCUUAGCCCACUCUUGCAGGCACUUUGAGAGAUCAGAGUGCCUGUAAAGAUGACGACGAAAGCACCAACAUUUACACAGCCGUUACAAAGUGUUGUGGCACUGGAGGGUAGUGCCGCAACCUUUGAGGCUCAUAUUAGUGGUUUCCCAGUUCCUGAGGUGAACUGGUUUCGGGAUGGCCAGGUUCUCUCUGCUGCAACUCUGCCCGGUGUGCAGAUCUCGUUUAGUGAUGGCCGCGCUAGACUGGUGAUCCCCACCGUGACAGAAGCCAACAGCGGGAGAUACACUGUGCAAGCCACCAAUGGAUCUGGGCAAGCGACUAGUACUGCUGAGCUGCUUGUCACAGCUGCAACAGCACCACCAAACUUCUCACAACGACUACAGAGCAUGACUGCAAGACAGGGAAGUCAAGUUCGACUUGACGUGAGAGUGACUGGAAUCCCUACACCUGUGGUGAAGUUCUAUCGGGAUGGAGUAGAAAUUAAAAGUUCCCCCGAUUUUAAAAUUUUACAAGAAGGAGACCUUUACAGCUUAAUAAUUGCAGAAGCAUAUCCUGAAGACUCCGGCACCUAUUCCGUAAAUGCCACAAAUAGUGUGGGACGUGCUACUUCAACAGCUGAAUUGCUAAUUCAAGGCGAGGAAGAAGCCGUUCCUGCUAAAAAGACAAAGACAAUUGUUUCGACUGCUCAGAUUUCACAAACAAGACAAGCCAGAAUUGAAAAGAAGACUGAAGCCCACUUUGAUGCCAGAUCACUUACAAGUGUUGAAAUGAUUAUAGAAGGUGCAACCACCCAACAGCUCCCACACAAGGCACCUCCACGAAUGCCUCCUAGACCUACAUCCAAAUCACCAACCCCGACAACUGCUGCAAAAGCACAAAUGGCACGACAGCAAUCACCAUCGCCCGUUAGACAAUCACCAUCACCUGUAAGACAUGUCAGAGCACCAACACCUUCACCAGUAAGGUCAGUUUCUCCUGCUGGGAGAAUCUCCACGUCACCUAUUAGACCAGUGAAAUCUCCAUCUCCAAUCCGUAAACCACACGUAGUGACAACAGCUGGGGCUGAUGUCCUUCCUCCUUGGAAGCAGGAAGGAUAUGCUGGAACCAUGGAAGCCCAGAUGAAGGAAACAAGAGUAUCUACAAGCACUACCCAAGUCACUGAAGAAAGAUGGGAAGGGAGAUAUGGGGUCCAAGAACAAGUUACUGUUACUGGCACUGCUGCUGGCGAGGUGGCCACUGGUGCUAGAGAGGUGAGAAAGGACAGUGAAAAAACAGCAGCUAUUGCUACAGUUGUUGCUGCUGUGGAUCAAGCCAUGGUGAGAGAACCAGCUCCAGGUGUUGCAGAGCAAACUGCUAAAAGGACAGCAAUGACUGCAGUCCACGUUCAGCCUGUUCAUGAGCAGAUGAAAAAGGAGGCAAUGGUAGUAGUUACCAGUGAUAAAGCCACAAAACAAACAGUGAUAUCAAGAACUAGAGAAGGAAUUGUAACUUCACAAGAACAAAGACACAUCUCUCCUGAAAAGGUGAGAAAAGAACCAGAGAAAACUCCAGUACCGACAGUAAUAAUUGCCACAGACAAAGCCAAAGAACAAGAAAGAAUAGCAAGAGCUAGAGAAGAAAUAUCUACCAGACAUGAACAAGUGCACAUUGCUCAUGAACAGAUAAGAAGGGAAGAAAUGAAACCUUCAGUACCUAAAGUAGUAAUUACUACUGAUAAACCUAAAGCACCGGUCAUAAUAUCGAAAAGUAAAGAAAGAGUUACCACCAAACAAGAACAAGUGAGCAUAACACGUGAAAAGACUCAAGCUGGAAAAAAGGCUGAAGCUGUAGCUACAGUCGUUGCAGCAGUUGAUCAGGCACGUGUUCGAUCACCCUGGCAACCAGAACAAGCAGAUGAAGCUUAUGUAAAGGAGAAAACUUUGGAAUAUGGUUAUAAAGAGCACACUGUAACAGACCGUGGUCCUGAGGUCCCAGCAGAACGUCAUGUUGUUACCAAAGAAGUCAAAACAGUCUAUGUUCCUCCUGAGAAACAUAUCUCAGCUCCUGAAAAGCAGGAAGUUCAUAUAUCAAAAGAGAUAAAAAGAACAACAGAGCUUGAGAAAACAAUUCAUGUUGAACCGCCACGGCCUCGCACAGCAAGUCCUCACUUCACAGUCUCCAGAGUUGCUGUUCCUAAACCAGAUCAUACGUAUGAGGUUUCAAUAGCUGGAACUGCCAUGGCUACUCUGGAGAAAGAGCUGUCAGCUACUUCUGCCGUGCAAAAGAUCACCAAGCCUGUGAAACCACCUCAGCUAAAGCCUCAUGAAGUCAGGACAAAAGCAGAGCCUGUUGCCCCUCCACAGUUUCCCUUUGGAGAGGCUGCGGAGACAUACAAGAGUCACUAUGAUGUUGAGACUAAAAAGGAGACAAGCAUUAAAAGUGAAGCAGUGAGGACAGAACACUUGAUGCUGCAUAAAGAAGGUGAAGCAAAGGUGACAGAAACUGCCAGAGUUCCUGUACCUGCAGAAAUCCCUGCUACGCCACCCACCUUAGUCUCAGGCCUCAAAAAUAAGACUGUGACUGAAGGUGAGUCUGUGACUCUGGAGUGCCAAAUAUCUGGUCAUCCUCAGCCUACAGUGACGUGGUACAGGGAAGACUACAAAAUUGAGAGCUCAAUGGACUUCCAGAUCACUUUCAAAGCAGGACUUGCUCGCCUUGUGAUUCGUGAAGCCUUUGCAGAGGACAGUGGAAGAUUUACCUGCACUGCCACCAAUAAGGCUGGGAGUGUCAGCACUUCCUGCCACUUACAUGUGAAAGUUACUGAAGAAACUGAGACUCGAGAAACCAUUUCUGAGAAGGCUGUUACAGAAGAGAAACGCUAUGUGGAGACAAAGGACAUUGUAAUGGAAGAUGUCUCUGCUGCAGCAGAGGAAGUAUCGGGAGAACCCAUACCUCCUUUCUUCAUAAGAAAACCCAUGGUACAUAAAUUAAUUGAAGGUGGGAGCAUUAUUUUUGAAUGCCAAGUAGGGGGCAACCCAAAGCCACAUGUCUACUGGAAAAAAGGCGGAGUUCCUCUCACGACUGGCUACAGAUACAAAGUGAGUUACAAAAAAGAAACCGGGGAAUGCAAACUUGAAAUUUCCAUGACUUUUGCCGACGAUGCCGGAGAAUACACUAUUGUUGUUCGUAAUAAUCUUGGAGAAGCUUCUGCAACGGUCUCCUUACUAGAAGAAGCUGAUUACGAAGCCUACAUAAAAUCGCAACAAGAAAUGAUGUACCAAACUCAAAUGACUGCAUACGUACAGGAACCUAAAGUGGCUGAGGUAGCCCCACCCAUUUCCUAUGGCGACUUUGAAAAAGAGUAUGAGAAAGAACAAGCUCUAAUUAGGAAGAAAAUGGCAAAAGAUACAGUGAUGGUCAGAACUUUUGUGGAAGAAGAGGAAUUCCAUAUUUCUUCUUUUGAAGAAAGACUUAUCAAGGAAAUUGAACUCAGAAUUAUUAAGACUACCUUACAUGAACUUCUCGAAGAAGACGGAGAGGAGAUGAUGGUUGAUAUUUCUGAAUCUGAAGCUGUAGAAGCAGGAUUCGAUUUAAGAUUAAAGAACUACAGAACCUUUGAAGGGACAGGAGUUACCUUCCAUUGCAAGACAUCUGGAUAUCCAUUGCCAAAGGUGGCAUGGUAUAAGGAUGGCAAACGUAUAAGACACGGAGAGCGCUACCACAUGGAACUGCUGCAAGAUGGCAGUGCCACUCUGCGAUUACCUGUUGUUUUACCUGAAGAUGAAGGAAUUUAUACUGUCUUUGCUAGUAAUAUGAAAGGAAAUGCCAUUUGCUCAGCAAAACUCUAUGUUGAGCCAGUUGCACCUACAGCAACUCCAGGUUAUAUGCCAGGACCUGAAGUUAUGAGAAGAUAUAGGUCUAUCUCUCCACGGUCUCCAAGCCGGUCUCCUGCCCGCAGCUCUCCUUCUCGUUCUCCUGCCCGGAGAUUAGAAGAAACUGAUGAAGGGCAGCUAGAGAGACUAUAUAAGCCAGUUUUUGUGCUGAAACCAACAUCAUUUAAAUGUUCACAGGGGCAGACAGCAAGAUUUGACUUAAAAGUUGUUGGCAGACCUAUGCCAGAGACAUACUGGUUCCAUAACGGCCAACAAGUUAUUAAUGACUACACCCAUAAAAUAGUGAUUAAAGAAGACGGUACCCAGUCAUUGAUCAUUGUUCCUGCAAUGCCUGAAGACUCUGGAGAAUGGGCUGUCAUUGCUCAGAACAGGGCAGGCAAAGCUUCAGUCUCAAUGACACUGACUGUAGAAGCUAAGGAAGACCUAGUCAGACCACACUUUGUGGAAAGGUUGAGAAAUGUCAGCGUGAAGGAGGGCUCUAGACUGGAGAUGGCAGUGAAAGCUACUGGUAACCCUAAUCCUGACAUUGUAUGGCUCAAGAACAGUGACAUCAUUGUGCCUCAUAAAUACCCCAAAAUAAAGAUUGAGGGAACCAAAGGGGCAGCUGCCCUUAAAAUUGAAUCUACUGCCAGGCAAGAUGCUGCAUGGUAUACCGCUACUGCUAUCAAUAAAGCUGGACGGGACACUACCCGCUGCAAAGUAAAUGUUGAAGUUGAACACACAGAACCUGAACCAGAAAGGAAAUUAAUAAUUCCAAAAGGAACUUAUAAAGCCAAGGAGAUUGCAGCACCAGAGUUAGAACCUCUCCAUCUGCGCUAUGGUCAAGAGCAAUGGGAGGAAGGAGAUCUCUAUGACAAAGAAAAGCAACAGAAACCAUUUUUUAAGAAGAAGCUCACAUCUUUAAGGCUCAAACAGUUUGGACCAGCACACUUUGAAUGCAGGCUUACACCAAUUGGUGACCCAACCAUGGUGGUGGAGUGGUUGCAUGAUGGCAAACCCUUGGAAGCAGCUAACAGACUCCGCAUGAUCAACGAGUUUGGUUACUGUAGCCUGGACUAUGGAGUAGCCUAUUCCAGAGACAGUGGAGUGAUUACCUGCAGAGCAACUAACAAAUAUGGUACAGACCACACAUCUGCUACUCUGAUCGUGAAGGAUGAGAAGAGUCUUGUGGAAGAAUCCCAGCUGCCAGAAGGCAAAAGGGGACUCCAGCGAAUUGAAGAGUUAGAAAGAAUGGCCCACGAGGGUGCUCUACCUGCUGUUGCACUGGACCAAAAGGAAAAACAAAAACCAGAAAUCGUUUUGGUUCCUGAACCUGCAAGAGUCCUUGAAGGUGAAACAGCACGAUUCCGCUGCCGUGUGACUGGCUAUCCUAUGCCCAAGGUCAACUGGUACCUCAAUGGACAGCUCAUCCGUAAAAGCAAAAGGUUUAGACUCCGUUAUGAUGGAAUCUACUACCUGGAUAUUGUGGAUUGCAAAUCAUAUGACACAGGAGAGGUAAGAGUCACUGCAGAGAAUCCAGAAGGCUUUAUUGAACAUAAGGUGAAACUUGAAAUCCAGCAGAGGGAAGACUUCAGAUCUGUUCUUCGUCGUGCUCCUGAACCCAAACAUGAGCCUGUAGUUACAGAACCUGGGAAACUUCUGUUUGAGGUACAGAAGGUAGACAAACCUGCAGAGGCAACAACCAAAGAAGUGGUGAAGCUGAAAAGGGCUGAAAGAAUCACUCAUGAAAAGCUUUCAGAGGAAUCUGAAGAGCUGCGUAGUAAAUUCAAGCGCAGGACAGAAGAGGGCUACUAUGAAGCCAUUACAGCUGUGGAACUUAAAUCUCGCAAAAAAGAUGAAUCAUAUGAAGAAAUGCUAAAAAAGACAAAAGAAGAACUUCUUCACUGGACCAAAGAGAUCCCAGAGGAAGAGAAGAAAGCACUUCCUCCUGAAGGCAAAAUCACCAUUCCAACAUUCAAACCAGAGAAGGUGGAGCUUAGUCCAAGCAUGGAGGCUCCCAAGAUACUUGAACGAAUUCAAAGCCAGACUGUAGCCCAAGGAACAGACGUACACUUCCGUGUAAGAGUGGUGGGAAAACCUGAUCCUGAAUGCCAGUGGUUCAAAAAUGGUGUUCAGAUUGAAAGGACUGAUCGUGUGUACUGGUACUGGCCUGAAGAUAAUGUUUGCGAAUUAGUUAUCAGAGAUGUGACUUCUGAUGAUUCCGCCAGCAUCAUGGUGAAAGCAGUCAAUAUAGCUGGUGAAACUUCUAGCCAUGCUUUCCUGUUAGUACAAGCCAAGCAGUUAAUCAGCUUCACCCAGAAGUUGCAAGAUGUUGUUGCUAAAGCAAGAGACUCCAUGGCAACAUUUGAAUGCGAAACAUCAGAGCCCUUUGUCAAAGUGAAAUGGUUUAAGGAUGGAAUUGAAAUUCAUUCUGGAGACAAGUACAGGAUGCACUCAGACAGAAAGGCUCACUUUCUUUCCGUAUUAACAAUUGAGAUGUCUGAUGCAGAUGACUACAGCUGUGCACUGGUUGAAGAUGAAUCCGUAAAAACCACUGCAAAGCUUACUGUUGAGGGUGCUGCAGUUGAGUUUAUUAAAGAACUUGAGGAUGCUGAAGUGCCAGAAUCCUUCUCAGCCGAACUUGAAUGUGAGGUUUUCCCAGAAGAUGCAGAGGGGAAAUGGUAUCAUGGUGAUGUUGAACUCACUUCUAGUCUUAAAUAUGUGAUUGCAUCCCGCCGUGGUCGCCAAACCCUCACUAUUAAAGAUAUUAAUAAAGAUGAUCAAGGAGAAUAUAGUUUUGUUGUUGAUGGAAAAAGGACUCAAUGCAAACUGAAGAUGAAGCCUCGUCCGAUGGCAAUUCUUCAAGGACUUACUGAUCAAAGAGUCUGUGAGGGAGAUAUCGUGCAACUUGAAGUCAAAGUCUCCCUAGAAAAUGCAGAGGGUGUCUGGAUGAAAGAUGGCCAAGAAAUUCAGUCAAGUGAUCGUAUUCAUAUUGUGCUGGAUAAACAAUCACAUAUGUUGCUCAUAGAAGAUGCCACAAAGGAAGAUAGCGGAACUUACUCUUUUAGUGUUCCUGAUCUUGAGCUGUCAACCACUGGACAGAUCACAGUGUACAGUGUGGAAAUAGUGGUUCCUCUAGAAGAUCUUCAUGUAAUUGAAGGAACAAAAGCCAUCCUCGAAUGCAAAGUUUCAGCACCUGAUGUGUCCUCCUCAAAAUGGUACCUAAAUGAUAAUCAAAUAAAGCCUGAUGAACGUGUGCAAGCUGUAUGUAAAGGUGCCAAACAGAGGCUAGUGCUCACCAGAACCCAUGCAUCAGAUGCAGGACGCUAUAAGCUAAUGGUUGGCAAAGUGGAAACAAGCUGCAAUGUCACAGUUGAAGAAAUUGAGAUUAUUAGAGGUCUUCAUGACAUUACCUGCACUGAAACACAGAAUGUGUCCUUUGAGGUCGAGCUCUCCCAUUCAGGGAUUGAUGUAAUCUGGCAUUUCAAAGGCCAGCCCAUAAAGGCCGGUCCUAAAUAUAAAAUUGAAGCACGUGGCAAAAUAUAUAAAUUAACAGUGGUGAAGAUGAUGAAAGACGAUGAAGGAGAAUAUGUCUUUUAUGCUGGAGAGAAGAAAACAUCUGGGAAGCUUGUAGUAGCAGGCGGUGCCAUUUCAAAGCCUCUCAGUGACCUGACUGUGGCCGAGUCCCAGAUAGCUGUUUUUGAAUGUGAGGUGGCAAAUCCUGAAUCAGAGGGCCAGUGGCUACAAAAUGGUAGACCAUUAGCUACGACAGAUCAGUACCAUGCUGAAUCUGACGGUGUAAAAAGAAGGCUUGUUAUCCCUGUGACGAAACUGGAGGAUAUGGGGGAAUACAGCUAUGAAAUAGCAAGCUCAAAGACAUCUGCCAAACUGAAGGUCGAAGCUGUUAAGAUAAAGAAAACACUAAAGAACUUGACUGUGACAGAAUCACAGGAGGCAGUUUUCAGUGUAGAACUGACCCACCCGGAUGUGAAAGGAGCUCUAUGGAUUAAAAAUGGUGUUGAACUUGAAUCAAGUGACAAAUAUGAAAUAACAGUGAAAGGAACUGUUCACACACUGAGAAUCAAACACUGUGUUGUCACUGAUGAGUCUGUUUACAGCUUUAAACUUGGAAAAAUAGGAGCAAAUGCCAGACUUCAUGUGGAAACUGUCAAGAUCAUCAAAAAGCCAAAGGAUGUGACUGCUUUGGAAAAUGCUGUUGUCUCAUUUGAACUGAGUGUCUCCCAUGAUACUGUACCAGUCCGGUGGUUCCAUAAAAAUAUAGAGCUUAAACAAAGUGAUAAAUACAAGAUGAUCUCUCAGAGGAAAGUUCACAAGCUUAUGCUGCAUAACAUAUGUCCUGAUGACGCUGGGGAAUACACAGCUCUUGUUGGGCAAAUCGAGUGCAAAGCAAAACUGUUUGUGGAAAGCAUACACAUCACAAAGACCAUGAAAAAUAUUGAGAUCCCUGAGACCAAAACUGCCUCUUUUGAAUGUGAAGUUUCUCAUUUCAAUGUGCCAGCUGUCUGGUUGAAGAAUGGUGUGGAGAUUGAAAUGAGUGAAAAGUUCAAAAUAGUUGUCCAAGGGAAACUCCAUCAGCUCAAUAUAAUGAACACAAGCAGUGAAGACUCUGCAGAAUACACUUUUGUCUGUGGAAAUGAUAGAGUCAGUGCAACCCUGACUGUAAAACCCAUCCUAAUUACCUCCAUGCUAAAAGACAUCAAUGCCGAAGAGAAAGAUACAAUAACUUUUGAAGUUACUGUUAAUUAUGAAGGCAUCUCAUAUAAAUGGUUAAAGAAUGGAGUAGAAAUAAAGUCGACUGAUAAAUGUCAGAUACGAACAAAGAAGCUUACACACUCCCUCUCCAUAAGGAAUGUGCAUUUUGGUGAUGCAGCAGAAUAUACUUUUGUUGCUGGAAAUGCAGCUUCAUCAGCCACUUUAUAUGUGGAAGCUCGUCACAUUGAGUUUAGGAAGCAUAUUAAAGACAUCAAAGUGGUAGAGAAGAAGAGGGCUAUUUUUGAAUGUGAAGUUUCAGAACCUGACAUUCAGGUCCAGUGGAUGAAGGAUGGGCAAGAACUCCAGAUUGGUGAUAGGAUGAAAAUUCAGAGAGAGAAGUAUGUCCAUCGUCUCAUCAUUGCUUCCACAAAGAUGUCUGAUGCUGGUCAGUACACUGUAGUAGCAGGUGGAAACACAUCCAGUGCCAAUUUGAUAGUGGAAGGUCGUGACAUUCGUAUCAAAAGUGCCCAGAAAGAUAUUCAGGUCAUUGAGAGACAAAGAGCUGAAAUUGAAUUUGAAGUCAAUGAAGAUGACAUUGAACCACAGUGGUACAAGGAUGGUAUUGAGAUCAACUUCCAAUAUGAGGAAAGAUACAAGUAUGUGGUGGAAAGGAGAGUCCAUCGAAUGAGCAUCUUUGAAACCACUUACUCUGACGCUGGGGAAUAUACCUUUGUUGCAGGACGGAACAGGAGUUCUGUUAUGCUUUAUGUGAAUGCUCCAGAGCCACCCCAGAUUAUUCAGGAGCUAGAGCCAACUACUGUGGAGUCUGGCAAACCUGCUCGCUUUUGUGCUAUUGUAUCAGGCAAACCCCAGCCCAAAAUUUCCUGGUACAAAGAUGAUCAACAGCUUUCUCCAGGUUUCAAGUGCAAAUUUCUUCAUGAUGCACAAGAAUAUACUCUAUUGCUGAUUGAAACUUUCCCUGAAGAUGAAGCAGUGUACACCUGUGAAGCAAAAAAUGACUACGGAGUAGCUACAACUUCAGCUUCACUUUCAGUUGAAAUUCCAGAAGUUGUCUCUCCUGAGCUAGAAAUGCCAGUGUAUCCACCUGCUGUGGUAAUACCACUACGUGAUACUGUUACAUCUGAGGGACAUUCUGCUUGUUUUCAGUGCAGAGUUACUGGAACAGAUCUGAAAGUGUCUUGGUACAGCAAAGAGAAAGAGAUCAAGCCAUCACGGUUUUUUAGAAUGACUCAAUUUGAAGACACUUUCCAGCUGGAGAUUGCUGAGGCUUAUCCAGAGGAUGAAGGGAUCUAUACCUUCGUGGCAAGUAAUUCUGUAGGCCAAGUGACCAGCACUGCUACCUUGAAGUUAGAAGCUCCUGAAAAAAUUGUUCAUGAGAAGCUAGAGGAAGAGGUUGAAAUGGAAGUGAAAGUUGCACCGAUCCUGAGGAGGAGGCUUGAACCCUUGGAAGUGGCUGUAAAUCAUGUGGCCAAGUUUACCUGUGAGGUGGAGAUGGCUCCCAAUGUCAAGUUCCAGUGGUACAAAGCUGGACGAGAGAUAUAUGAUGGGGACAAAUACUCCAUUCGCACCUCCAACUACCUCUCCACACUGGAGAUUCCGAGGCCUCAAGUUGUUGACUGUGGGGAAUAUAGCUGUAAGGCUUCCAACCAGCAUGGCAGUGUAAGCUCCACAGCUGUUUUAACAGUAACUGAGGCAUUUCCGCCAACGUUUCUUACCAGACCUGAACCUAUUACUACUUUUGCUGGCAAAAGUGCCAAGUUCCUGUGUACUGUUUCGGGCACUCCAGUCAUCGACAUCACCUGGCAGAAAGAUGGAACAACCAUUUCACCUUCAGACCACCACAAGAUCUCCAAAGUGGAAAAUAAACAUGCCUUAGAAAUUUCCCUUCUUACGACUAGUGACAGAGGGGUUUACACUUGCAAAGCUUCGAACAAGUUUGGGGCUGAUAUUUGCCAGACUGAAAUGGUCAUUAUAGACAAGCCCCACUUCAUUAAAGAUUUGCAGUCAGUACAGUCAGCAGUUAAUAAAAAAAUACGCCUUGAAUGUCAGGUAGAUGAAGACAGGAAAGUAACUGUAGGGUGGACAAAGGAUGGAAACAAAAUCCCUCCAGGCAAAGACUAUAAGAUUUACUUUGAAGACAAAAUAGCCUCACUUGAGAUUCCUCUGGCUAAGGUCAAGGACUCAGGCCACUAUGUGUGUACUGCUUCAAAUGAGGCAGGAAGCAGCUCCUCUUCUGCCAGCGUCACAGUCAGAGAACCGCCAUCCUUUGUGAAGAAGGUCGAUCCAUCUUAUUUACUGACCCCAGGAGACUCUGCACGCCUUCAAUGCAAAAUCAAAGGAUCUCCUGAAAUCCAGGUUACUUGGUUCAAGAACAAUAAGGAAAUCCAUGAAAGUAAUACACACAGGAUGUCCUUUGUCAAUUCUGUGGCUGUGUUAGAUAUUUUGGAAAUGAAAGUUGAUGACACUGGGACCUACUCAUGUGAAGCUGUCAACGAGGUUGGAAGUGACAGUUGCACCACCGAAGUGGUUGUCAAAGAGCCUCCAUCUUUCAUCCGAACACUUGAACCUGCAGAGCUAGUGAAGGGAACAAACCCCAUUCUUCAGUGUGAGGUUGCUGGCACUGGACCCUUUGAAAUUAGCUGGUACAAAGACAAGAAGCAGAUUCGCAGUAGUAAAAAAUACAGGCUGACCUCUCAGAAGGCUGUUAUUUCUUUGGAGGUCUCCUCAUUUAAUAGUGCAGAUGUCGGUGAAUACGAGUGUGUGAUAGCUAAUGAAGUCGGGAAGUGCAUGUGCAGUGCCACAUACAUCUUGAAAGAACCACCAUCUUUUGUUAAGAAAAUCGAAAAUGUGACAGCUCUGGCUGGAGAUAGUGUUACAUUACAGGCUGUGGUGAAAGGGUCAGAACCUAUUUCUGUGACAUGGAUGAAGGGCAAAGACAUUAUUAAAGAUGAUAACAAUGUGAGAGUGACAUUUGAUCAUGGUCUAGCAACACUGCAAAUCACCGGAGUCCAGCUGAGCUCUGGUGGCAAAUACACCUGCGUGGCUGAGAAUGAUGCAGGAAGUCAGUCCUGCUUUGGUGAACUAGCAGUGAAAGAACCUGCCAAAAUAAUUGAAAAAGCUGAAAUGAUCCAAGUUACAGCUGGGGAGCCAGCUAUUUUGGAGUACACUGUCACAGGCACUCCAGAGCUGAAAACCAAAUGGUUCAAAGAUGGAAGGCCACUACCUGCCAGCAAAAAAUACAGGAUCAGCUUCAAAAAUAACAUUGCCCAGCUCAAGUUUUAUGCCACUGAAAUUCAGGACAGUGGUGAAUACACCUUUGAGAUAUCCAAUGAUGUGGGCUUCAGCUCUUGUACUACCAGCUUCACUGUGCUAGAUCGCACUCUACCUCCCUUCUUUACUAAACCACUGAAGAAUAUUGACAGCAUCAUUAGCGCCUCGUGCCGCCUAGACUGCAAAAUUUCAGGCUCUCUCCCAAUGACUGUCUCAUGGUUUAAGCAGGAUACUGAGAUCACUUCAAGUGCCAAGUAUACAGUACACUUUGCAGAAGGCUCAGCUUCUCUGGAAAUCAAACACCUAGAUGCAAAUGAUGCUGGGGUCUACAUUUGCAGAGCCACAAACUCUGCUGGUAGCAAAGAGAGCAGUAGCACUUUGUUUAUAAAAGAGCCGCCCAGCUUCACUGUAGAACCAGAGUCUCAAGAUGUAUUGCCUGCAUCAACUGUACAUUUCAAAGGAAUGUUUAAAGGCACAACACCACUGACAGUGAAAUGGUUUAAAGGUGAUACUGAGCUGGUGACAGGAGGAGCCUGCUACAUUAUGACAGAAGCAUUAGCAAGUUACUUGGAGCUUUAUGCAGUCAAACCGACUGACUCUGGAAAAUACACCUGCAAAGUCUCCAAUGUAGCUGGUUCAGUAACAUGCAGUGCAAACUUAUUUGUGAAAGAACCUGCCGCCUUUAAGGAGAAGCUAGAGCCGACUCAUCUCAUAAAGAAAGGUGGAUAUGCUGAACUGACCUGUGAAGUCACUGGUACUCCUGAGAUUAAAAUCACAUGGUUCAAGGAUGAUAGAGAGCUAAAAGAGAGUGACAAAUACAGGAUAUCUUUUACAAAAUCUUUGGCAAUACUCCGUGUUUCAGAGGUUGAUACUGAAGACAGUGGGGAAUACAUUUGCGAAGCCAAAAACGAUGCUGGAAAAGAUACCUGCAGUAGUGUUGUUACAGUCAAAGAGUCACCUUAUUUUAGCAAGGAGUUUCAAUCCAUGGAAGUCUUGAAGGAUUCUGAUGUGGUUUUGGAGUGUGAGGUGCUUGGCACGCCUCCCUUUGAAGUGUUCUGGGUGAAAGAUGAUAAACCCGUGCGGAGCAGUAAGAAGCACAGAAUUAGCAUUGAGAAAUCUUUGAUUAGCCUCCACGUUUUCAGGUUUGAUGCUUCUGAUGUUGGGGAGUAUCAGUGUAGAGUAACAAACGAUGUUGGGAGCUGCCUCUGCCGUUCAGAGGUCACGCUGAAAGAGCCUCCGCAGUUUUUGAAGAAGAUAGAAAACAUUAGCUCCCUUCGAGGGGGAACGGUUGUGUUUCAGGCUGCUAUUAAAGGUUCCUUGCCCAUCACUGUGUCCUGGUUGAAAGACAAUGAUGAAGUGAUUGAAGACAACAAUAUCAAAAUGACCUUUGUGAACAAUGUUGCCACUCUUAUGGUGAGAUCUAUUGAGCUGAAACAUGAUGGGAAAUAUUUCUGUCAGGCUAAAAAUGAGGCAGGAAUUCAGAGGUGUUCUGCUCUGCUGACUGUCAAAGAACCUGCUACAAUUGUGGACAAGGCUGUGUCAAUAGAUGUGACUGAGGGAGACCCAGCAACCUUGCAGUGUAAAUUUUCAGGAACAAAACCUAUUACAGCCAAAUGGUUCAAAGAUGGCAAGGAACUGAUAUUGGGCCCAAAAUACAAGAUCAGUGUUACAGAUACUGUCUCAGUCUUAAAGGUGCUUUAUGCAGAUAAGAAUGAUAGUGGAGAAUACAUUUUUGAGGUUCAAAAUGACGUUGGGAGCAGUAGCUGUUCUGCCAGCAUAAACGUCCUAGAUCUCAUUAUACCACCUAAAUUCACCAAAAAACUCAAGAAAAUGGACAGCAUUAAGGGGUCUUUUGUCCACCUGGAGUGCAUAGUGUCUGGUUCGCAUCCUAUAAGUAUUCAGUGGUAUAAGGAUGGCCAAGAAAUAACAGCAAGUGAAAAGCACAAAUACUCUUUCCAUGAUAAUACUGCAUUUCUGGAAAUAAAUAAACUGGAAGGCACAGACAGUGGCUCUUACACUUGUGAAGCAACAAAUAAAGCAGGAAGCAGCCAGUGCAGCGGGUUCUUAACAGUAAAAGAGCCGCCAUACUUUGUGGAAAAACCCCAGUCUCAAGAGGUUGUGCCCAAUGCUAGGGUUCAGUUCAAAGCACUGGUGAAAGGGUCUACUCCUCUGCAGAUAAAGUGGUUUAAAGACAGCCAGGAGCUCCUCUCUGGAGCCAGUCGAUCUGUCUGGAAGGAUGACACUUCUAGUGUUCUGGAGCUCUUCUCAGCCAGGACAUCUGAUUCUGGGAGCUACACUUGUCAGAUAAGCAAUGACGUGGGGACUGCAACCUGCAAAGCAACUCUGUUUGUAAAAGAGCCCCCCAGAUUUAUUCAGAUGCCAACUUCUGUAGUAGCUUUGCGUGAAGGACAGUCCACCACUUUUGAGUGCCAGGUAGUAGGCACGCCAGAGAUCCACAUUACAUGGUACCUGGAUGGAAUUGAAGUGACUGAUCAAGCUAAGUACGGCAUCUCCUUCAUAGAUGGUUUAGCCACUUUGAGAGUCACUCAAGCCAGAGUGGCAGAUAGUGGGAUUUAUGUUUGUGAAGCCCACAAUGAUGCAGGUAGUGAGAGCUGCAGCGUCGAGCUGAAAGUAAAAGAGCCUCCAACCUUUGUUCGGGAGUUGCGUCCCACCGAGGUAGUGAAGGGCUCAGAGGCCACACUAGAGUGUGAGGUGACUGGUACGCCUCCAUUUGAGGUCAAGUGGCUGAAGAACAACAAGGAGAUGUUCAGCAGCAAGAAAUAUGCCAUCUCCACCAAAGAAUCAGUAUUUACUCUUAAUGUGACUAACUGCGACGUCUCGGAUGUUGGUGAAUAUCAGUGUAUUAUAUCAAAUGAAGGUGGGAGCUGUUCUUGCAGCACAAGACUCAGCUUAAAAGAACCACCAUCCUUCAUCAAGAAGCUGGAGAACGUCACUAGCAUUUUGAAAGGUGAUGCAUUCUUUCAGUGUGUCGUAGCAGGCGCCCAACCCCUAUCCGUGACAUGGAUAAAAGAUGAGAAAAUACUAGAAGAUGAUGAGCACCACCACAUUACCUUCGAGAACAGGGUGGCCACACUGAAGCUUACUAAUGUUGACCUCAGCCACAGAGGGAGAUACACCUGUCAGGCAAAGAACGAAUCUGGCAUGGAGAAGUGUUUUGCUUUGCUUUUUGUACAAGAGCCUGCACAGAUCAUAGAAAAGGCUAAGUCACUUAAAGUCACUGAAAAAGACCCUGUGACUUUGGACUGUACUGUGGCUGGGACACCAGAGCUCCGAAUAAGAUGGUACAAAGAUGGCAAGCAGCUCCUGCCCAGCAGAUACUACACAAUGAGCUUUGAAAACAAUGUGGCCAGUUUCAGGAUUGAACCUGUAUCAAAGGAGGAUAGUGGCACAUACAGUUUUAAGGUUGAAAAUGACUUCGGAAGUAGCACCUGUGAAGCUGUUCUGACUGUGCUAGAUCAAUCAAUUCCUCCUGUAUUUAUCAAAAAGCUAGCCAAAAAGGAUACCAUUCUGGGAUCUUCUAUCCAAAUGGAGUGUAAAGUCUCUGGGUCACUCCCAAUUGUUGCAAAAUGGUUUAAGGAUGGAAAAGAGAUAACUGACAGUGCAAAAUACAGAAGCCUGUGCCAUGAGAAUACUAUGUCACUCGAGAUUGCUAACCUAGAGCUGGCAGACAGUGCAAAUUACACAUGCAGUGUCUCUAAUGUUGCUGGAAAUGAUUCUUGCAGUGCAGUCCUGAGUGUGAAAGAGCCACCAAGCUUCUUAGUAAAACCUGAAAGCCAGCAAGCUAUACCAGAUUCCACAGUGGAGUUUAAGGCCACACUGAAAGGAACACCACCCUUUACAGUAAAGUGGUUCAAAGAAGACUUAGAACUCGUAUCUGGUCCAACUUGUUUCAUUGGGAUUGAAGGUUCAGCUGGGUUCUUAACCCUCUAUUCAGUGGAUUCUUCUAGGAGUGGGCACUACACUUGCCAUGUUUCAAAUGAUGUUGGCAGUGACUCUUGCACUACAACACUGUUGGUAACAGAACCCCCCAAGUUUGCUAAGAAGCUAGAGGCAACAAAAGUAGUCAAGCAGGGUGAUUCAGCCCGGCUUGAGUGCAAAGUAAGUGGAUCUCCAGAGAUGAAAGUAGUGUGGUUCAGAAAUGACCAUGAAAUUGUUGCCAGUGAAAAAUUCCGGACAUCAUUCAUUGACUCUGUGGCGGUGCUUGAAAUGAACCAUCUCAGCACUGAUGAGAGCGGUGACUACAUCUGUGAAGCUCACAACCCUGCCGGCAAGGCCAGCUGUAGCACCAAAGUCACAGUGAAAGAACCUCCUGUCUUUAUCAGGAAGCCUUCUCCAGUAGACAUUAUCAGAGGAUCUGAGGUUAGCCUGGAAUGUGAGAUUUCAGGAACACCUCCAUUUGACGUUGCCUGGUACAAAGACAGGAGACAAAUCCGCAGCAGUAAGAAGUACAAGGUUACAGCCAAAAACUACCACACAAGCGUUCACAUUCUUAAUGUUGAAGCUGCAGAUGUUGGUGAAUAUCAGUGCAAAGCACAGAACGAUGUAGGAAGUGACACUUGUAUUUGCACUGUGAAGCUGAAAGAACCACCAAAAUUCUUGACUAAAAUAAACAGCAUGACUGUUGUGGUUGGUGAACCAGUAGAGUUACAAGCAAGAGUGGAGGGCUCCCAGCCAAUUUCUGUGCAGUGGCUUAAAGACAAAGAGGAAAUAAUCAGAGAAAGUGAGAACACAAAGAUCACAUUUAUGGAAAAUAUUGCAACUUUGCAAUUUGUGCGCACAGAGACCAGCAGUGCUGGAAAAUAUACCUGUCAGAUCAGAAAUGAUGCUGGAAGUCGCGAGUGUAUGGCUACCUUAACUAUUCUAGAGCCUGCAGUCAUUGUAGAGAAAGCAGAGCCAAUGAAAGUUACAAUAGGAGAUGCCUGUACUUUGGAAUGCAAAGUAGCAGGCACACCACAGCUUUCCACUGGGUGGUUCAAGGAUGGCAAAGAACUGACCAGCAGCCAAAAAUACAGAAUAACCUUCCUCAAUAAUGUAUCUACACUUAAAAUUAUGGAUGCAGAAAAGGAAGAUGGUGGAUUGUACACUUUUGCUGUGCAAAACAACGUGGGGAAAAGCAGUUGUACGGCAUCGGUUGAUGUUUUAGACCGAAUCAUUCCUCCUUCUUUCACAAGAAAACUAAAGGACAUCCCUUGUGUUCUGGGUUCCUCAGCACUGCUGGAAUGUAAAGUGUCAGGUUCACCUCCUAUUUCUGUUGCCUGGUUCCAAAAUGGAUUUAAGCUAGUCAGUGGAGAAAAACAUCAAAUGUCCUUUUCAGAUAACUUAUGUAUUUUAGAAGUUAAUUCACUGAGCCACUCAGAUACUGGCACUUACACCUGCAAAGCUACCAACACAGCUGGCUCAGAUGAAUGCAGUGCUGUGUUGACUGUACAAGAGCCACCUUCUUUUGAGAGGACCCCAGAGCCUCUGGAUGUAUUGCCAGGCACAAGCAUCACUUUCACAUGUGUGGUCAGAGGAACCCCUCCUUUUAAGGUUAACUGGUUUAGAGGGGCCAAUGAACUUGUGCCAGGGGACAAAUGCAAUAUCUACUUGGAGGAGUCUGUUGUGGAGCUUGAGUUAUUUGAUGUAACUCCUCCCCAAAGCGGAGAGUACACUUGUCUAGUGACUAAUGAUGCUGGCAGGGUAAAUUGUACAACACACCUCACAGUAAAAGAGCCAGCUGUCUUUGUAAAGAAACUGAGUGAUCAGUAUGUGGAGCCUGGCAAGCCCAUCAUCCUAGAGGGCACUUACACAGGCAGCCUGCCCAUCUCUGUGACAUGGAAGAAGAAUGGCCACACCAUCACACAAUCUCAGAAGUGUAGCAUCACCACCACAGAGAAAUCCUGCAUCCUAGAAAUACUUGACAGCACCAAAGAAGAUGCAGGAGAAUACACUUGCCAUGUUGAAAAUGAGGCAGGAAGAGAUGUUUGUGAGGCUGUAGUCUCUACCCUAGAACCUCCCUACUUUGUUACACACUUGGAACCUCUUGAGGUGUCAGUUGGGUCUUACACAACAUUGCAAUGCCACGUUGCUGGAACACCAGAAAUUACUGUGUCUUGGUACAAAGGUGAUACAAAACUCAGGUCUACUCCUGAGUAUAAAGUGUUCUUUAAAGACAAUGUUGCUACACUUAUCUUCAACAAAGUGGCUAGCAGCGACAGUGGAGAAUAUAUCUGCAAGGCAGAAAACAGUGUAGGAACUGCAUCUACAAAGACUCUCUUAACAGUUCAAGAACGCAAACAACCACCUUCCUUUGCAAGAAAAUUAAAGGACAUCGAGCACCCUGCUGGUUUACCCCUUAAGCUUAUGUGUCGGCUCAAUGGCUCAGAACCCAUUACUGUCACUUGGCACAAAGAUGGAGUGCUGCUAAAGGAUGACCACAAUGUGCACACAUCCUUUGUAGAUAAUGUUGCAGUGCUGCAACUGGUGCGAACCGAGAUGAAUCAUACUGGGCAGUACUCCUGCACAGCCACCAAUUCGGUGGGCACUGCCACCUCAAGUGCUAGGCUCACAGUGGCAGAACCCAAGCAAGCACCUGUCUUCGACAUCAAAACACAAUCUAUUGACGUGCCUUUUGGAGAAAGUGCUGAUUUUGAAUGCCAUGUUACGGGAGCCCAGCCAAUACACAUAACGUGGUCCAAGGAUGGCCGGGAGAUCCGAACUGGAGGAAAUUUCAAUAUUACAUUCACAGCCAACACAGCUCACCUUCGAGUGCUCAGAGUGGGUAAAGGAGACUCUGGCCAAUACACUUGCCAAGCUAGCAAUGAAGCUGGGAAAGACUUCUGCUCAGCCCAACUCAGUGUCAAAGAACCUCCCAAGUUCGUCAAGAAGCCUGAAGCUUUGCGGUUCGUGAAGCAGGGAGACACAAUUCAGCUUGAAUGUAAAAUCAGUGGCACACCAGAGAUCAGAAUCGUGUGGUACAAAAAUGAACAGGCACUCCAGGCAGGCGACAGGCUGCACAUGUCCUUCGUAGACUCUGUGGCAACGCUGACCAUAUUGGGUGCCACUGCUGAAGAUGCUGGGGACUACAUCUGUGAAGCCCACAACUCUGCAGGCACAGCCAGCUGCAGCACUUCAGUCACAGUGAAAGAACCACCUGUUUUUAGCAAGGUGCCAAGCCCCGUGGACACUCUUAAAGGCUCAGAUGUUAUCCUUCAGUGCGAGAUAGCAGGGACCCCACCCUUUGAGGUGGCUUGGUUCAAGGACCGGAGGCAGGUCAGGAGCAGCAAGAAGUUCAAGGUGACAGCAAAGCACUCCAUUGCCAGUCUUCAUAUUCUCAAUUUGGAAUCUCAAGAUACUGGAGAAUAUCAAUGCAAAGCUAUGAAUGAGGUGGGAAGCGACACUUGCACCUGCCCAGUGAAAUUCAAAGAACCUCCACGAUUUGCCAAGAAGCUGAGUGACACGGCAAUCUUCAUCGGGGAGCCAACUGCCCUGCAGGCAGUAGUGGAAGGAUCCCCACCCAUUUCUGUUGUCUGGCUCAAGGAUAAGGGUGAAGUUAUUAGGGAGAGUGAAAAUGUUCAAAUGUGGUUUAUGGACAACAUUGCAACUCUUGAGAUUGCCAGUGCAGAGGGAACUGACGUUGGAAAGUACAUCUGUCAGAUCAAAAAUGAUGCUGGCAUGCGGGAGUGCUCUGCCUUUUUACAGGUCCUAGAACCAGCAGUCAUCUUAGAGAAGACCGAGCCGAUCACAGUAAUGGCCGGCAAUCCUUUUACCUUGGAGUGCAAAGUAGGAGGAACACCUGAGCUUAUCACCAAGUGGUACAAAGACGGCAGAGAACUAAAGAGUGACCGCAAAUACCAAAUUUCCUUUUUCAACAAUAUUUCCACUUUGAAAGUCUUUUCUGCAGACAGGGGAGACAGGGGCUUGUAUACUUUUGAGGUGCACAAUGAAGUGGGGGACAGCAGCUGCACAUCUUCGGUUGAUGUUUCAGAUCGCCUUGUUCCUCCUUCAUUCUCAAGAAAAUUAAAGGAGACAAAUGGGGUGCUUGGAUCCUCUGUGCUGCUGGAGUGCAAAGUGUCUGGCACAGCUCCCAUAUCUGUGUCUUGGUUUCAAGAUGGGAAUGAGAUUGUUUGUGGAGAAAAACAUGAAAUCUCAUUCUUAGAUAAUGUUUGUGCUUUGAAGUUGAAUGCCCUGGAUGUCACAGAUACAGGGUCUUAUACAUGUGUGGCAGCCAACGUGGCUGGAUCUGAUGAAUGCAGUGCCUUCUUGACUGUACAAGAACCACCUUCUUUUGUGAAGACACCUGAUCCCCAGGAAGUUUUGCCUGGAUCAAAUGUGACAUUCACCAGCUACAUCAAGGGCAGUACUCCCUUCAAAGUGACCUGGUUCCGAGGCAUCAGGGAGCUGGUGCCAGACAGCAACUGCUCCAUCUCUCUCCAUGAGUCUGUGGCACAGCUGCAGCUGUACAACGUGGAGCCAGACCACAGCGGGGACUAUGCCUGUGUGGUCACAAAUGAUGCUGGCAGUGCCUCAUGUACAACACAGCUCUUUGUGAAAGAGCCUGCAGUCUUUGUGAAGAAAUUAAGUGAUUUCAGUGUGGAGCAGGGGAAGUCCAUUGUGCUGGAAAGCAGCUACAUUGGCACUCCUCCCAUCUCUGUCACCUGGAAAAGAAAUGGGAUGCCCAUUGCUCAGUCUCAACGCUGCACUGUUACAGCUACUGAAAAAUCUGGCAUCCUUGAAAUCUUCAACAGCACAAAGAAUGAUGAAGGCGAAUAUACCUGUGAGGUGGCAAAUGAGGCGGGUGGGGAUGUUUGCCACAGCCUUGUCUCUAUCUUAGAACCACCUUAUUUUGUCACGCACCUGGACCGUGUGGAGGUGAAGGUUGGCGAGCCUUUGACCUUAAAAUGCCAGAUUGGCGGUUCACCAGAAAUCAAGGUGUCCUGGUACAAAGAUGACACCAAACUCAGAUCAACACAGGCUUACAAAAUGCACUUCAAGAACAAUGUGGCAACACUGGCAUUCUCUGCUGUAGAGGAUAGCAACAUUGGAGAAUAUAUCUGCAAAGCAGAAAAUAGCAUCGGCUUUGCCACCUCCACAGCUUUGCUUGUUGUUAAAGAACGUCAACUUCCCCCUACAUUCACCAGAAAACUUAAAGAUAUUCAGGAGGUGGUUGGUGCCCCGGUGACAUUUGACUGCCGCAUAACUGGCUCAGAGCCUAUCCAGGUGUCUUGGUACAAGGAUGGGGCUCUCUUAAGUGACACUGAUAACAUGCAAUCAGCCUUCUUAAAUAAUGUUGCAACUUUACAGAUCUUAGAAACUAGUAUGGAUUACUGUGGCCAAUAUACUUGCUCAGCCCAAAAUGCUCUGGGGACUGCCUCUUCCAGUGCCAAACUUCUCCUUACAGAACACCUGCGACCUCCCUUCUUUGACACCAAGCCGGUAUCUAUCGAUGUGGCACUAGGGGAAAGCGCAACCUUUAAGUGCCACGUGACUGGUUCUGCUCCCAUGAGGAUUACUUGGACCAGAGACAACAGAGAGAUUCGUACAGGUGGCAACUACAAAAUGACAUUGGUGGAAAACACAGCCAGCUUGACAGUCCUAAAAGUUGGUAAAGGGGAUGCCGGACUCUACACAUGUACUGCCAGCAACAGUGUUGGAAAGGACGUGUGUGCAGCUCAGCUGGCUGUACAAGAACCACCAAGGUUUAUUAAGAAACUAGACUCCUCAAAACUUGUGAAAGAGCACGAUUCCACAACGUAUGAAUGCAAGAUAGGUGGAUCUCCAGAAAUCAAAGUCACCUGGUACAAAGGUGAAACUGAAAUCCAUCCCAGUGAAAAAUACAGAAUGUCCUUUGUGGAUUCAGUGGCAGUCAUUGAAAUGCACAACCUCAGUGUUGAAGACAGUGGUGACUACACUUGUGAAGCUCGGAAUCCAGCGGGUAGUGCAAGUACGAGUACUACACUGAGAGUAAAAGCACCCCCUAUUUUUACCAAGAAGCCCCAUCCAGUUGAGACCUUGAAAGGGUCUGAUAUUCAUCUGGAGUGUGAGCUUCAGGGCACUCCUCCAUUCCAGAUUUCAUGGUAUAAAGACAAACGAGAAAUUCGGAGCAGCAAGAAGUAUAAGGUCAUGUCUGAGAAUUACAUAGCUAGUCUUCACAUUCUCAGUGUGGAUACUGCAGAUGUUGGUGACUAUCACUGUAAGGCUGUAAAUGAUGUAGGAAGUGACUCCUGUAUUGGCUCUGUAACACUAAGAGCACCACCAACCUUUGUGAAGAAGCUGAGUGAUCUCACUGUCGUAGUUGGGGAGUCGAUUGAACUGCAGGCUGCAGUACAAGGAUCACAGCCCAUUUCUGUUCUGUGGUUAAAAGACAAAGGGGAAAUCAUCAGAGAAAGUGAUAAUCUUUGGAUCUCCUACUCAGAAAACAUUGCAAGUCUGCAGAUUGGAAAUGCAGAACCAACCAAUGCUGGGAAAUACGUUUGUCAGAUAAAAAAUGAUGCUGGAGUUCAGGAAUGUUUUGCCAUGCUGAAAGUGCUAGAACCUGCAGUCAUUGUAGAGAAGCCAGGCCCAGUCAAAGUUACAGCUGGAGAUUCUUGUACUCUGGAAUGCACAGUAGAUGGCACACCAGAGCUUACUGCUAGGUGGUUUAAGGAUGGCAAUGAACUGUCCACUGACCAUAAAUAUAAAAUCAGUUUCUUCAACAAAGUAUCUGGACUUAAGAUCCUCAGUGCAACACUAGAAGACAGUGGAGAAUAUACCUUUGAGGUGAAAAACAGUGUUGGUAAAAGCAGCUGCACAGCUUCAGUGCAUGUUUCAGAUCGUAUUAUACCUCCUUCUUUCACAAGAAAACUGAAAGAAACUUAUGGUCAGCUGGGUGCUUCUGCUGUACUGGAGUGCAAAGUUUAUGGGUCACCACCCAUUCUGGUUUCCUGGUUUCAUGAUGGACAAGAGAUUACCAGUGGAGAGAAGUAUCAGGCUACUCUUACAGACAAUACCUGUUCUCUGAAAGUGAAUGGACUUCAGGAGUCUGAUAUGGGAACUUAUUUGUGCACUGCUACUAAUGUAGCUGGGUCUGAUGAAUGCAGCGCAUUUUUGAGUGUUAUAGAACCACCAUGUUUUGUGAAGAAGCCUGAACCACUGGAUGUCUUAUCUGGGGCAAACAUAACCUUUACUAGUAUCAUAAAAGGUUCCCCUCCACUGGAAGUUAAAUGGUUCAGAGGCAGUGUUGAGCUAGUACCAGGAGCCAGAUGCAAUAUCACCUUGCAAGAUUCAGUUGCAGAACUGGAGCUGUUUGAUGUACAUCCACUUGAGAGUGGAGACUACACCUGCCAAGUCUCUAAUGAGGCAGGGAAAAUUUCUUGCACAACACAUCUUUUUGUCAAAGAACCAGCCAAAUUUGUGAAGAAGGUGAAUGAUUUAAGUGUAGAGAAAGGGAAAAAUUUAAUCUUGGAAUGCACAUAUAUGGGUACACCACCAAUUUCAGUGACAUGGAAGAAAAAUGGAGUGAAAAUAAUGCACUCUGAAAAGUGUAGCAUCACCACUACAGACACAUCUGCCAUACUGGAAAUACCUAACAGCAAACUAGAAGAUCAAGGGCAAUAUUCUUGUCAUAUUGAAAAUGAUUCUGGGAAAGAUACUUGUCAUGGUACAAUCACAAUACUAGAACCACCUUACUUCAUUACACUCUUGGAGCCAGUGCAGGUGACUGUUGGGGAUUCUGCAUCCUUACAGUGCCAGGUUGCUGGAACACCAGAAAUGAUUGUGUCAUGGUACAAAGGUGAUACAAAGCUGAGAGGAACUGCUACUGUGAAAAUGCACUUUAGGAACCAAAUUGCUACUCUGGUUUUCAGCCAGGUAGACAGUAGUGACAGUGGGGAAUACAUCUGCAAAGUAGAAAACUCUGUUGGGGAGGCUUCUUCAUCAUCUUUGCUCACAGUUCAAGAGCGUAAACUUCCUCCUUCUUUUACACGAAAAUUAAGAGACAUUCAUGAAACUGUUGGCUUACCAGCUGUAUUUGAUUGUGGCAUUGCUGGCUCAGAACCCAUCGAAGUAUCUUGGUUUAAAGACGGCGUGCGUGUAAAAGAGGACUACAAUGUUCACACGUCCUUUGUAGAUAAUGUAGCAACUCUCCAGAUUUUGAAGACAGAUAGGAGCCUUAUUGGGCAAUACACCUGCACAGCUGUCAAUGCUAUUGGGACUGCUUCUUCUAGUGGCAGGCUUGUCCUUACAGAAGGGAAGACUCCUCCAUUCUUUGACAUCCCACUUACACCUGUGGAUGGCAUUAUUGGAGAAAGUGCUGAUUUUGAGUGUCAUGUUUCUGGAACACAGCCUAUUAGAGUCACUUGGGCAAAAGAUGACCAAGAAAUUAGAACAGGAAAGAACUAUCAGAUCAGUUAUGUAGACAACACAGCCCAUCUGACCAUCUUGAGAGUUGACAGGGGGGAUUCUGGAAGAUACACAUGCUAUGCUAGCAAUGAAGUUGGAAAGGACUCUUGCACAGCUCAACUGGCUGUUAAAGAACGAAAAACUCCUCCGACUUUUACUAAGAAACUGUCUGAAGCAGUAGAAGAAACAGAAGGGAAUGAACUUAAACUUGAGGGUCGAGUUUCCGGCUCUCAGCCUUUGACUGUUGCUUGGUACAAAAAUAAUCAGGAAGUCCAUUCAAGUGCUCACUAUGAAUUGUCUUUCAAAAACAAUACCUUACUUUUGCAUAUAAAGGCUGUAGAGCAAUCAGAUGCUGGUUUAUACACCUGUAAAGUGUCCAAUGAAGCAGGAAGCGUGUUGAGUACAUCUUCUGUUGUUAUCAGAGAACCUAAAAAGCCUCCAGUUUUUGACCAGCCUCUUCAGCCAGCAGCAGCAGAGGAAGGUGAUACCCUGCAGCUUAGCUGUCAUGUCCAGGGAUCAGAGCCAAUCCGGAUCCAGUGGCUGAAGGCAGGAAGAGAAAUAAGAGCUUCAGACAGAUGCAACUUCAGCUUUGCUAAUGGAGUAGCUCUUCUAGAACUUGCUGCAGUUACCAAAUCAGAUUCAGGAGAAUAUGUAUGCAAAGCUUCAAAUGCAGCUGGCACUGAUACUUGCAAAUCUAAAGUGACAGUCAAAGAAAAACCGGCAGCUGCUCCAGCAGCUAAGAAAGCAGACGUGGAAGGCAAACUUUAUUUUGUGUCAGAGCCUCAGAGUAUCAAAGUCAUGGAAAAGACCGUUGCAACAUUUAUUGCAAAAGUUGGAGGAGAUCCAAUUCCAAAUGUUAAGUGGAUGAAGGGAAAAUGGAGGCAACUCAACCAGGGAGGUCGCAUUAUAAUCCAGCAGAGAGGAGAUGAAGCCAAACUAGAAAUAAAGGACACAAUAAAAACUGAUUCUGGCAUGUACAAAUGUGUUGCUUUUAACCAACAUGGUGAAAUUGAGAGGAGUGUAAACCUGCAAGUUGAAGAAAGAAAGAAAGAAGUUGUUGAAGGAGAUCUCAGGGCAAAACUAAAAAGCACUCCAACAAAAAGAAAAGAAGAGGAAGAGCAACCUAUUGAUAUCUUGGAACUUCUCAAAAAUGUAGAUCCCAAAGAAUAUGAGAAAUAUGCUCGCAUGUAUGGAAUUACAGAUUUCCGUGGCCUCCUGCAAGCCUUUGAGUUACUAAAGCAAACCCAAGCAGAAGAAAGCCAUAGAUUGGAAAUUGAGCUCACAGAGAAAGCUCAAAGGGAAGAUCAGGAGUUUGAUGAACUUGUAGCUUUUAUUCAGCAACGACUCACACAAACAGAGCCUAUUACUCUGAUCAGAGACAUUGAAAAUCAGACGGUUUUAGCAGAUGAGGAUGCUAUCUUUGAAUGUGAGAUUAAGAUUAACUAUCCAGAAAUUAAACUGUCAUGGUACAAGGGAACACAGAAACUGGACUCCAGUGACAAAUAUGAAAUUAGAAUUGAAGGUGAUCGCCACAUACUGAGAAUUAGAAACUGCCAGCCUGAAGAUCAAGGAAACUUCAGAAUAGUGUGUGGACCACAUAUUGCCAGUGCCAAGCUAACUGUGAUUGAACCUGCAGUUGAGCGGCAUCUUCAUGACACUACUUUCAAGGAAGGAAAAACAUGCACACUGACUUGUCAGUUCUCUAUCCCAAAUGCCAAGUCUCAGUGGUAUAGAAAUGGGAGACCCAUUAAGAUAGGAGGGAGAUAUUCAACACAAGUCUCUGACAAAGUGCACAAACUCAUCAUCAAGGAUGUUAGAACGGAAGACGAGGGACAGUAUACCUGCAAGCUUGACAGUCUAGAGACAACGGCAGAUCUGGCCAUUGAAGCGGAACCAAUUCAGUUCACCAAGAGCAUACAGAACAUCGUUGUGAGCGAACACCAGUCUGCAACCUUCGAGUGCGAGGUGUCUUUUGAUGAUGCAGUUGUGACAUGGUAUAAAGGCCCCACUGAACUGAGAGAGAGUCCCAAGUACAGCUUCAGAAGUGAAGGUCGUUGUCAUUAUAUGACUAUUCACAAUGUCAAUGCAGAAGAUGAAGGUGUGUAUUCUGUAAUUGCUCGUCUUGAACCAAGAGGAGAAGCAAGAAGCACUGCAGAGCUCUAUCUUGUAACCAAAGAAAUCAAACUGGAGUUGAAGCCACCAGAUGUUCCUGAUGCCAAGGUUGCAGUUCCACCUCAAAAACCAGCUGAAGCUGCCCCUAUUCCCAUUCUUCUGCCUCUUGUUCCACCUCCAGAGGAGAAAAAGCCAGCAGAGAAAAAGGUUCCAUUAAGGAAAGUCCCCCAAAAGGUGGUUAAAAAAGCUCCUGAAGAAGUCCUGCCAGCUAAAGUUCCUGAGGUGCCACCAGAGAAGCCCAAAGAGGUCAAAAUAACAUCCAUGGCAAGGAGAGAAGAGAUACAUGAAGAAAAGAAAAUACAUGAAACACCCAAAGAAAUUUAUGAAGAAUGGGAAGAAGAUUAUGGUGAAGACCAUGACUAUUAUGUCAAGGAAGAGGGCUAUGAUGAAGGGGAAGAGGAAUGGGAAGAAGCUUACGAGAAAAAAGAAGUGACUUACGAAGAAAAAAGAAUAAUUCAUGAAGAAGUGACUGAAGUUCCUAAGAAACGCGUGCCUGAGAGAAAGCCACCGGCCAUUAUAGCUGAAAAGAAGGAAAAGAAGGAAGUAACUGUUCAAAAAGUUGUCAAGAAACCGGUCGAUGAAAAAGUGGAGGUAACCACUCAGAGGGUUGCAGAAGAAAAAGUCAAAAGGGCUGAGGUUACCAAGAAAGUUCUGCCACCAAAACCUACACCAGUGGUCGUUGAAGAAAAAGUUAUGAAAAAAGAAGUACCAACAGUAGAAACAUGGACUGUUUCAGAAGAAAAGAUGUCAGUUUCUGUCCACAGAGAAGAAGAAUAUUCAUAUGAUGUUACAGAGCCAACAGAGCAUGAGAAAACAGUUGAAGAAAGAUUCUUUGAAGCUGUUUACCCAAUUGAAGCACAUAGAGAGGUUGAGGAGGAGGAAGAAAUUGUUUCUACAGAACUGGAGAUCUCUCACGUUGAAGUGCCUGAGAUACCAAAGAGGCGUGUUCCAGAAGAGAGAAAGCCUGUUCCUGUGCCUAAAAUGGAAGCUCCUUCAGCUAAAGUGCCUGAAGCCCCUAAGAAACCUGUUCCAGAAAAGAAAGUUGCUGUUGCUAAAAAGGAGGUGGCUCCCCCUGCAAAAGUGCCAGAGGUUCCUAAGAAAGCUCCCCCAGAGAAAAAGGUUGCUGUUCCAAAAAGAGAGGAAGCUCCAACACCUAAAGUGCCUGCAGUUCCUAAGAAACCUGUCCCUAAAGAAAAAGUAUCUCCUGCUCUUCCUAAAAAAAUUGAGGCUCCUCCAGCUAAAGUUCCUGAAGUGCAGAAGAAAGCCACUUUUGAAGAAAGAGUACUUAUUACAGAAGAAAGAAUAUCUGUAGCCAUUCCAGAGGAAAUCCCAUCACCUGAAGAACCAACAGUUGAAGAAUGGUCUGAAGAAGAAAGAGAGGAAGUAUCUAUUUCCAUCCACAGAGAAGAGAUUUCUGAAGUGACUGAAGAAGAGUCUUACUACAUAGAGGAGACAGUAACUGUUCCAAAAAGAGAGGAAGCCCCACCUAAAAAAGUGCCUGAGAAGCACAGGAGAGUUGUCCCUGAGCCAAAAGUCCCAGGCGCUCCUAAGGAAGCUCCAAGAGUUAAAGUUCCUGAAGUUCAUAAGAAAGCAGUUCCUAAAGAAAAAGUACCUGUUCCUGUGUCUAAAAAAAUAGUGGCUCCACCAGCAAAAGAACCUGAGGAAACAUUGGUGCCCACUUUUGAGGCAGAAUUUGAAGAACCUCCAACAACCAAAGUGACUGAAGUGCACAGGAAAAUUAUCACAGAAGAAAAAGUUGCAGUUGCUAAAAAAGAAGCGGCUCCACCAAAGAAAGCAGUGCCCAAGAAGCCUGUGCCAGAAGACAAAGUACCUGUUCCAAUUUCACAGAAAGUGGCAGCUCCAGCAGCUAAAGUGCCUGAAGUACGCAAGACAGUUGUCCGAAAAGAAAAAGCGUACGUUGAAGUUCCUCAGUAUGAAGAGGAGGAGGAGGUUCCAAGGUACGAGGAGGAAGACACCACCAGAUAUGAGAGGGACGUGAUCCGUUACAAGGAGGAAGUUCGCCAUUACGAAGAAGUUAGUCACUAUGAGGAGGAAGCUCCUCAGUAUGAAGAGGAGGAAGCUCCUCAGUAUGAGGAGGAAGAAGUUCCUCAGUAUGAAGAGGAAGUCAUCCAUUAUGAAGAAGAAGCUGCUUAUUAUGGAGAGGAGGUUGCUGAAUAUGAGGAGGAAGAGCCACAGGUUCCUCAGUAUGAAGAGAAGGCUCCCCCACCAGCUAGAGUGCCUGAGGUUCCCAAGAAGCCUGUUCCAGAGGAAAAAAUACCUAUUCUGAAGAAAAAAGAACCUCCUCCAGCGAAAGUGCCCGAGGUGCCAAAGAAACCUGUACCUGAAAAGAAAGUCCAAGUGCCGAAGAAGGAAGCUCCCCCAGCUAAAGUUCCAGAAGUGCCAAAGAAACCUGUGCCAGAAGAGAAGGUUCCUGUUCCUGUACCAAAAAAGAAGGAGGUUCCACCAGCCAAAGUGCCUGAAGUACCAAAGAAACUUGUGCCAGAAGAGAAGGUACAUGUCCCAGUGCCUAAAAAAGUGGAAGAACGUCCAGCAGCCAAAGUGCCUGAAGUGCCCAAGAAGGUUCCAGAAAAGGCAGUGCCGGUCCCUGUACAUAAAAAGCCAGAACCUCCACCAGCCAAAGUGCCAGAAAUACCAAGACGUCCCAGUGAAGAGGUGCCUAUUUUUGUUCCUGAAGAAGAAGAGGAAAAGGUUCCAGAGAUGCCAGCAAGAGUGCCAGAGGUGCGCAAGAGAGCUGUUCCAGAAGAAAAAAUAACUGUUGCAGUUCCUAAAGUAAAGAAAAUUCCACCAGCUAAAGUGCCUGAGGUUGCAAAGAAGGUUGUGUCUGAAGAAAAGGUUCCCAUUUUUGUUCCUGAGGAAGAAGAUGAGGAAUUUAUUCCAGAAGAAAUUGUACCAGAAAAAGAGCCAGAGAUUCCUAAGAAACCUGUUCCAAAGGAAAAAACGCCUGUGCUUCCACCUGAGAAACUGGAGCUUCCUCCAGCAAAAGUGCCUGAGAUGCCUAAGAAACCCAUUCCUGAAGUGAAAGAACCUGUUCCUAAAAAGGUGCCAGCUCCAUCAGCCAAAGUACCCAAGGUGCCUAAGAAGGUUGCUCCUGAAGAGAAGGUGCUGGUUGCUCCCGCUGAAAAAGUGGAGGUUCCAGCUGCAAAAGUCAUGGAGGUGCGUAAAAGAGCUGUGGCAGAAGAGAAAGUGCAAGCUGUUGUGCCCAAACCCAAGGAACCGACACCAACCAAAGUGCCCGAAGCACCCAAGAAACUUGUACGGAAAGAAAAAGUCCCUGCUCCUGCACCUGUGGUGGAGAAGUAUGAGUAUGCCUAUGAAGAAUAUGAGAAGUAUGAGACAUAUGAAAGCAUUGAAGAGUUUGAGAAGAUCCAGGAAGCUGAAGAAAUUGAGGCGUACGAGGAACCUGAAGAACCUGAGGGAUAUAAGGAAAUUCUGGAACAGGAAUAUGAAGUGGAGGCUGAGGAGAAAGAUGUCUAUGAACAGUAUGAGUUUAAGGAGAAGGAAGAGAUCUAUGAGAAAUAUGAGGAGGUAUAUGAGGAGGCUUAUGAGACCAAACCAGCUAUAGUGCCUGAGUUGCCCAAAAGACCUCUGCCAGAAGAAAAAGUACCUGCUCUUAAAAGAGAAGCUCCACCAGCUAAAGUGCCAGCAGUGCCGAAGAAACCUGUUCCAAAAGAGAAAGUACCACCUGCUGUUCCUAAAAAGGAAGCACCUCCGCCAGCUAAAGUGCCAGAGGUGCCCAAGAAAAUUCCAGAAGAGAAAGUGCCCACUGCUGUUCCUAAAAAACCAGAACCACCACCAGUCAAAGUGCCUGAGGUGCCCAAGAAAGUGAUUUCAGAAGAAAAAAUACACAUUGAAGUUCCUAAAAAGCCAGAACCUCCACCAGCCAAAGAACCCGAGGUGCCGAAGAAAGUUGUUCCAGAAAAGAAAAUACCUGUGCAAAAAGUACCAGAACCUGUGGUUGUCCCAGAACCAGAGGCUGCACCUGAAGAACCAGAAGUCCCACCAAAGGAAGUGCCGCAACCUGAAAAGAAGAUUCCUGAGAAGCGAAAACCACCACCACCACCACCUGCUCCAACAGAAGAUAUUAAACUGGCAAAAGAUCUACUUAAAGCUCCUGAGGCAAGGAAGAAAGCUGUGACUGCAAAACCUGGUGAGCCUCCGAAACUGGAACCUCCACCUGCUAAAGUGCCUGGACUUGUAAAGAAACCUCGCAAAAUAAUUCCUGAGCCUACUCCCCCACCAAAAGAAGAAGUUGUUUUGAAAAGAGUUCUUAAAAAGAAACCUGAAGAGGAAGAACCUAAACCAGAAAAAGAGCCUAAACCAGAAGUUAAACCAGUACCUACACCAAUAGAAAAAAUUAAGAAACCUGAAGUCCCAGAAGUUCCUAAGAAGAAAACUGAGAUACCUGCCAUAAAAAAAGAGGAGAAACCAGUGCCUGAACCACCAAAAGAAACUAAGCAAGCAUCUGUCCCAGUUCCUGGGCCUGAACCUAAACCUGUAGUAGCUGUAAAAUCUCCAAAACCAGCUGAAGAACCCACUGUUACUGCUCCAGUGACAGCUCCAGUUGUUGGAAAGAAAGCAGAGGCCAAGCCACCAAAAGAAGAAUCUCCGAAGGGUAUUAGUCCAGUCAAAGCCAAGAAGACACCUUCACCAGCAGAUGCAGAAAGAAGGAAGCUCAGGCCAGGCAGCGGUGGUGAAAAACCUCCUGAAGAGCCUCCAUUUACUUACCAACUCAAGGCUGUACCACUGAAGUUUGUCAAGGAGAUGAAAGAUAUAGUGCUAAAAGAAGCUGAAUCUGUUGGGUCUUCUGCAAUCUUUGAAGUCCUUAUUUCACCAUCCACUGCAAUUACCAGCUGGAUGAAAGAUGGAAGUAACAUCCGAGAGAGCCCAAAACACAAGUUUAUUGCUGAUGGCAAAGAUAGGAAGCUGCAUAUUAUUGAUGUCCAGCUGUCUGAUGCUGGCGAAUAUACUUGUGUAUUAAAACUGGGGAACAAAGAGAAGACCUCUACAGCCAAACUUAUUGUUGAAGAACUCCCAGUGCGGUUUGUGAAAACUCUUGAAGAAGAAGUGACUGUCAUUAAAACCCAGCCACUGUACUUAACAUGUGAGCUUAACAAAGAAAGAAAUGUGGUCUGGAGAAAGGAUGGUAAAAUCAUCAAAGCCAAGCCCGGGAAAUUUGCUCUGGGUGUUAUUGGUUUGUCACAUUCCCUCACAAUCACAGAUUCAGAUGAUGCUGAUGCUGGCACUUACACUGUUACUGUGGAAGACUCUGAACUAUCAUGCUCAUCUUGUGUUAAGGUAGUAGAAGUUAUAAGGGACUGGUUAGUGAAACCCAUAAGAGACCAGCAUGUUAAACCAAAAGGAACAGCUACUUUCAGCUGUGACAUUGUCAAGGAUACACCAAACAUUAAAUGGUUCAAAGGAGAUGAGGAAAUCCCUGCUGAACCCACUGACAAGACAGAAAUCUUGAAAGAAGGAAAUAAAAUUUUCCUGAAAAUCAAGAAUGCUGGUCCUGCUGAUAUUGGAGAAUAUGCAGUGGAAGUUGAAGGUCGCAGAUACCCAGCUAAACUGACCCUUGGUGAACGUGAAGUUGAGCUUCUGAAGCCAUUAGAGGAUGUUACAGUUUAUGAGAAGGAAACAGCAAACUUUGACACAGAAAUAUCUGAAGAUGAUAUUCCUGGUGAAUGGAAGCUGAAAGGAGAAGUCCUGAGACCUUCACCUACAUGUGAAAUCAAAGCUGAGGGAGGAAAACGCUUCCUAACCUUACACAAAGUCAAGUUAGAGCAAGCUGGCGAAGUCCUUUACCAGGCCCUGAACGCCGUCACUACAGCCAUCCUGACAGUAAAAGAAAUCGAGCUGGACUUUGCUGUGCCCCUGAAAGAUGUCACUGUUCCUGAGAAGCGCCAAGCAAGGUUUGAAUGUGUCCUUACCAGAGAGGCCAAUGUUAUAUGGUCUAAGGGCACUGAUAUAAUCAAGAUUGGAGAAAAAUUUGACAUCAUUGCAGAUGGAAAGAAGCACAUUCUUGUUAUCAAUGAUUCACAGUUUGAUGAUGAGGGAGAAUACACUGCUGAAGUUGAUGGCAAAAAGAGCACAGCAAGACUGUUUGUGGAAGGUGUGAGGCUGAAGUUCAUAUCACCUCUACAGGACCAAACAGUGAAAGAGGGGGAAACAGCUCACUUUCAGUUUGAGCUUUCUCAUGAAGACAUGCCUGUGAAAUGGUUCAAAAAUGACAAGAGACUUCACACAAGCAGAACAGUUUUAAUUACUUCAGAAGGCAAAGUUCAUAAACUAGAAAUGAGAGAAGUAACACUUGAUGAUAUCUCAGAAAUAAAGGCGGUAGUCAAGGACUUGAACACACAAGCCAACCUGAAAGUCUUAGAGGCCGAUCCAUAUUUCACUGUGAAAUUACAAGACUACAGUGCUGUAGAGAAAGAUGAUAUUACUCUGGAGUGUGAACUUAGCAAAGAUGUGCCAGUAAAAUGGUACAAAGAUGGUGAAGAACUGAUAGCUUCCAACAGAAUUUCCAUAAAAACCGAUGGCUUGCGCCGUAUCCUGAAGAUCAAGAAGGCUGCAGAGAGUGACAAAGGGGUUUAUGAGUGUGACUGUGGAACUGACAAGACAAGUGCCAAUAUCAGCGUGGAGUCUCGCUUAAUUAAAGUGGAGCGCCCACUGUAUGGAGUAGAAGUAUUUGUUGGUGAAACAGCACGCUUUGAAAUUGAAAUAUCUGAGCCUGAUGUCCAUCCUGUAUGGAAGCUAAAGGGAGAAACCCUAACACCUUCACCUGACUGUGAAAUCAUUGAAGAUGGGAAGAAGCAUAUUCUUGUCCUUCAUAACUGCAAACUUGAUAUGACUGGAGAAGUGUCUUUCCAAGCUGCCAAUGCUAAAAGUGCUGCUAAUCUGAAAGUGAAAGAACUGCCUCUUAUCUUUAUCACUCCACUAAGUGAUGUGAAGGUCUUUGAGAAGGAUGAAGCUAAGUUUGAAUGUGAGGUAUCCAGAGAACCCAAGACUUUCCGCUGGUUGAAAGGAACAGAAGAGAUCACUCCUGACGAAAGAUUCGAAAUCGUUUCAGAUGGAACAAAGCAUGCUCUGAUUAUUAAAUCUGUUGCCUUUGAGGAUGAAGUAAAAUACACAUUUGAAGCUGAGGAUAAAAGAACAAGUGCCAAGCUAAUUAUUGAAGGUAUCCGCCUGAAAUUCAUCACUCCUCUCAAGGAUGUGACAAAGAAGGAGCGAGAAACUGCAGAGUUCACUGUGGAACUCUCCCAUGAAAAUAUCACUGUUGUCUGGUUCAAGAAUGACCAACGAUUACAUACCAGCAAAGUGGUUUCAAUGACAGAUGAUGGCAAAUUCCAUACACUCACAAUCAAAGAUCUAACUAUUGAUGAUACUUCUCAGAUAAAAGUGGAAGCUAUGGGCAAAUCCUCAGAAGCUAAACUCACUGUUCUUGAGGGAGACCCUUAUUUCACUGGGAAGCUGCAGGACUACACUGCUGUGGAGAAAGAUGAAGUAAUCUUGCAAUGUGAAAUCAGCAAAGCAGAUGCCCCAGUGAAAUGGAUGAAGGAUGGCAAGCCAAUUACUGCAUCAAAGAAUGUUGUUAUAAAGGCUGAUGGCAAAAAGAGAAUCCUUAUUCUCAAGAAAGCUUUGAAGAAAGACAUUGGACAGUACACUUGUGACUGUGGUACUGACCAGACCUCUGCUAAACUUGAUAUUGAAGACCGGGAUAUUGAGAUUGUGCGACCACUCUACAGCGUGGAGGUGAUUGAGACAGAGACUGCCCGUUUUGAUAUUGAAAUUUCUGAGGAAGGUGUCCAUGGCAAUUGGAAGCUAAAAGGAGAACCCCUGACUGAAUCAGCUGAAUGUGAAAUCAAGGAGGAAGGAAAAAAGCACUUCCUUACACUGUACAAUGUACGCUUAGAUCAAGCUGGUGGAGUAGAUUUUCAAGCAGCAAAUGCCAAGUCUGGUGCUCACCUUCGAGUGAAACCUCGAGUAAUUGGCCUGCUGAGACCCCUCAAGGAUGUAACAGUGACAGCUGGGGAAUCAGCAACCUUCGAUUGCGAACUCUCUUAUGAGGGAAUCCCAGUAGAAUGGUUCCUGAAAGGAAAGAAACUGGAGCCCAGUGAUCAGGUGGUGACCCGUGCUGAGGGGAGAGUUCACACACUUAUUCUCAGAGACGUCAAGUUAACAGAUGCAGGAGAGGUAUCACUGACAGCGAAAGAUUUCAGAACUCAAGCAAAUCUUUUUGUGAAAGAACCCCCAGUUGAAUUUACUAAACCACUUGAGGACCAGACUGUUGAAGAGGAAGCCACUGCAGUACUGGAAUGUGAAGUUUCCAGGGAAAAUGCAAAAGUUAAAUGGUUCAAAAAUGGAGAAGAAAUUCACAAAUCGAAGAAGUACGAUAUCAUUUCUGAUGGCAGGGUCAGAAAACUCAUCAUCCGCGGCUGCACACUGGAUGAUGCAAAAACAUAUUCCUGUGAUGCUAAGGAUUUUAAGACAUCAUGUUUUCUCAAUGUGGAGCCUAUUCGUGUCGACUUCCUGAAACCCCUGACUGACCUUGAGGUUAAAGAAAAAGAAUCUGCUCGGUUUGAAUGUGAAAUUUCUCGUCCAAAUGUCAAGGUGAAGUGGUUUAAGGAUGGCAUGGAAAUUAGAAAAGGCAAAAAGUAUGACAUAAUUUCUAAAGGUGCAGAACACAUUCUUGUCAUCAGUAAAUGUGUCUUUGAUGAUGAAGCUGAAUAUUCCUGUGAAGCAAAAACAGCUCGAACUUCUGGCCUACUUACAGUGAUAGAGGAAGAGGCUGUUUUCACAAAAAAUCUUCCUGAUCUUGAAGUAAAUGAAAACGACACUGUAAAACUGAUCUGUGAAGUUUCAAAGCCUAAUGCCGAAGUUACUUGGCUUAAAGGAGAUGAAGAGGUGCCUGAUGGUGGUAGAUUUGAACACAUUUCUGAUGGUAGAAAGAGAAUUCUUGUUAUACAUAAUGCUCAUCCUGAAGAUGCUGCGAAGUACACUUGCAAGCUCCCAAGCUCUAGUACAACAGGAAAACUUACUGUACAUGAACUUGCAGCAGAAUUUCUUACCAGACCACAAAACCUUGAGGUGCUUGAAGGAGAAAAAGCUGAAUUUGUCUGUUCAGUAUCCAAAGAAGCCAUUACAGUACAGUGGCUGAGGGGUGACACAGUCCUGGAGCCUGGUGAUAAGUACGACAUCAUUUCAGAUGGCAAAAAGAGAAUGCUUGUGGUUAAAGAAUCUGUUCUAGGAGAUACAGGAAUGUAUACUGUCAUGGUUGGUGAAGCUAAAGCUACAGCACACUUAGCAGUGAUUGAAAAACUCAAGAUUAUAACUCCUCUUAAGGACCAAGAAGUUACUGAGUGCCAAGAAAUUAUCUUCAACUGUGAAGUCAAUAAAGAAGGUGCCAAAGAGAAGUGGUACAAAAAUGAUGAGGCAAUAUUUGAUAGUGCAAAGUACAUUAUUGUUCAGAAGGGUGUAGUCUACACUCUCAGAAUCAGAGAUGCAGAGUUGAAAGAUCAAGCUACCUACACCAUCUCCUUGACAAACCAGAGAGGUGAACACGUAAAAAGCUCUGCUGACUUAAAAGUAUUAGAGGAGGAUCUCAGAAUUGUUGAGCCCCUUGAAGACAUUGAGACGAUGGAAAAGAAAACUGUCACAUUCUGGUGCAAAGUCAAUCGCCUUAAUGCAACUCUCAAAUGGACAAAGAAUGGAGAGGAGAUCACAUUUGACAGGCGCAUUUUGUACAAAAUUGAUAAAUUCAAGCACUCAUUGAUCAUUAAAGAUUGUGGGUUUGUAGAUGAAGGUGAAUACACUGUUACUGCUGGACAAGACAAAUCAGUUGCAGAGCUUCUCAUCACAGAAGCACCAGCAGACUUCACUGAACAUCUUCAGGACCAGACUGUCACUGAAUUUGAUGAUGCUGUCUUUACAUGCCAGCUUUCCAAAGAAAAAGUCAGUGUAAAAUGGUACAGAAAUGGAAGAGAAAUCAAAGAAGGCAAAAAAUACCAGUUUGAAAAAGAUGGAAAUCUGCAUAGAUUAAUCAUAAAAGACUGUAGACUAGACGAUGAGUGUGAAUAUUCCUGUGGAGUAGAUGACAGGAGAUCUAGGGCAAGGCUUUUUGUUGAAGAAAUCCCUGUUGAGAUUAUUCGACCACCACAAGAUAUUUAUGAAGCUCCUGGUGCAGAUGUCAUCUUCAUGGCUGAGUUGAACAAAGAUGGUGUGGAGGUCAAGUGGUUGAGAAACAACAUGAUUAUCAUCCAAGGUGACAAACAUCAGAUGAUGAGUGAAGGAAAGGUCCACAGGCUGCAGGUGUGUGACAUAAAGCCCCGUGACCAAGGGGAAUACAGAUUUAUCGCCAAAGACAAGGAAGCUAGAGCAAAGCUUGAAUUAGCUGCUGCACCUAAAAUCAAGACUGGUGAUCAAAACCUUGUGGUUGAUGUUGGGAAACCUUUAACUAUGACUGUCCCAUAUGAUGCCUACCCAAGAGCAGAAGCGGAAUGGUUUAAAGCAGGGGAAAGUCUGCCCACAACAACUGUUGAUACAACAACUGACUGCACUACCUUCAAAAUUUAUGAAGCAAAGAAAUCAGAUAAGGGAAGGUACAGGAUUGUGCUUCGAAACAAACAUGGCCAGGCAGAAGCAUUCAUCAAUGUAGAGGUCAUUGAUGUUCCAGGUCCAGUUAGAAACUUGGAAGUCACUGAAACUUAUGAUGGUGAGGUUGGUCUCGCAUGGCAAGAACCAGAAAGUGAUGGUGGAAGCAAAAUCAUAGGCUAUGUCGUUGAAAGACGUGAUAUCAAGCGUAAGACCUGGAUUGUGGCCACAGAUCGUGCUGAGAAUUGUGAAUACACUGUUACUGGACUUCAGAAAGGAGGAGUUGAGUACCUCUUCCGUGUCAGUGCACGCAACAGAGUGGGCACUGGUGAGCCAGUGGAAACAGACACACCUGUGGAAGCUAAGAGCAAAUUUGAUGUUCCCGGUCCUCCUCAAAAUGUAGAAGUUACUGAUGUGAACAGGUUUGGAGCCACACUCAGCUGGGAGCCACCUGAGGAUGAUGGAGGAUCCCCGAUUACUGGCUACGUUAUUGAACUGCGUAACAGAGCUACCAUCAGAUGGGAGCCAGCUAUGACCACGGGAGCUGAUGAACUGACAGCUGUCCUGACUGAUGUUGUGGAAAAUGAAGAAUAUUUCUUCAGAGUAAGAGCUCAAAACAUGGUUGGAGUUGGCAAACCAAGUCCUGCUACACGUGCAGUAAAAGUCAUGGACCCAAUUGAGAGACCAAGUCCUCCCAUUAACCUUGAGCACUCAGAUCAAACGAAGUCAUCAGUCCAGCUCACAUGGGAACCCCCUCUCGAAGAUGGAGGAAGUCCAAUCUUAGGCUAUAUUAUUGAAAGGCGAGAGGAAGGAACAGACAAAUGGAUUCGUUGUAACCCAAAACUAGUACCUGCUCUUACUUUUAAGGUAACUGGGCUGAAACAAGGAUCCAGUUAUUACUACAGAGUCUCAGCAGAAAAUGCAGCUGGUGUGUCUGACCCAGCAGAGGCUAUUGGGCCAUUAACUGCAGAUGAUACUUUUGUUGAACCUACAAUGGACCUAAGUGCAUUUAAGGAUGGGCUGGAAGUUAUUGUACCAGAGCCAAUCAAGAUCCGUGUUCCCAUCACUGGAUACCCCGUGCCAAGUGCUACGUGGUAUUUUGGUGACCAAGUCUUAGAAGAGGGUGAUCGUGUGAAAAUGAAGACCACGGCCUCCUUUGCAGAAAUUGUAAUUACUCCAAGUGAACGCCCAGACAAGGGAGUUUAUUACUUGACAUUAGAAAACCCUAUGUCAUCUGUUACAGGAGAAAUUAAUGUUAAUGUCAUUGCUUGUCCAAGUGCACCGAGAGAGCUCAAUGUUUUAGAAGUACUCAAGAGUACAGUGCAGCUUGCAUGGGAACCUCCAGAAGAUGAUGGUGGAAGUCCAGUUACUGGCUAUAUAAUUGAAAAACGUGAAGUAAGCCGGAAAACGUGGAGCAAAGUUGCGGAUCAUAUUGUCGACCAAGAGUUCACUGUACCUGACCUCAUCCAAGGGAAAGAAUAUUUAUUUAGAGUAUUUGCGUGCAAUAAAUGUGGCCCUGGAGAACCUGCAUAUAUUGAUGAACCUGUAAAUAUGUCAAUACCAGCAACGGUGCCUGACCCACCAGAAAAUGUUAAAUGGAGAAAUCCAACAUCAAAAGGAAUCUUCCUAACAUGGGAGCCUCCCAAAUAUGAUGGUGGUGCACGCAUUAAGGGUUAUCUGGUAGAAAAAUCCCAACGUGGCACAGACAAGUGGGAGAUAUGUGGGGAGCCUGUUAUUGAAACAAAAAUGGAAGUAACAAAGCUCAAGGAAGGAGAGUGGUAUGCUUAUAGGGUUAAGGCUUUGAACAGAAUGGGAGCAAGUAGGCCAAGUAAGCCAACUGAUGAUAUUCAGGCCAUUGAUGCAAAAGAGGCUCCAGAAAUCUUCUUAGAUGUGAAGCUUCUUGCUGGACUUACUGUGAAAGCCGGAACUAAAAUUGAGCUGCCGGCUAAAGUAACUGGAAAGCCUGAGCCCCAAGUUACUUGGACCAAGGCUGACAAAGUUUUGAGACCUGACAACAGAAUCACCAUUGAAAGCCAACCUAAUCAUUCUACAGUCACUAUUACAGACAGCAAGAGGAGUGACAGUGGAACCUAUAUCAUAGAAGCUGUAAAUACCAGUGGACGUGCUACUGCUGUUGUUGAAGUUAAUGUUCUUGAUAAACCUGGUCCACCAGCUGCAUUUGAUGUAACAGAAAUCACAAACGAAUCCUGCCUUCUAACCUGGAAUCCUCCACGAGAUGAUGGGGGUUCUAAAAUUACCAACUACGUCCUUGAGAAAAGAGCUACAGACAGUGAAAUAUGGGACAAGUUGUCAUCGACUAUUAAAGAUACAAAAUUCAGAGCUACCAAUUUAACUCCUCAUAAAGAAUAUGUGUUCCGAGUCAGUGCUGAAAACAUGUAUGGUGUUGGGGAGCCAGCACAGUGUAGCCCCAUCAUUGCCAAAUAUUCAUUUGAUCCGCCAGGCCCUCCAACAGGUCUCAAGCCCACAGAGGUCACUAAAGAUUCAGUCACUUUAACAUGGAAUGAACCAGAUGAAGAUGGUGGCAGCCCCAUAACUGGCUACUGGGUUGAAAGAUAUGAUCCUGAGCAGGAUAAAUGGAUAAAAUGCAACAAAAUGCCAGUGAAAGAUACAACAUUCAAAGUUAAAGGUCUUACAAAUAAGAAGAAGUAUAAGUUCCGUGUCUUGGCAGAGAAUCUUGCAGGACCUGGAAAACCAAGCAGGGAAACAGAGCCAAUCUUAGUGAAAGAUCCAAUCGAUCCACCAUGGCCUCCUGGAAAGCCAACUGUGAGAGAUAUUGGCAAGACAUUCCUUACCCUGAACUGGACAAAGCCAGAACAUGAUGGAGGGGCAAAAAUUGAAUCUUAUGUCAUUGAGCUGUUAAAGACUGGAACAGACGAAUGGGUGAGAGUGGCUGAAGGAGUUCCAACAACUGAACACUUCCUCAAAGAUCUUAUGGAGAAACAAGAAUAUUCCUUUCGUGUGAGAGCUGUGAACAAGGCUGGCGAGAGUGAGCCCAGUGAGCCCAGUGACCCUGUGCUGUGCAAGGAGAGGCUCUAUCCUCCUUCACCACCCCGAUGGCUUGAAGUUAUUAAUAUUACUAAAAACACAGCAGAUCUGAAAUGGACAGUACCAGAAAAAGAUGGGGGUUCCCCGAUUACCAACUACAUUGUUGAGAAAAGAGAUGUAAGGCGGAAAGGCUGGCAGACAGUUGACACAACAGUGAAAGAUACCAAGUACACAGUAAGCCCACUGACUGAAGGCUCACUCUAUGUGUUCCGUGUGGCUGCUGAAAAUGCCAUUGGACAGAGUGACUACUGUGAAAUUGAAGACUCAGUGCUUGCUAAAGAUACUUUCACAACCCCUGGGCCUCCAUAUGCCCUUACAAUAGUUGAAGUGAAAAAAGGCCAUGUUGAUUUGAAAUGGGAACCACCUAAGAAUGAUGGUGGCAGACCAAUUCAAAGGUACGUUAUUGAAAAGAAAGAAAAGCUAGCUACUCGCUGGGUAAAAGCUGGGAAGACAGCUGGUCCAGAUUGCAAUUAUAGAGUGACAGAUGUCAUUGAAGGUACAGAUGUACAGUUCCAGGUCCGUGCAGAAAAUGAAGCUGGAUGUGGUCAUCCCAGUGAACCAACGGACCUUGUUCAUAUUGAAGACCCAACAAGCCCUCCUUCACCUCCUCAGGAUUUACAUGUCACAGAUGCAGGCCGAAAGCACAUUUGCAUUGCAUGGAAACCUCCUGAGAAGAAUGGUGGAAGUCCCAUUAUUGGAUACAAUGUUGAGAUGUGUGAAGCAGGAACAGAAAAAUGGAUGCGAAUCAAUUCUCGUCCAAUUAAAGAUCUAAAAUGUAAAGUAGAGGAGGGAGUUGUUCCAGACAAAGAAUAUGUGCUGAGAGUCAGAGCUGUCAAUGCUGUUGGAGCUAGUGAGCCAUCAGACAUCUCAGAAAAAGUUGUUGCCAAGGACCCAGACUGUAAUCCAACCAUUGACCUGCAAACUCGUGACAUUGUUGUUGUUAAGGGACAGAAGCUAAGUAUCCCUAUACCCUUCAGAGCUGUUCCAUCACCAACUAUAACAUGGCACAAAGAUGGCAAGGAGUUGAAAGCUGGUGACAGAACAACAAUGAAGAGUGACUACACCUCUGCAUUGCUUGAAGUGAUAGACAGCGUUCAUGCCGAUGCUGGUGUUUAUACUAUCACACUGGAGAACAAGCUGGCAUCAACAACUGGCUCAGUCAAUGUCAAAGUCAUAGGUCCACCUGGACAGUGUAAAGACAUUAAGGCAAGCGAAGUAACUAAGAAUUCUUGCAAAGUAUCCUGGGAGCCUCCAGACUUUGAUGGUGGUACUCCUAUUUUGCAUUACGUUCUGGAACGCAGGGAAGCUGGUCGUAAAACAUACAUCCCAGUCAUGUCUGGUGAAAAUAAGCUUUCAUGGCAAGUCAAAGACCUUAUUCCAAACUGUGAAUAUUACUUCCGUGUUAAAGCUGUCAAUAAGAUUGGAGGGGGUGAUUAUCUUGAACUAAGAAACCCGAUCAUUGCAGAAGACCCAAAACAGCCCCCAGAUCCGCCUGUCGACCUUGAAGUCCAUAAUCCAACAUCAAAAUCAGUUACUCUUACAUGGAAACCACCCCUGUUUGAUGGGGGAAGCAAGAUUAUGGGCUAUAUAAUAGAGAAGCUUGCAAAGGGCAAAGAGAGGUGGGAGAGAUGCAAUGACUAUCUGGUACCCUUACUAACUUACACGGUGAAAGGCCUUGAGGAAGGAAAGGAGUAUCAGUUCCGUGCUCGUGCUGAGAAUGCUGCUGGCAUCAGUGAGCCUUCUCGGAUUACUCCUUUUGUGAAAGCUGUGGAUCCUAUUGAGGCUCCAAAAGUCUUCCUUGCUGCAAACCUACAGUCUGGCCUUGAGGUGAAGAGGGGUGAUGAGAUCAUACUUGAGGCACAUAUUUCAGGGUCACCCUAUCCAUCUAUUACUUGGCUGAGGAAUGAUGAAGUUGUCAGACCAGAGGAUAUAAAGAAGAGAGUAACAGCACCUAUAAAGAAGAAAGGUGAAGCUGAAGAAGAGAAACCUUUCCAGCUUUCACUGCCAGAACGUAUGAGUGUUGACAACCACAAGGAAGGAGAGUCUAUACUAUCAGUUCGUGACUCCAUUAGAGCUGACCAUGGCACAUUUACAAUUAAAGUAGAAAAUGAUCAUGGAGUUGCAAAAGCCUCAUGUGAAGUCAAUGUGUUAGAUACACCUGGGCCACCAGUCAACUUUGUAUUUGAAGAUUUGAGGAAAAAUUCUGUCCUUUGCAAAUGGGAGCCUCCCCUUGAUGAUGGUGGAAGUGAAAUCCUAAACUAUGUACUGGAAAAGAAAGACAAUACAAAAGCUGAAAUGGGCUGGGUCACUGUCAGUUCAACACUCAGGCAUUGCAAAUUCCAUGUAACAAAACUGAUUGAAGGAAAAGAGUAUCUAUUCCGUGUAUUUGCUGAAAAUAGAGUUGGAGCAGGACCACCAUGUGUUUCAAAACCAAUGACAGCUAAAGAUCCUUUCUCACCACCAGAUGCACCUAACAAGCCUGAUGUGGAAGAUGUAACCAGCAACAGUAUGCUGGUUAAAUGGAAUGAACCAAAAGAUAAUGGCAGCCCUAUCAUAGGAUACUGGAUUGAAAAACGUGAAAUCAAUAGUACUCAUUGGGCUCGGGUCAACAGGAACCUUGUGAAUGCUCUGGAAGUAAAAGUUGAAGGACUGUUGGAAGGUUUAACUUACAUCUUUAGAGUGUGUGCUGAAAAUGCAGCCGGCCCUGGUAAAUUUAGUCCACCAUCAGAUCCAAAAACUGCACAAGACCCAAUAAUGCCACCUGGUCCCCCGAUUCCAAGGAUUGCUGACACAAGUGCAACUUCCAUUGAGCUAGAAUGGCAACCUCCUGUGUAUAAUGGUGGUGGAGAUAUCACUGGUUACCAUGUGUACAAACAACUGAUGGGUGUAAAUGAGUGGUCACGCUGCACAGCAAAACCCAUUAAGGUCCUGCAGUUUACUGUUGGAGAAGUGAGGGAAGGUGCAGACUACAAGCUCCGUGUUACUGCACUCAAUGCGGCUGGUGAAGGACCACCUGGGGAAACUGAACCCACAACAGUUGCAGAACCUAAAGAGCCUCCCACUGUUGAGCUGGAUGUUUCUGUGAAAGCAGGCAUUCAGGUCAUGGCUGGACAGACUAUUAAAAUUCCUGCUACUGUGACAGGGCGUCCUGCUCCCACCAUUUCAUGGGCUAUAGACGAGGGGGAAUUAGACAAAGAUCGAGUUGUUAUUGAAAAUGUUGGCACAAAAUCUGAGUUAACCAUUAAGAAUGCAUUGAGAAAAGACCAUGGAAGAUAUGUAAUUACUGCUACCAAUAGCAGUGGUUCAAAAUCAGCAGGAACCAGAGUAGAAGUAUUUGAUGUUCCUGGACCGGUCCUUGACCUAAAGCCAGUGGUCACAAACAGAAAGAUGUGUUUGCUUAACUGGUCUGAUCCUGAAGAUGAUGGUGGCAGUGAUAUCAUAGGCUUCAUUGUUGAAAGGAAGGAUGCCAAAAUGCAUACAUGGAGACUAGCUGUAGACACAGAUAGAUCUAAAUGUGAUAUUACAGGUCUAAUUGAAGGGCAGGAGUAUAAAUUCCGUGUUAGUGCCAAGAACAAAUUUGGUACUGGUCCAGCUGUGGAAAUAGGACCCAUUCUUGCAGUUGAUCCAUUAGGUCCUCCAACAGCACCUGAGAGGUUCAUGUACACAGAGAGGACGAAGUCAUCCAUUACACUUGACUGGAAGCCUCCACGCAGUGAUGGUGGUAGUCCCAUCUUGGGAUAUAUUGUUGAGAAGAGGAGACAUGAUUCAAAAGAUUAUGAAAGAGUUAAUGCAAGGCUCUGUCCAAAAACAUCUCUUCUCGUUGAAAAGCUCGAUGAACUUCAUAUGUAUGAAUUCCGUGUGAAAGCUGUCAAUGAGAUUGGAGAAAGUGAGCCAUCACUGCCCCUCAAUGUAGUUAUACAAGAUGAUGAAGUGCCUCCAACUGUUACAUUGCGUUUGGCCGUGAGAGGAGAUACUAUCAAAGUCAAGGCAGGAGAACCAGUUAACAUUCCUGCUGAUGUAACAGGCCUGCCAAUGCCGAAGAUUGAAUGGGACAAGAAUGAAGUUUUAAUUGACCAAACGUCCAAUGCACUUAAGAUAACCAAGGAAGAAGUAUCUAGAACUGAGGCAAAAACCGAACUCAUCCUUCCUGCAGCAGUGAGGGAUGAUAAAGGCACUUACACUGUGAGAGCUACCAAUCGUCUUGGCACUGCAUUCCGCAAUGUGCAUGUCGAAGUGUAUGAUCGUCCUUCUCCACCAAGAAAUCUUGCGGUUUCUGAUAUUAAAGCAGAAUCAUGCUAUCUAACAUGGGAUGCACCUCUUGACAAUGGUGGUAGUGAAAUUACCCAUUACAUUAUUGAAAAACGUGAUGCUAGUAAGAAGAAAUCUGAGUGGGAAGAAGUUUCCAAAGGCGCUGUUGAGAGAAGAUUUGGGGUAUGGAAUCUUGCAACAAAUGAAAAAUACCAAUUUAGGGUCCGGGCUGUAAACAAAUACGGAAUAAGUGAUGAAUGCCUCUCAGAAAAAGUUGUCAUUAAGGAUCCCUAUGGUCUUCCUGGACCUCCUGGAAAGCCAAAAAUUUUGGAUCGCACCAGAUCAUCUAUGCUGGUGACUUGGGAGCCUCCUUUGGACAAUGGUGGCAGCCCAAUAACUGGCUAUUGGUUGGAAAAGAGAGAGGUGGGAGGUGUCUACUGGGCACGUGUCAACAGGGCUCCAGUAACAAAACCAUCAGUAAAAGGUCUAGAGCACAAUGUGCUUCGUUUGGCUGAAGGUGUUGAAUACCAGUUUAGAGUUAUGGCUGAAAAUCUUGCUGGAAUUGGCCCUCCCAGUGAACCAUCAGAUCCAGCUUUGGCAGCAGAUCCUAUAUUUGUGCCUGGUCCACCAUCAUGCCCGGAGGUCAAAGACAAAACCAAAUCAUCUGUAGCGCUUGCAUGGAAGCCUCCUCAAAAGGAUGGCGGGAGUCCUAUAAAAGGAUAUAUUGUUGAAAUGCAAGAUGAAGGUAGUACUGAUUGGAAGAAGGUGAAUGAAGGAGACAAACUCUUUCCUACUUGCGAGUGUGUUAUUCCCAACUUGAAAGAGCUCAGAAAAUACCGAUUUAGGGUGAAAGCUGUAAAUGCUGCUGGAGAAUCAGAACCAAGUCCUGCAACAUCAGAGAUACCUGUCCAAGAUAUUCUAGAGGAACCAGAAAUCUUCCUUGAUCUUGGAGCACAGGAUUUGCUCUCUUGUCGUGCUGGCACAACAAUUAAAAUCCCAGCUGUUAUCAAGGGUCGUCCAGUUCCAAAAACAUUUUGGGAGUAUGAAGGAAAAGCAAAAACAGCAGCAAAGGAGGGAGGUCAUAAUGUACCCGAAGAAGCUCAGGUGGAAGCAACUGAUACACGUUCAGAGAUUAUCAUCCCUGACUGCAACAGAAGUCACUCUGGACGAUACAGUAUUACAGCAAAGAAUAAAGCAGGACAAAAGACAGUGCAUGUCAGAGUUAAUGUGCUUGAUGUCCCUGGCCCACCAAAAGACCUUAAAGUAAGUGAUAUCACAAGAGGUAGCUGUAAACUCUCAUGGAAGAUGCCAGAUGAUGAUGGUGGAGAUAGAAUCAGAGGCUAUGUUAUAGAGAAGAGAAAUAUUGAUGGGAAGGCCUGGACUAAAGUCAAUCCAAAUUGUGGCAGUACUUCCUUUGUUGUACCUGAUCUCAUAACUGGCCAAGAAUAUUUCUUCCGGGUACGUGCAGAAAACCGUUUUGGAGUUGGCCCUCCUGCAGAAACCAUCCAGCGGACCACAGCCAGGGAUCCAAUCCAUCCUCCUGAUCCGCCUAUUAAACUGAGGAUUGGCCUUGUAACCAAGAACACAGUGAGCCUGACAUGGAAACCACCAAAGAAUGAUGGUGGAGCUCCUGUUACACAUUAUAAUGUUGAGUGUCUCCGCUGGGAUCGUACUGGAGAAGUGAAAGAGUCUUGGAAGCAAUGCAACAGACGUGAUGUGGAAGAAACAAAGUUUACUGUUGAGGAUCUUGUAGAAGGUGGAGAAUACGAAUUCAGAGUCAAAGCUGUAAAUAUAGCAGGUCCUAGCAGACCUUCAGCCACUGUUGGCCCACUUGUUGUCAAAGACCAGACAUGUCCACCGUCUAUUGAGCUCAAAGAAUUUAUGGAAGUUGAAGAAGGAACAGAUGUCAAAAUUGUGGCCAAGAUAAAGGGUGUACCCUUCCCCACAUUAACAUGGCUAAAAGCUCCUCCAAAGAAACCAGAUGACAAAUCACCAGUGGUGUAUGAUCAACAUGUCAACAAGAUUGUUGAUGAAGAUACUUGCACUUUAUUGAUCCAACAGUCUCGCAGAAAUGAUACAGGCUUAUAUACUAUAACAGCUGUAAACAACCUGGGAACUGCUUCAAAGGAGAUGCGGCUGAAUGUUCUGGGUCGUCCUGGACCUCCAGUAGGACCUAUUAAAUUUGAAUCCAUUUUGGCUGAUAAAAUGACAAUAUCAUGGCUUCCUCCAUUAGAUGAUGGUGGUUCUAAGAUUACAAACUAUGUUAUAGAGAAAAGAGAAGCAAAUAGGAAGACAUGGGUGUCUGUUACUAAUGAGCCUAAGGAGUGCAUAUUCACUGUUCCCAAGCUGAUGGAAGGCCAUGAAUACGUGUUCCGCAUUAUGGCACAAAACAAAUACGGUAUUGGAGAACCUUUGGAUAGUGAGCCAGAAACAGCAAGAAACCUUUUCACUGUCCCUGGACCUCCUGACAAGCCAACAGUUAGCAGUAUAACACGUGACUCAAUGACAGUGAACUGGGAAGAGCCAGAGCAUGAUGGUGGCUCUCCUAUUACUGGUUACUGGUUGGAGCGCAAAGAGACCACUGGAAAGAGAUGGACCAGGGUUAACCGAGAUCCUAUCAAGCCUAUGACCCUGGGGGUUUCAUACAAAGUUACAGGCCUUAUUGAAGGCUCUGAAUAUCAGUUCCGUGUGUCAGCUAUCAAUGCGGCUGGUGUUGGCCCACCAAGCAUGCCAUCUGAUCCAGCACUUGCUAGAGAUCCUAUUGCCCCACCUGGCCCUCCUAUACCAAAAGUUACUGAUUGGACAAAGUCUUCUGUAGACUUGGAAUGGACUCCACCAGUAAAGGAUGGUGGCUCAAGAGUCACUGGCUACAUUGUUGAGUUUAAAGAGGAAGGAAAGGAAGAAUGGGAACGGGUAAAAGAUAGAGAAAUUAGAGGAACCAAGUUCGUUGUGGCAGGAUUAAAAGAAGGUUGUUUUUACAAAUUUAGAGUUAGAGCAGUAAAUGCUGCUGGCAUCGGAGAGCCUGGAGAAGUUACAGACGUUAUUGAAAUGAAGGACAGAAUUGUGGCUCCUGAUAUUAAUUUGGAUGCAAGUGUAAGGGACAGAAUUGUUGUUCAUGCUGGAGGAGUAAUUCGGAUUAUAGCAUAUGUCUCAGGAAAACCACCUCCAACAGUGAGUUGGAGCAGGGAUGAGCAAGCUUUGCCAGAAGAAGCCAAAAUUGAAGAAACAGCUAUUAGUUCUUCUUUAGUCAUCAAAAAUUGCAAAAGGAGUCACCAGGGUCUAUACACCCUUCUUGCUAAAAAUGAUGGUGGUGAGAGGAAGAAGACAAUUAUUGUUGAUGUGCUAGAUGUGCCAGGCCCAGUUGGAUUGCCACUCCUUACAGAGAAUCUAACUAAUGACUCUUGUAAAUUGUCGUGGUUUACUCCAGAAGAUGAUGGUGGUUCUCCUAUUACAAACUAUAUAAUUGAAAAACGUGAAUCUGACCACAGAGCUUGGACUCCAGUGACCUACACAGUUACAAGACAGAAUGCUACUGUUCAGGGACUCAUUCAAGGAAAAGCCUACUUUUUCCGAAUUGCAGCUGAGAACAUAAUUGGCAUGGGUCCUUUCACAGAAACAACGAAAGAGAUUCUCAUUAGAGAUCCAAUAACUGUUCCUGACCGUCCAGAAGACCUGGAAGUAAAAGCAGUUACCAAGAACUCUGUGACACUAACUUGGAACCCUCCAAAAUAUAAUGGAGGCUCAGAUAUCACCAUGUACGUUCUAGAGAGCCGUCUCAUUGGAAAAGACAAAUUCCACAAAGUUACAAAGGAGAAAAUGCUAGAUAGGAAAUUCACUGUAGAAGGCUUGAAAGAAGGUGACACUUAUGAGUUUCGCGUGAGUGCUUGCAAUAUUGUGGGGCAAGGCAAGCCAUCAUUUUGCACUAAACCAAUCACAUGCAAGGAUGAAAUUGCUCCUCCCACACUUGACCUUGACUUUAGAGACAAGCUUAUUGUUCGAGUUGGUGAAGCUUUCAGCUUGACUGGACGCUACUCAGGCAAACCUGCACCAAAGGUUACUUGGCUGAAGGAUGAUAUUGUUGUGAAAGAAGAUGACAGAAUAAAGAUUAAGACAACUCCUGCAACUCUUUGUUUGGGGAUACUAAAAUCUGUCCGUGAAGACACAGGCAGAUAUUGUGUUACUGUAGAGAACAGCACAGGAUCAAGAAAAGGAUUUUGUCAAGUUCAUGUCGUUGAUCGCCCAUCACCUCCAGUAGGCCCAGUUAUAUUUGAUGAAGUCUUUAAAGAUCAUAUGGUUGUUUCCUGGAAACCUCCAUUAGAUGAUGGAGGCAGUGAAAUUACAAAUUACAUAAUUGAGAAGAAGGAUACGCACAAAGACUUGUGGAUGCCAGUUACAUCUGCCACAGUGAAGACAACAUGCAAAAUUCCCAAGCUGCUUGAAGGAAGAGAAUAUCAAAUUCGAAUUUAUGCUGAAAAUCUUUAUGGCAUAAGCGAUCCUCUCAUCUCUGAUGAGAUGAAAGCCAAGGACCGUUUCCGUGUUCCUGAUGCACCUGAGCAACCAAUCAUUAAGGAUGUAACCAAAGACUCUGCAGUAGUGGUUUGGAACAAACCAUAUGAUGGAGGCAAGCCAAUAACAAACUACAUUGUAGAAAAGAAGGAAACAAUGGCUACAAGAUGGGUGAAAGCUACCAAAGAUCCAAUUUUCCCUGGUACAAAGUUCAAAGUGCCUGAUCUCCUUGAAGGCUGUCAGUAUGAAUUCCGUGUGUCAGCAGAAAAUGAAAUUGGUGUUGGUGAUCCUAGUCCACCAUCAAAGCCAAUUUUCGCUAGAGAUCCAAUUGCAAAACCAAGUCCACCUGUUAAUCCAGAAGCAGUAGAUAAAACUAAAAAUUCAGUUGAUUUAUCUUGGCAACCACCACGUCAUGACGGAAAUGGCAAGAUAAUUGGCUACCUUAUAGAGUUUCAGAAAGUUGGAGAUGAGGAAUGGAAACAGGCUAAUCUUACAGCAGAUUCUUGUCCUGAAACAAACUACAAAGUCACUGGUCUUACUGAGGGGUUAACCUACAAAUUCAGGGUCAAGGCAGUCAAUGCAGCAGGCGAAUCUGAUCCAGCACAUGUUCCUGAUCCAGUAGAAGUAAAGGACAGGCUUGAACCUCCUGAGUUAAUACUUGAUGCUAAUAUGGCCCGAGAGCAGCAUGUAAAAGCUGGAGAUACCCUGAGACUUAGUGCUCUUAUUAAAGGUGUUCCAUUCCCAAAAGUUACUUGGAAGAAAGAAGAUCAUGAGGUCUCACCCAAAGCUGAUAUUGAAGUUACUGGAGUUGGCAGUAAGCUUGAAAUCCGUAACACUGUCCAUGAAGAUGGUGGAAUGUACUCCCUGACAGUUGAAAAUCCAGCUGGUUCAAAGACUGUUUCAGUAAAAGUUGUGGUCUUAGAUAAGCCUGGUCCACCCAGAAAUCUGAACAUCAGUGAUGUUAGAAGCGACUCUUGCUAUCUCACUUGGAUGGAACCAGAAGAUGAUGGUGGCUCUGUGAUUACCAACUAUGUGGUGGAGAGGAAAGAUGUAGCUUCUGCACAGUGGGUAGCCAUCUCAUCAUCCUCCAAGAAACGCAGCCAUAUGGCUAAAUAUCUGAUGGAAGGCACUCAGUAUCUCUUCCGAGUUGCAGCUGAGAAUCAGUAUGGUAGAGGUCCAUAUGUGGAAACACUUAAGCCUAUCAAAGCUAUAGAUCCACUGCAUCCUCCAGGGCCACCAAAGAAUCUGCAUCAUGUAGAUGUUGACAAGACUGAAGUUUCCCUUGUUUGGAAUCGACCAGAUCGUGAUGGUGGUGCUGAGAUAACUGGGUAUUUGGUGGAAUAUCAAGAAGAUGGUGCAGAUGAAUGGACAAAGUUCCAGACAGUCCCUAUGCUAGACUGUGUUGUUACAGGCCUACAGAAAGGAAAAAUAUACAAAUUCCGUGUGAGAGCUCAAAACAUUGUUGGUCUUAGCCUUCCAGAUACAACUAUACCAAUAGAGUGUCAAGAAAAGCUAGUACCUCCAUCUGUGGAUCUAGAUGUGAAGUUAAUUGAAGGUCUUGUUGUUAAAGCUGGCACCACAGUGCGCCUUCCAGCGAUUAUGAGAGGUGUGCCAGUUCCCACAGCAAAAUGGGUUACUGAUGACACUGAAAUUAAACCAGAUGGCAAAUACAAGAUUGAGACUGACAAUUACUCAACUGUGCUUACUAUCAAAGACUGUGUAAGAAAAGAUACAGGAGAAUAUCUACUCACAGUAUCUAAUGCAGCUGGCAGCAAAACUGUGGCUCUACACCUUACAGUUUUGGAUGUUCCAGGCCCACCAACUGGUCCUAUUAAUAUUCUUGAAGUAACACCAGAAUAUAUGGUUAUUUCUUGGCGCCCUCCUAAAGAUGAUGGUGGGAGUCCUAUAAUAAAUUAUAUUGUUGAGAAGCGUCAAUCAAAGAAAGAAACAUGGGGAGUGGUUAGCUCUGGAACAAGUCACACAAAAAUUAAGGUUCCACGACUGCAGAAAGGCUGUGAAUAUAUUUUCCGUGUUCGUGCAGAAAAUAAGAUAGGCAUCGGUGCACCCCUGGAUUCAGAACCAACAGUUGCUAAAUACAUGUUUGAUCCACCAUCCCCACCUGGUAAACCAACUGUUUAUGAUAUUACAGAAAAUGCUGCAACAGUGUCUUGGACCCUACCAAAAUCUGAUGGUGGAACUCCAAUAACUGGUUAUAUACUUGAACGUCGGGAAGCAUCUGGUAAAUGGGUGCGUGUCAAUAAGACGCCUAUACUUGAUAUGAAAUACAGAGUCACUGGUCUUUUUGAAGGCAACACAUAUGAAUUCAGAGUUUUUGCAGAAAACAUGGUGGGCUUAAGCAAACCAUCUCCAAGCUCUGAUCCAAUAAAAGCAUCACGUCCUAUCACUCCUCCUGGUCCACCUAUAAAUCCAAAAUUAAAAGACAAAACUAAAGAAUCAGCUGAUCUUGUGUGGACAAAGCCCCUCAAGGAUGGUGGCAGCCCAAUUCUGGGGUAUAUUGUGGAAUGUCAGAAAAGUGGAACUACGCAGUGGAAUAGGAUUAAUAAGGAUGAGCUCAUUAGACAGUGUGCUUUCAGAGUACCUGGAUUAAUAGAAGGAAAUGAAUAUAAAUUCCGAAUAAAAGCUGUCAACAUCGUGGGAGAGGGAGAACCAAGAGAACUACCAGAAACUGUGCUUGCAAAAGAUAUUCUUUCUCCUCCAGAAAUAAGCCUAGAUGUGACCUGUCGAGACUUAAUUACUGUCCGAGUAGGUCAAACAAUACGUAUUACUGGUAAGGUAAAAGGCAGACCAGAUCCUGAAAUAACAUGGUCUAAAGAUGGCAAAGUACUAGUCCAAGACAAGCAUGUUGAAAUACUUCAUGAUCUACCUAAUAUUGAACUGCAAGUGAAAGAAGCCAAAAGAUCUGAUCAUGGCAAAUAUAUAAUAGCAGCUAAAAACAGCUGUGGACAAGCUCAAGCUUUUGCUAUUGUUAAUGUACUUGACAGACCUGGACCAUGUCAGAACCUGAAAAUAAGCUAUGUCACAAAAGACUCUUGUAUGAUCUCUUGGGAGAGUCCAGUGGAUAAUGGUGGCUCUGAAAUUACAAAUUACAUAGUAGAAUACCGUCAACCAAAUCAGAGGGGAUGGUCAAUUGUCUCCUCUGAUGUUACUAAACGACUAGUAAAGGCAAAUCUUGUAGAGAACCGUGAAUACUUCUUCAGAGUUUGUGCAGAGAACAAAAUAGGUCCAGGUCCUUGCAUUGAGACCAAGACUCCUAUCCUUGCUAUCAAUCCUAUUGACAAGCCUGGAGAGCCAGAAAAUCUUCACAUUGCAGAGAAAGGAAAGACAUUUGUAUACCUGAAAUGGAGGAGGCCAGAUUAUGAUGGUGGAAGUCCCAAUUUAAGUUACCAUGUUGAGAGAAAACUGAAAGAUUCAGAUGAAUGGGAAAGAGUUCACAAAGGCAGCAUUAAGGAAACACACUACAUGGUAGAUAAAUGUGUGGAAAAUAAAACUUACCAAUUCCGAGUUCAAACUAAGAAUGAGGCCGGUGAAAGUAACUGGGUGAAAACCGCUGAAGUUGUUGUGAAGGAAGAUCUCCAGAAACCAGUGCUAGAUUUGAAGUUAAGUGGGGUUCUAACUGUGAAAGCAGGCGACACAAUUAGAAUUGAAGCUGGAGUCAGAGGAAAACCACAGCCUGAAGUUGUAUGGGCAAAAGACAAAGAUGCCACAGAUCUCACCAGAUCUCCAAGAGUCAGUAUUGAAAACACUUCUGACACAUCUAAGUUUGUUCUCACAAAAUCAAGGCGUACUGAUGGUGGGAAAUAUGUGAUUACAGCAACUAAUGCAGCUGGUAGCUUUGUGGCAUAUGCUACUGUUAUUGUCUUGGAUAAACCUGGUCCCGUACGAAACUUGAAGGUCACUGACAUUUCAAGUGAUAGAUGUACUGUUACUUGGGAUCCUCCAGAAGAUGAUGGUGGUUGUGAAAUACAGAACUACAUCCUGGAAAAAUGUGAAAGCAAGCGUAUGGUUUGGUCUACAUACUCUUCCUCUGUCCUAACAAACUAUGCCAAAGUGACACGCCUCAUUGAAGGUAAUGAAUAUAUAUUCAGAGUGCGUGCAGAGAAUAAAAUGGGCACUGGUCCACCAACAGAAACACAUCCAAUUAUUGCAAAAACGAAAUAUGAUAGACCUGGACGCCCUGACCCUCCAGAUGUCACAAGAGUCAGCAAAGAAGAGAUGACUGUGGUUUGGAAUCCACCAGAAUAUGAUGGUGGCAAAUCAAUUACAGGAUACAUUUUAGAGAAGAAAGAGAAACGAUCACUGAGAUGGGUUCCUGUUACUAAAACUCCAAUCCCAGAGAGACGCAAGAAGGUUACUAAUCUCUUCCCUGGUCACGAAUACCAGUUCCGUGUCAGUGCUGAAAAUGAAGUCGGACUUGGAGAACCAAGCUUGCCAUCAAGACCUGUAAUAGCCAAAGACCCAAUAGAACCACCUGGUCCUCCCACAAACUUGAGAGUUGUUGAUAGCACAAAGACUUCCUUAACCCUUGGCUGGGGAAAACCGGUGUACGAUGGUGGUGCUCCGAUUAUUGGAUAUGUUGUGGAAAUGAGACCAAAAGUUGAGGGUGCUGAUCCUGAAGCAGGAUGGAAACGAUGUAAUGUUGCUGCUCAAGUUAUUCAUACUGAAUUCACAGCUACCAGCCUGGAUGAGAAGCAAUUAUAUGAGUUCAGAGUUUCUGCCCAAAACCAGGUUGGCCUUGGCCGACCAGCAGAAUUGAAAGAAGCUGUGUCUCCCAAAGAAAUACUUGAACCUCCUGAGAUUGAACUGGAUGCCAGCAUGAGAAAGUUAGUCACAGUCAGAGCAGGAUGCCCUAUUAGACUUUUUGCCAUUGUGAGGGGUCGCCCAGCACCAAAAGUCACCUGGAGGAGAAUGGGUAUUGAUAAUGUUAUCAGAAAAGGACAAGUUGAUCUGGUUGACACUAUGGCCUUCUGUGUCAUUCCCGAUUCAACACGUGAUGACUCAGGCAAAUAUUCACUGACACUUGUUAAUGCAGCUGGAGAAAAGGCUGUAUUUGUGAACGUCAGAGUUCUGGAUACUCCUGGACCUGUGUCAGACUUCAAGGUUUCAGAUGUCACCAAGAUGUCCUGCCAUCUUUCAUGGGCACCUCCAGAGAAUGAUGGGGGUAGCCCAGUGACUCAUUACAUCCUGCAGAAACGGGAGGCUGACAGGAAGACAUGGGCAACAGUCACAGCAGAACUAAAGAAAACUAGUUUCCAAAUAGCGAACCUUGUGCCUGGAAAUGAAUAUUACUUCAGAGUAACAGCAGUGAAUGAAUAUGGGUCAGGUGUUCCAAGUGACAUACCAAAACCUGUUCUAGCAACAGAUCCUCUAAGUGAACCUGAUCCACCAAGAAAACUUGAAGUUACUGAAAUUACAAAGAAUAGUGCUACUUUAGGGUGGCUGCCACCACUGCGCGAUGGAGGCUCUAAAAUUGACGGAUACAUUGUUAGCUACAAAGAACAUGAUCAACCAGCAGAUCGCUGGAUGGAAUAUUCAGUUGUUAAAGAUCUCUCCAUUGUUGUGGCUGGUCUGAAGGAGGGAAAGAAGUACAACUUUAGAGUGGCAGCUAGAAAUGCUGUAGGAGUAAGUUUGCCAAUAGAAGCUACAGGAGAAUACGAAAUUAAAGAACAACUCAUCCCACCUAAGAUUCUGAUGCCUGAUCAUGUUCACAUUAAAGCUGGAAAGAAACUGAGAAUUGAAGCUCAUGUAUAUGGGAAACCUCAGCCAGUGUGUAAAUGGCUGAAGGGAGAUCAAGAUGUGGUUACAUCCAGUCGCCUUGCUGUGCAUAAAGCAGAAAAGUCUUCUGUUCUUAUCAUUAAGGAUGUGACUAGAAAAGAUACUGAUUUUUAUACUCUUACUGCGGAAAACAGCUCUGGUACUGAUAGUCAGAAAAUCAAAGUGACAGUCAUGGAUAAGCCAGGUCCACCACAGCCUCCAUUUGAUAUUUCUGAAAUAGAUGCUGAUGCUUGCACUCUUUCAUGGCACAUACCUCUUGAAGAUGGUGGCAGCAACAUUACAAACUAUGUAGUUGAGAAAUGUGAUGUAAGCCGAGGAGACUGGGUAACAGCUUUAUCUUCUGUCACAAAGACAAGCUGCAGAAUUGGAAAACUGAUUCCUGGAGAAGAGUAUAUGUUCCGUGUUCGUGCUGAAAAUCGUUUUGGGAUUUCUGAGCCACUUGCUUCUGAUAAGAUGAUUGCAAGAUUCCCAUUUGAUGUUCCCAGUGAACCAAAGAAUGCACGUAUUACCAAGGUCAAUAAGGACUGCAUUUUUGUUGCUUGGGAUAAACCAGAUAGCGAUGGAGGCAGUCCAAUCACUGGUUAUCUCAUUGAGCGCAAAGAAAGGAACAGUUUACUGUGGGUGAAAGCUAAUGACACAGCUGUACGCUCCACAGAAUACCCUUGUGUGGGCCUCAUCGAAGGUCUUGAGUAUACUUUCAGAAUUUAUGCGUUGAACAGAGCUGGCGCAAGUAAACCUAGUAAACCAACUGAGUUUGUCACAGCAAGAGCACCAGUUGAUCCCCCUGGAAAACCUGAAGUUAUUGAUGUCACUAAGAGUACUGCAUCACUGGUAUGGACAAGACCAAAGCAUGAUGGUGGUAGCAAACUUAUUGGCUACUUUGUGGAGGCUUGCAAAUUACCUGGUGAUAAGUGGGAGCGGUGCAAUACAACUCCAUAUCAAAUACCCCAGGAAGAGUACACUGUGACUGGUUUGGAAGAAAAUGCUCAGUACCAAUUUAGAGCAAUUGCCAAGACAGCAGUUAACAUUAGUCGACCUUCAGAACCUUCUGAUCCAGUGACCAUUCAUCCAGAAAAUGUUCCUCCCAGAAUAGAGUUAGAUCUGUCUAUGCAGUCACAGCUUACAGUAAAAGCUGGAACUAAUGUGCGCCUGGAGGCAAAUGUGUAUGGCAAGCCAAUGCCAGCAAUCACCUGGAAGAAAGAAGGAGAAGUUUUAAAGCCAUCUGAAGGUCUUAAGAUCACCACGAAGAGAAAUCUUGCUACAGUUGAGUUGUUCAGUGUUAACAGGAAGCAAACAGGAGACUACACUAUUACUGCUGAAAAUGCAAGUGGAUCAAAGUCAGCAACCAUUAGGCUUAAAGUACUUGAUAAGCCUGGCCCACCAGUUUCUGUCAAAAUCAAACAUAUGUAUGCAGAUCGUGCAAUGCUUUCUUGGGAGCCUCCUUUGGAAGAUGGAGGUUCAGAAAUUACUAACUACAUUGUAGACAAGCGUGAAACAAGCAGACCUAACUGGGCCCAAGUCAGUGCCAAUGUACCCAUUACAAGCUGCACUGUGGAGAGACUGAUAGAAGGACAUGAGUAUCAGUUCCGCAUUUGUGCUGAAAACAAGUACGGUGUUGGAGACCCCAUCUUGACUGAACCUGCAGUUGCUAAAAACCCAUAUGAUGUGCCCGGACCUUGUGAUCCGCCAGUAAUUAGCAAUGUAACAAAAGACUUUAUGACUGUGAGCUGGAAGCCACCAGCUAGUGAUGGUGGAUCCCCAAUAACUGGUUAUAUACUUGAGAAGCGUGAAACAAAGGCUCUUAACUGGACAAAAGUAAACAGGAAGCCUGUCAUUGAAAGAACUGUUAAAGCUACUGGACUCCAAGAAGGAACAGAGUAUGAGUUCCGGGUGAUAGCAUUGAAUAAGGCUGGACCUGGCAAGCCUAGCGCACCAUCUAAAGCAGUGUAUGCUCGUGACCCUCAAUAUCCUCCUGGCCCACCUGCUUUCCCAAAAGUGGUUGAUACUACUCGUAAUUCAAUAAGCCUGUCAUGGAGCAAACCAGCAUAUGAUGGAGGAAGCCCUAUCAUUGGUUAUCUAGUGGAAUCAAAACGAGCUGACACAGACAACUGGGUCAGAUGCAAUCUACCCAAGAAUUUACAGGCUACACAAUUUGUGGUAACAGGGCUGAUGGAAGGUACAGAGUACCAGUUCCGUGUUUAUGCUGUCAAUAAGAUUGGAUACAGCGAUCCAAGUGAUGUUCCAGAUAAACACACUGCCAAAGACAUUUUAAUUCCACCUGAAGGAGAACUUGAUGCAGAACUAAGGAAAGUCCUUGUGUUGCGUGCUGGAGUCACAAUGAGACUUUACGUGCCAGUAAGAGGACGUCCACCUCCUAAGAUUUCAUGGUCUAAAGUGGGUGCCAACCUAAGAGAUAGACAAGGAUUAGACAUCAAAUCAACUGAUUUUGAUACCUUCCUGCGUUGUGAAAACGUAAAUAAAUAUGAUGCUGGAAAAUACGUCCUUAGUCUGGAGAACAGCUGUGGCAAAAAGUCAUAUACCAUUGUUGUAAAAGUACUUGAUACCCCAGGCCCACCCAUUAACCUGAUUGUAAAGGAAGCAUCUAAAGAUUCUGCCUUCAUUACAUGGGAACCUCCUCUAGUAGAUGGGGGCAGUCCAAUCAAAAAUUAUGUUGUUGAAAAACGUGAUGCAGAAAGAAAAUCAUGGUCCACAGUAACAACAGAAUGUCCAAAGACAAGCUACAGGAUAACUAACUUAGAAGAAGGCAAAUCUUACUUCUUCAGAGUUUUUGCUGAAAAUGAAUAUGGUAUUGGUGAUCCUUGUGAAACUCGUGAUGCUGUCAAAGCUUCUGAAACACCUGGGCCAGUUGUGGAUCUAAAAGCUUCAGCUGUAACAAAAUCCUCAUGCAAUUUGGUAUGGAAGAAGCCUAUCAGUGAUGGUGGAAGCCGUAUUUCUGCAUAUGUUGUUGAGGUCCUGACUGGUGAAGAUAAAUGGCAAGAAGUCAUGCGGGGAAAGAACCUCCAUUUUUCAAUGAGAGACUUGAAAGAAGGACAAGAAUACACUUUCAGAGUGAGGGCCCAAAAUGAUGCUGGAUAUGGAACUCCAUCAGAGAUCACAAUUGUAGCAAGAGAUGAUGUUGCGGCACCUGAACUUGACUUAAGAGAUCUGCCUGAUUUAUGCUAUACUGCUAAAGAGGGUAGCAAUUUCCGUCUUAAAAUCCCUAUGAAAGGCAAGCCUGUCCCAACUGUAACUUGGAAGAAGGAUGAAGACCAGGCAAUUACUGAGAGUGGAAGAGUUGCAUUUGAAUCUACAGCAGUUAACACCACCCUUGUAGUACAUGACUGCCAGAAAGCUGAUGCAGGAAAAUACACAAUAACUCUGAGGAAUGUUGCUGGCAGCAAGGAAGGCACUAUUUUUGUGAAAGUUGUUGGCAAACCUGGCAUACCAACAGGUCCAGUGAAAUUUGAAGAAGUCACAGCUGAUGCCAUAACCUUAAAAUGGGGCCCUCCAAAAGAUGAUGGUGGUUCAGAAAUCACUAACUAUGUUCUAGAGAAGAGAGAUAAUGUAAACAAUAAGUGGGUGACUUGUGCCUCUGCAGUCCAAAAAACCACAUUUAGAGUUACAAGACUUCAUGAAGGAAAUGAAUAUACAUUCAGGAUCAGGGCUGAAAAUAAAUAUGGAGUAGGGGAAGGUCUUAAAUCAGAGCCUGUCAUUGCAAAACAUCCAUUUGAUGUCCCAGAUGCUCCUCCACCUCCCAAUAUUGUUGCUGUUCGGCAUGAGUCUGUAGCUUUAACUUGGACUGAUCCCAGAAGAACUGGAGGUUCACCAAUCACAGGCUAUCACAUUGAAGUUAAAGAAAGAAAUAGUCUUCUGUGGAAGAGAGCAAAUACAACGCCAAUAAGAAUGAAAGAUUUCAGAGUGACAGGAUUAACUGAAGGUCUGGAAUAUGAAUUCAGAGUAAUGGCAAUCAAUAUGGCUGGAGUAGGUAAACCAAGUCUUCCAUCUGAACCAGUUGUGGCACUUGAUCCUAUUGAUCCUCCUGGGAAACCUGAAGUUAUCAAUGUAACCAGGAACUCAGUAACACUCAUUUGGACAGAACCAAAGUAUGAUGGCGGACAUAAAUUAACUGGCUAUAUUGUUGAAAAGCGUGAUUUACCCAAAAAGACUUGGAUGAAAGCUAAUCACGUGAAUGUUCCAGACUGUGCAUUUACUGUAACUGACCUUACUGAAGGCUGCAAAUAUGAAUUCAGAAUUAGAGCAAAGAACACUGCUGGGGCUAUCAGUCCUCCAUCUGAAUCCACAGGAACCAUAAUAUGCAAGGAUGAGUAUGAGGCACCAAGCAUUGUUCUGGAUCCUACUUUGAAGGAAGGUUUAACAGUAAAAGCAGGGGAAACCAUCACACUGUCUGCUAUUAGUAUCCGUGGCAAACCACCUCCAACUUCAGCAUGGUCCAAAGCUGGAAAAGAUUUUAGACCCUCAGAGCUUGUGCACAUUGAAACCAAGCCAACUUCUUCUACUCUAAGUGUCAAAUAUGCAGCCAGAAAAGAUUCUGGAGAAUACACCAUCACUGCAACCAAUCCUUUUGGCACUAAGCAGGAGACUGUACAUGUGAAAGUUUUAGAUAUUCCAGGACCUCCAGGGCCUAUUGAGAUCAGCAAUGUUUCAGCAGAAAAAGCGACUCUUACAUGGACACCUCCUGCAGAAGAUGGUGGAUCACCAGUAAAGUCAUAUGUUCUUGAAAAGAGAGAGACUAGUCGACUGCUCUGGACAUUGGUUGCUGAAAACAUUGAGAGCUGUAGGCAUGUUGUUAGCAAGCUCAUUCAAGGAAAUGAAUAUGUUUUCCGUGUCUCAGCAGUAAAUCAGUAUGGCAAGGGUGAGCCAGUACAAUCAGAACCAGUUAAAAUGGUGGAUAGAUUUGGUCCUCCAGGCCCUCCUGGAAAACCAGAAGUAACAAAUGUGACUAAAAAUACUGUCACAGUUACCUGGAAAAGGCCAGUCGAUGAUGGUGGAAGUGAAAUCACAGGUUACCAUGUGGAGCGAAGAGAAAAGAAAGGUUUAAGAUGGGUGAGAGCAACAAAGAAGCCGGUUUCAGAUCUUAGAUGCAAAGUAACUGGUCUUCUGGAAGGAAACGAAUAUGAAUUCCGUGUCAGUGCAGAAAACAGAGCUGGAGUCGGACCACCAAGUGAUACUUCAAACUCAGUCCUUUGCAAAGAUGUUGCAUACCCACCAGGUCCACCUGCAAAUCCAAGAGCAACUGAUACCACAAAGACAAGUGCAUCUUUAGCCUGGGGCAAGCCUCACUAUGAUGGUGGUCUUGAAAUCACUGGCUAUAUAGUGGAGCAUCAAAAAGAAGGAGAAGAUGAAUGGGUGAAAGACACAAUAGGGACUGCUUUAAGAAUCACUCAGUUUGUUGUAGCUCCUCUGCAGACCGGAGCCAAGUAUAAUUUCAGAAUCUCUGCCAUGAAUGCUGCAGGUGUCGGUGAAGCAGCAAUAAUUCCAAGUGUGGAAAUUACUGACCGAGAAGAGAUUCCUGACUUUGAACUGGAUGCUGAGCUAAGAAGAACACUUGUUGUUAGAGCUGGAUGCACUAUUCGGAUUUUUGUACCAAUUAAAGGUCGUCCAACUCCAGAAGUUACAUGGACAAAAGAUGAUGCUUCCCUCAAAGGACGUGCCAGUAUUGAAAAUACCGACUCUUUUACACUCUUGAUUGUCACAGAGUGCACCAGAUAUGAUGCAGGAAAAUAUGUAAUGACUCUUGAAAACGCUGCUGGUAAGAAGACUGGCUUUGUAAAUGUAAAAGUCUUGGAUACGCCAGGUCCACCAAUAAACCUUAAGCCUAGAGAAAUAACCAAGGACAGCAUCACCCUCCAAUGGGAUAUGCCUCUGGUAGAUGGAGGUUCACGUAUAACCAACUAUAUUGUUGAGAAACGCGAAUCAACUCGGAAGGCAUAUUCGACAGUCACAACCAACUGCCAGAAGUGUUCCUUCAAGGUUCCUAAUUUGGCUGAGGGGUGUGAAUACUAUUUCAGAGUACUGGCUGAAAAUGAGUAUGGUAUUGGUGAACCAGCUGAAACUACAGAACCAGUAAAAGCUUCUGAGGCCCCAUCCCCACCUGAGAGCCUUAACAUUAUGGAUGUAACACGGAAUUCAGUUAGCCUAGCUUGGCCAAAACCAGAACAUGACGGUGGCAGCAAGAUCACUGGGUAUGUAAUUGAAGCACAGAGAAAAGGAACCAACCAGUGGGCACACAUCACCACUGUAAAAACACUGGACUGUGUAGUAAAGAAUCUAACUGAAAAUGAAGAGUAUACUUUCCAGGUUAUGGCAGUUAACAGUGCUGGAAGAAGUGCUCCAAGGGAAAGCAGACCAGUUAUUAUCAAGGAGCAAACAAUGCUACCAGAGUUUGAUCUCCGUGCUAUUUACCAGAAAACAGUCAUUGCCAAAGCUGGUGACAAUAUCAAGAUUGAAAUCCCUGUACUUGGUCGUCCAAGGCCUACUGUGACUUGGAAGAAAGAAGACCAAAUACUUAAGCAAACACAAAGGGUAAAUUAUGAAAAUACAGCAACUGCAACCAUACUGACCAUCAAUGAAUGUAUUCGAAGUGAUAGUGGUCAAUAUCCACUGUCAGCUAAAAAUAUUGUUGGAGAAGUUAGUGAAGUAAUCACAGUUCAGGUUCAUGACAUACCUGGACCGCCUACUGGACCAAUCAAAUUUGAAGAAAUUUCAUGUGAUUUCCUAACAUUCUCGUGGGAGCCUCCUUUGAAUGAUGGUGGUGUACCAAUUAGUAACUAUGUUGUAGAAAUGCGUCAGACUGACAGUACCACGUGGACUGAAUUGGCAACUACAGUGAUACGCACUACAUUUAAAGCCAUUCGUCUUACUACUGGAGUUGAGUAUCAGUUCCGCGUUAAAGCUCAAAACAGAUAUGGAGUUGGUCCAGCCAUUACUUCAGAGUCUGUAGUUGCCAACUAUCCAUUUAAGGUACCUGGGCCUCCUGGCACUCCUCAGGUGAUUGCAGUCACCAAAGAAACCAUGACCAUUAGCUGGAAUGAGCCAGUUACUGAUGGUGGAAGCCCAAUACUGGGAUAUCACAUUGAAAGAAAAGAGCGAAACAGCAUUGUUUGGCAGACUGUAAGUAAAAUGUUGGUGUCAGGAAAUAUCUUUAAAUCAUCUGGACUUACUGAUGGCAUUGCAUAUGAAUUCCGUGUUAUAGCAGAAAACCUGGCUGGGAAGAGUAAGCCAAGCAAGCCAUCUGAGCCUGUGUUUGCCCUGGACCCAAUAGAUCCACCUGGUAAGCCGAUACCUCUGAACAUUACAAGACAUGCAGUUACGCUGAAGUGGACUAAACCAGAAUAUAAUGGAGGUUUUAAGAUAACUGGCUACACAGUUGAAAAAAGAGACCUUCCUAAUGGCCGUUGGCUGAAGGCUAAUUUCAGCAAUAUACUAGAGACUGAAUUCACUGUAAGUGGUUUAACAGAAGAUGCUGCCUAUGAAUUCCGUGUCAUUGCUAGGAAUGCUGGUGGAGCUGUUAGUCAGCCCUCAGAGCCAUCAGAUGCAAUUACUUGUAGAGAUGACAUUGAAGCACCAAGGAUAAAGGUGGAUGCUAAAUACAAGGACACCAUAGUGCUGAAAGCAGGUGAAGUUUUCAGACUUGAGGCUGAUGUUUCAGGUCGCCCUCCACCAACUAUGACAUGGACAAAGGGAGAAAAAGAACUUGAAGACACAGCAAAAUUAGAAAUAAAAAUAGCAGAUUUCUCUACCAUUCUCACCAACAAAGAUUCCUCAAGAAGAGAUGGUGGUGCUUACACUCUUACUGCAACAAACCCUGGUGGCUUUGCCAAGCAUAUCUUCAAUGUUAAAGUUCUUGAUAGACCUGGCCCCCCAGAAGGACCUUUGGCUGUGUCUGAAGUCACUGCAGAAAAAUGUGUGCUGUCAUGGCUACCCCCACUGGAUGAUGGAGGAGCAAAGAUUGACCAUUAUGUGGUUGAAAAACGUGAAACAAGUAGAUUGGCAUGGACAUCUGUAGGCACAGAAGUUCCAGUGACUAAACUGAAGGUUACUAAACUGUUGAAGGGCAAUGAGUAUGUAUUCCGAGUUAUGGCUGUUAACAAAUACGGAGUUGGUGAGCCGCUGGAAUCAGAGCCCAUUCUUGCAGUAAAUCCAUAUGUUCCACCUGAUCCACCUAAAACUCCUGAAGUUACAGCAAUUACAAAGGAUUCUAUGGUUGUCUGCUGGGGCCAUCCUGAUUCUGAUGGAGGGAGCCCAAUAACUAAUUAUAUUGUGGAACGUCGAGACAAGACUGGUCUACGGUGGGUGAAGUGUAACAAAAGGGUUGUUACUGACUUACGUUUUAAGGUGUCUGGACUGACAGAAGGCCAUGAAUAUGAAUACAGAGUCAUGGCGGAAAAUGCUGCUGGUGUCAGUGAGCCAAGCCCAACCAGUCCAUUCUAUAAAGCCUGUGAUACUGUAUUCAAGCCUGGUCCCCCAGGUAAUCCUCGUGUUUUGGAUAGCAGCAAGUCCUCUAUUACAAUAGCAUGGAACAAACCAAUAUAUGAUGGUGGUUCGGAGAUCACAGGUUACAUGGUUGAGAUUGCACUACCUGAAGAAGAUGAGUGGAAGAUUGUAACUCCACCAGUGGGUCUAAAGGCCACUUCUUUUACCAUCACUGACUUGAAAGAAAACCAAGAGUAUAAAAUACGGAUCUAUGCUAUGAACUCCGAAGGUCUUGGGGAACCUGCUCUUGUUCCUGGCACUCCAAAAGCUGAAGAAAGAAUGCUACCUCCAGAGAUUGAACUUGAUGCAGAGCUACGUAAAGUUGUAACUAUUAGAGCUUGCUGUACUCUGAGACUCUUUGUCCCAAUUAAAGGAAGACCAGCACCUGAAGUUAAAUGGACAAGAGAACAUGGGGAAUCUUUGGAUAGAGCGAGCAUUGAAUCCACAAGCUCUUAUACUUUACUUAUUGUUGAAAAUGUAAAUAGAUUUGAUAGUGGCAAAUACAUACUGACAAUUGAAAACAGCUCAGGUAGUAAGACAGCAUUUGUGAACGUCAGAGUUCUUGAUACUCCAGGGGCACCUCAAGAUUUGAAAAUAAAGGAAGUUACAAAAUCUUCAGUUACACUCACAUGGGAGCCUCCACUCAUAGAUGGUGGCUCUAAAAUAAAAAAUUACAUCGUUGAAAAACGUGAAUCAACAAGAAAAGCUUAUUCAACUGUUAAUGCCAAUUGCCACAAGACCAGCUGGAAAGUUGAUUCACUGCAAGAAGGCUGCAACUACUACUUCAGAGUCCUCGCUGAAAAUGAGUAUGGAAUAGGCCUUCCAGUUGAAACUUCAGAAUCCAUAAAAGUAUCAGAAAGACCACUUCCACCAGGGAAAAUAACUUUGUUGGAUGUGACAAGAAAUAGUGUAACCUUAUCUUGGGAAAAACCUGAACAUGAUGGUGGUAGCAGAAUUCUGGGCUAUAUUGUAGAAAUGCAAAGCAAAGGCAGUGAAAAGUGGUCAACCUGUGCUACUGUAAAAGUUACUGAAGCCACCAUCACAGGAUUGAUCCAAGGUGAAGAAUACACCUUCCGUGUUUCAGCUCAGAAUGAGAAGGGUAUCAGUGAUCCUCGCCAGCUGGCUGUACCAGUUGUUGCAAAAGAUCUUGUGAUCCCACCAGCUUUCAAACUGCUGUUUAACACUUUCAGUGUUCUAGCAGGAGAGGACUUAAAGGUUGAUGUUCCUUUUGUUGGUCGACCCAAACCAGCAGUGUCUUGGCAUAAAGACAAUGUGGCAUUGAAGCAGACUACAAGAGUAAAUGCAGAAAGCUCGGAAAACAACACAGUGUUAACAAUAAAAGAAGCAUGCAGAGAAGAUGUGGGAGCAUAUGUAGUUAAACUUACAAACUCUGCUGGUGAAGCAACUGAGACACUAAAUGUUGUUGUCCUUGACAAACCAGGACCUCCAACUGGACCAGUAAAAGUAGAUGAAGUAACAGCAGACAGUAUUACCAUUUCCUGGGAACCACCCAAGUAUGAUGGUGGUAGCUCUAUCAAUAAUUACAUUGUAGAAAGAAGAGACACUUCCACCACAACUUGGCACAUUGUGUCAGCUACUGUUGCAAGAACAACUAUAAAAGCAUGUCGUUUAAAAACUGGCUGUGAAUAUCAGUUCAGAAUUGCAGCUGAGAAUAGGUAUGGGAAGAGUACGUAUCUCACCUCAGAGUCAAUAAUAGCCCAAUACCCAUUUAAAGUUCCUGGUCCACCUGGAACUCCUUUUGUAACAAAUGUCACAAAAGACAGCAUGGUGGUACAAUGGCACGAACCAGUCAGUGAUGGUGGUAGCAGGAUCAUUGGUUAUCACUUGGAGCGCAAAGAAAGAAACAGCAUUCUGUGGGCUAAACUGAAUAAAACACCUCUUCCAGAUACCAAAUUUAAGACAACUGGCCUUGAGGAAGGUCUUGAAUAUGAAUUCAGAGUCUAUGCAGAAAAUAUAGUGGGAAUUGGAAAGGCAAGUAGAGCAUCUGAAUGCUAUACUGCACGUGACCCUUGUGACCCUCCAGGUCGUCCAGAACCUGUAAUUGUCACAAGAAGCUCAGUAACACUCCAGUGGAAGAAACCUAUAUACGAUGGUGGAAGUAAAAUCACAGGCUAUGUUGUUGAAAAGAAGGAAUUACCUGACGGCCGUUGGAUGAAAGCAAGCUUUACAAAUGUCAUUGAUACUCAGUUUGAAGUAACUGGUCUAGUUGAAAACCAGAGAUAUGAGUUUCGUGUUAUAGCACGAAACGCUGCAGGUGUUUUCAGUGAACCAUCUGAAAGCUCAGGGGCAAUUACAGCAAGGGAUGAAGUAGAACCACCUCAAAUAAGUAUGGAUCCAAAAUUCAGAGACACUAUUGUAGUGAAUGCUGGCGAGUCAUUCAAGCUUGACGCUGAUGUUCAUGGCAAACCAAUACCUUCCAUUCAGUGGUUAAAAGGUGAUCGUGAGCUGACAAGCACCGCUCAUAUGGAAAUAAAAACUACUGAUUUUGCAACAAGCCUCAGUGUGAAGGAAGCCACAAGAGUUGACAGUGGGCAGUAUGUACUACUGGCAAAGAAUGUUGCAGGUGAAAAGAAGGUUCCUGUUAACGUCAAAGUUCUUGAUAGACCUGGACCUCCAGAAGGACCUGUUGAAUUUACAGGUGUUACAGCUGAAAAAUGCACACUGUCAUGGAAACCUCCACUACAAGAUGGUGGUAGCGAUAUUUCACACUACGUUGUAGAAAAAAGGGAAACCAGUCGCUUGGUGUGGACUGUUGUUGACUCAAACGUGCAAACCCUGAACUGCAAAGUUACAAAACUUCUAGAAGGAAAUGAGUAUGUUUUCCGCAUCAUGGCAGUAAAUAAAUAUGGUGUUGGUGAACCUCUUGAGUCUGACCCAGUAGUCGCAAAGAACCCAUUUGUUGUGCCACUUCCUCCAAAGGCUCCAGAAGUCACAGCAGUUACCAAGGAUUCUAUGAUAGUUGUAUGGGAAAGACCGGCCUCAGAUGGCGGCAGUGAAAUCCUAGGCUAUGUCCUUGAAAAACGAGAUAAGGAAGGCAUUCGCUGGACACGAUGUAACAAGCGCCUGAUAAGUGAACUGCGAUACAGGGUGACUGGUCUUAUAGAAAAUCAUGAUUAUGAGUACAGAGUUUCAGCUGAAAAUGCUGCUGGUCUUAGUGAACCAAGUCCACCUUCUACUUACUACAAAGCAUGUGAUCCUAUUUACAAGCCAGGUCCACCCAAUAAUCCCAAAGUUACAGAUGUUACAAGAUCUUCAGUUUUUCUUUCAUGGGGUAAACCUAUAUAUGAUGGUGGCUCUGAAAUUCAGGGAUACAUUGUGGAAAAAUGUGAUGUAAGUGAUGGUGAAUGGUCAAUUUGUACCCCUCCAACUGGAAUUAAGAAUACUCACAUGGAAGUAGAAAAAUUAGUGGAAAAACACGAAUACAAAUUCCGCAUAUGUGCAGUUAAUAAAGCAGGAGUUGGAGAGCAUGCAGAUGUUCCUGGUUCUGUCAUUGUAGAAGAGAAGAUGGAGGCACCAGACCUUGACCUUGACAUGGAAUUAAGGAAGAUUGUGAAUGUGAGAGCAGGAGGUUCCUUAAGACUUUUCGUUCCCAUCAGAGGUCGUCCAACACCUGAAGUAAAAUGGGGUAAAGUGGAUGGUGACAUCAGAGAAGCAGCUAUUAUUGAUACCACUAGUAGCUUUACUUCCCUUGUUCUAGAUAAUGUUAACAGAUUUGAUAGCGGAAAAUAUACUCUGACCUUGGAAAACAGCAGUGGAACAAAGUCUGCAUUUGUCAGCGUAAGAGUACUGGAUACCCCAAGUGCACCUGUUAACUUAAAAAUCAGAGAGAUCACUAAGGACUCUGUUUCACUUUCAUGGGAGCCUCCUCUCUUGGAUGGUGGAGCAAAAAUAAAGAAUUUCAUUAUUGAAAAGCGUGAAGCAACAAGAAAGGCAUAUGCAGCUGUUGUAACAAACUGCCACAAGACUUCAUGGAAAGUAGAUCAACUUCAGGAGGGCUGCUAUUACUUCUUCAGGGUCUCUGCUGAGAAUGAAUAUGGAAUUGGCCUCCCUGCAGAAACCAGUGACCCAAUUAAAGUUGCUGAAGUUCCACAGCCUCCUGGGAAAAUAACAGUGGAUGAUGUCACAAGAAACAGUGUCUCACUAAGCUGGGCAAAACCUGAACAUGACGGUGGUAGCAAAAUCAUACAAUAUAUUGUUGAAAUGCAAGCAAAGGGUAGUGAAAAGUGGUCAGAGUGUGCUCGUGUUAAAACACUUGAAGCACUUGUUACUAAUCUAACUCAAGGGGAAGAAUAUCUUUUUAGAGUAAUGGCUGUAAAUGAAAAGGGUAAGAGUGAUCCUAGAGCACUUGCAGUUCCAAUAGUUGCCAAAGACCUGGUGAUUGAACCUGAUGUAAGACCUGCUUUCCACAGUUACAGUGUUCAGGUGGGACAGGACCUAAAAGUAGAAAUACCAAUUGCAGGUCGACCUAAACCAACUGUUACCUGGGUUAAAGAUGGCCAGCCAUUAAGGCAGACAACAAGAGUCAAUAUUAGCGAUUCAGCUGAUCUCACUAUACUGAAUCUUAAGGAAACUAGCAAAGAAGACAGUGGCACUUACGAAAUCACUGUGGCUAAUGUUGUUGGGCAAAAGUCUGCCUCUGUUGAAAUUAUUACUCUUGACAAACCUGACCCUCCAGUUGGACCUGUGAAGUUUGAUGAAAUAAGUGCAGAAAGUAUUACCCUGUCAUGGAAUCCCCCAGCGUACACAGGCGGCUGCCAAAUCACCAACUAUAUUGUGCACAAGAGAGAUACAACGACCACUGUAUGGGAAACAGUUUCAGCUACUGUUGCAAGAACUACACUGAAGGUGACUAAACUGAAAACUGGUUCAGAAUACCAGUUCAGAAUCUUCGCUGAGAACAGGUAUGGGCAGAGUUUUGCAUUGGAAUCUGCACCAGUCGUAGCACAGUAUCCCUACAAGGAACCAGGACCUCCUGGCACACCAUUUGUGACAACAGUUACAAAAGACUCCAUGGUUGUACAGUGGCAUGAACCAGUAAAUGAUGGUGGCAGUAAAGUGUUGGGUUACCAUCUUGAGAGAAAGGAGAAAAACAGCAUUCUAUGGACUAAAGUAAAUAAGACUAUUAUACAGGACACAAGUUUUAAGACAAAUAACCUUGAAGAAGGAAUUGAGUAUGAGUUUCGAGUUUCUGCAGAAAAUAUUGUUGGGGUAGGCAGAACAAGUAAAGUUUCUGAGUGCUACGUAGCUCGUGAUCCAUGUGAUCCUCCAGGUCGCCCAGAACCUAUAAUAAUAAAAAGAAGCUCUAUUACUCUACAGUGGACCAAACCAGAAUAUGAUGGUGGAAGUAAGGUUACUGGUUAUAUUGUAGAGAAACGUGACUUACCAGAUGGUCGCUGGAUGAAAGCAAGCUUCACAAAUAUCAUUGAAACUCAGUUCACUGUAACAGGACUUACUGAAGACCAAAGAUAUGAAUUUAGAGUAAUUGCAAAGAAUGCUGCAGGUGCAAUAAGCAAACCUUCUGACAGUACAGGACCAAUAACGGCAAGGGAUGAAGUUGAACUUCCACGAAUUUCAAUGGAUCCAAAGUACAAAGACACUAUUGUUGUAAAUGCUGGUGAAACAUUCAGACUUGAGGCUGAUGUUCAUGGAAAGCCACUACCAACCAUUAAGUGGUACAAAGGAGAUAAAGAGCUUGAGGACACUGCUAGAUAUGAAAUAAAGAACACAGAUUUCAGUGCAUUAAUAAUUGUAAAAGAUGCUAUUAGAGUUGAUGGUGGACAGUACAUUCUGGAAGCCUCUAAUGUUGCAGGAACAAAGACAGUAACAGUAAACGUAAAAGUCUUGGACAGGCCAGGACCUCCAGAGGGCCCAGUCCAAGUGACAGGAGUUACAGCUGAAAAAUGUGCACUGGCAUGGGGUCCUCCUCUUCAUGAUGGUGGCAGUGAUAUUUCUCAUUACAUUGUAGAGAAGAGAGAAACUAGCCGCCUGGCAUGGACUGUGGUUGCUUCAGAAGUUUUACCUACAAUGCUGAAAGUAACAAAACUCUUGGAAGGAAAUGAAUACGUCUUCCGUAUCAUGGCAGUUAACAAAUAUGGGGUUGGUGAGCCAUUAGAAUCUGUGCCAGUAAUGAUGAGAAAUCCAUUUGUGGUUCCUGGACCACCAAAGGCCUUGGAAAUUACCAACAUCACGAAGGAUUCUAUGACUGUCUGCUGGACCCGGCCAGACAGUGAUGGAGGUAGUGAAAUUGUAGGUUACAUUGUAGAAAAGAGAGACCGAGCAGGCAUCAGAUGGAUAAAAUGCAAUAAACGACGCAUUACAGAUUUGCGAUUAAGAGUUACAGGUUUAACAGAAGAUCAUGAAUAUGAAUUCAGAGUUUCUGCUGAAAAUGCUGCUGGAGUUGGUGAACCAAGCCAAGUUUCUCCCUACUUCAAAGCUUGUGACCCGAUGUUCAAGCCUGGCCCACCUACAAAUGCCCAUGUUGUGGAUACCACCAAAAGUUCAGUUACGCUCAGUUGGAGUAAACCUAUUUAUGAUGGUGGUUGUGAAAUCCAGGGAUACCUUGUAGAAAUCUGUAAAGCAGAUGAAGAUGAAUGGUCACUUGUUACUCCACAGACAGGCAUACGUGCCACUCGAUUUGAGAUCAAAAAGCUUACUGAACAUCAAGAGUACAAACUACGAGUGUGUGCUCUCAACAAGAUCGGUGUGGGAGAGGCUGCAUCUGUUCCUGGUACUAUUAAACCAGAAGACAAACUUGAAGCUCCAGAACUUGAUAUUGAUUCAGAGCUAAGGAAAGGGAUAGUGGUUAGAGCUGGUGGGUCUGCUAGGAUUCACAUACCAUUUAGGGGACGACCAACACCUGACAUCACAUGGUCCCGAGAAGAAGGUGAAUUCUCAGAAAAAGUUCAGAUUGAUAAAGGCGUAAACUACACACAACUUUCAAUUGACAACUGUGAUAGAAACGAUGCUGGAAAGUACAUUCUUAAGCUGGAGAACAGCAGUGGUUCUAAAUCUGCAUUUGUUACAGUGAAAGUCUUGGACACGCCAGGACCCCCACAAAACUUAGUGGUAAAGGAUAUAAAGAAGGAUUCUGCUGUAUUAUCUUGGGAGCCACCAAUUAUUGAUGGUGGUGCAAAGGUAAAGAACUAUGUAAUAGACAAGCGUGAGUCAACCAGGAAGGCAUUUGCAAAUGUAAGUGCUAAGUGUGCCAAGACAAGUUUUAAAGUUGAAAAUCUUACAGAGGGAGCAAUUUAUUACUUCAGAGUUAUGGCUGAAAAUGAAUAUGGAAUUGGUGUCCCAGUUGAAACCAGGGAUGCUAUCAAAGCCUCAGAGCCACCUCUGCCUCCUGGGAAAGUAACGCUCACUGAUGUCACUCAGAGAAGUGCAUCGCUUACGUGGGAAAAACCUGAACAUGAUGGAGGUAGCAGAAUUUUGGGAUAUCUUGUUGAAAUGUUGCCUAAAGGAACAGAAAAAUGGAGUGUUGUUAGUGAGACCAAAACAUGUAAUGCAGAGGUUUCUGGUUUGAGUCCAGGACAGGAAUAUCAAUUCCGUGUGAUUGCCUACAAUGAAAAAGGCAAAAGUGAUCCCAGAGCACUUGGAAUUCCUGUGAUAGCUAAAGACCUGACUAUUGAGCCAAGUUUCAAACUGAUGUUUAAUACAUACAGUGUACAAGCUGGAGAAGAUCUGAAGGUAGAAGUACCAUUUAUAGGUAGACCCAAACCUACUAUUACUUGGACAAAAGAUGAGCAGCCACUGAAACAGACAACCAGAUUAAAUAUUGAGAAUACAACAACAUCAACUAUUUUACAUAUUAAAGAAAGCAACAGGGAAGACUUUGGUAAAUAUACAGUAACAGCAACAAAUGCAGCAGGUACAGCAACAGAGCACCUGAGCAUAAUUGUACUAGAAAAGCCUGGCCCACCACGAGGACCUGUCCGCUUUGAUGAAAUUAGUGCAGACUUUGUUGUUUUGUCAUGGGAUCCACCUGAUUAUACUGGUGGCUGCCAGAUAAGCAACUAUAUAGUAGAAAAGCGUGACACAAGCACUACCACGUGGAACAUUGUGUCAGCAACUGUUGCAAGAACAACCAUCAAAGCAACAAAGCUUAAAACAGGUUCUGAAUACCAGUUCAGGAUUUCUGCUGAAAAUAGAUAUGGAAAGAGCUCUCCUUUGGCUUCUAAAUCAGUUGUUGUGCAAUACCCCUACAAGGUGCCUGGACCACCUGGAACCCCAUUUGUUACAGCAGCUUCCAAGGACCAUAUGAUCGUACAAUGGCAUGAACCAGUUAAUGAUGGAGGAAGCAAAGUUCUUGGCUACCAUCUUGAGCGUAAAGAUAAGAACAGCAUUCUUUGGACAAAACAGAACAAGUCACUUAUUGUGGACACCAAAUAUAAAACAGAUGGCCUUGAAGAAGGUCUUGAAUAUGAGUUCAGAGUUUCUGCUGAAAACAUUGUUGGUAUUGGCAAAGUCAGCAAAGUAUCAGAACUGUAUGUUGCCCGAGAUCCUUGUGACCCACCUGGUCGCCCAGAGGCCAUUCUUGUUACAAGAAGUAAUAUCACACUGAAGUGGAAAAAGCCUGAAUAUGAUGGUGGAAGCAAAAUAACUGGUUAUAUUGUAGAAAAGAAAGAAUUACCAGAUGGUCGCUGGAUGAAAGCCAGCUUUACAAAUGUGUUGGAAACAGAAUUUACAGUAAGUGGCCUUGUUGAAAACCAACGAUAUGAAUUUAGAGUAAUUGCAAGAAAUGCAGCAGGUUGCUUGAGUGAACCAUCUGAAAGUACAGGGCCUAUUACUGCCAGAGAUGAAAUUGAAGCACCAGGUGCUUCACUGGACCCUAAAUACAGAGAUGUCAUUGUUGUUCAUGCUGGAGAAACCUUUGUUCUUGAAGCUGAUAUCCAUGGCAAACCUAUUCCUGAUGUUACAUGGUCAAAAGAUGGUAAAGACCUUGAAGAAACAACUGCAAGAAUGGAAAUUAAAUCUACCAUUGAGAAAACAAUUCUCACUGUCAAAGACUGUAUAAGAGUAGAUGGAGGUCACUAUACUCUUAACCUCAAAAAUGUUGGUGGCACCAAAUCUAUACCAAUAACUGUGAAAGUGCUUGACAGACCAGGACCUCCUGAAGGACCUUUGAAUGUUACAGGUGUCACUGCAGAAAAAUGCUACUUGUCAUGGUCUCCACCUUCACAUGAUGGUGGUUCUAGUAUCUCACAUUAUAUCAUUGAGAAGAGAGAGACAAGUAGGCUUUCAUGGACACAAGUAGCAACAGAUGUGCAGGCUCUAAAUCACAAGGUAACCAAACUCCUUCCUGGCAAUGAAUACAUUUUCCGUGUAAUGGCAGUGAAUAAAUAUGGAGUUGGAGAGCCCUUGGAAUCUGAACCAGUUGUGGCUCGUAAUCCAUACAAACCCCCUGGUCCUCCUUCAACACCUGAAGUUUCAGCAAUCACAAAAGAUUCUAUGGUGGUAACAUGGAGUCGCCCAGAAGACAAUGGAGGAGCUGAAAUUGAAGGUUACAUACUUGAAAAACGAGACAAGGAUGGUAUCCGGUGGACCAAAUGCAAUAAGAAAAGGCUGACAGACUUGCGAUUCAGAGUGACAGGUCUAACUGAUGGGCAUUUCUAUGAGUUUAGAGUGUCUGCUGAAAAUGCUGCAGGGGUAGGGGAACCCAGUGAGCCAUCCAUUUUCUAUCGUGCUUGUGAUGUAUUAUAUCCACCAGGUCCACCUAGCAAUCCAAAGGUUACAGAUACUUCCAGGUCAUCAGUUUCCCUUGCCUGGAGUAAGCCCAUUUAUGAUGGUGGUGCUCCUGUUAAAGGGUAUGUAGUGGAAGUAAAAGAAGCUGCUGCUGAUGAAUGGACUACCUGCACCCCACCAACAGGCCUACAAGCAAAACAGUUCACCGUGACAAAACUGAAGGAGAACCAGGAGUAUAACUUCCGCAUCUGUGCCAUCAACUCAGAAGGAGUAGGAGAACCCGCGACUAUACCUGGUGCAGUCUUAGCAGAGGACAAGAUGGAACCUCCUGAAAUUGAACUUGAUGCAGAUCUCAGAAAAGUAGUCACUGUACGUGCUAGUGGUACUUUACGCCUGUUUGUCACCAUCAAAGGAAGACCGGAACCUGAAGUUAAAUGGGAGAAAGCAGAAGGAACAAUUAGUGAGCGAGCUCAGAUUGAAGUCACCAGUUCCUAUACAAUGCUGGUCAUUGACAAUGUCAAUAGAUUUGAUAGUGGUAGAUAUAACCUUACUUUAGAGAACAACAGUGGCAAAAAAUCUGCUUUUGUUAAUGUCAGAGUGCUUGAUACACCUAGUGCACCUCUAAACCUGACAAUCAGAGAAGUGAAAAAAGAUUUUGUAACUUUAGCCUGGGAAGCACCACUUAUUGACGGCGGAGCUAAAAUUACCAACUACGUAGUUGAAAAGCGAGAAUCCACAAGAAAGGCAUAUGCCACAGUUACAAGCAACUGUACUAAGAAUUCCUUCAAGAUUACUCAGCUACAAGAAGGAUGCAGUUAUUACUUCCGUGUUCUAGCUGUAAAUGAAUAUGGGGCUGGUUUACCAGCAGAAAUUGCUGAUCCAGUUAAGGUGUCCGAACCACCUUCUCCACCUUCAAAGGUCAUUCUUGUUGACGUGACUCGCAAUUCUGCAUCAAUUAAAUGGGAAAAGCCGGAGAGUGAUGGUGGCAGUAAAAUUACUGGUUAUAUAGUAGAAAUGCAGACUAAAGGAAGUGUAAAAUGGAGUGCAUGUACACAGGUGAAAACAUUGGAAGCAACAGUAACAGGCUUAAGUAUGGGAGAAGAAUACAGUUUCAGGGUGAUUGCCAUUAAUGAAAAAGGAAAAAGUGAUCCAAGAGAACUUGGUGUCCCAGUCAUUGCAAAAGAUAUUGAAAUCCAGCCAUCUGUUGAGCUUCUUUUUAACACAUUCACGGUGAAAGCUGGAGAUGAUCUUAAGAUUGACAUUCCAUUCAGAGGGCGACCUCUUCCCACUGUUAGCUGGAAGAAGGAUGGGAAUCCCUUAAAACAGACAACCAGGGUAAAUGUUGAAACAUCAAAGACUUUAACUUCACUGUCCAUCAAGGAAGCUACAAAUGAAGAUCUGGGACAUUAUGAAUUGCAUCUUUCAAAUACUGCUGGAACAACAACAGCUUCUCUAACCGUAGUUGUCCUUGACAGACCAGGACCACCAACUGAUGUUAAAAUUGAUGAAAUUAGUGCUGAUAGUGUAACUCUGUCUUGGAAACCUCCAGCAUAUGAUGGUGGAUGUCACAUUAGCAAUUACAUUGUGGAGAAGAGAGAUACUACCACAACAACAUGGGAGGUUGUAUCUGCAGCAGUUGCAAGAACAUCAAUUAAAGUAACUCGACUCGUCACUGGAUCUGAAUAUCAGUUCCGUGUUUGUGCAGAAAACCGCUAUGGGAAGAGCACUUAUAUUAAUUCUCCUUCUGUUGUGGCAGAAUAUCCAUUUAAGCCUCCAGGUCCACCAGGAACACCUCGUGUGGCACACGCAACUAAAUCUUUCAUGAUUGUAACUUGGCAGGUACCAGUUAAUGAUGGAGGUAGUGUAGUACUAGGAUACCAUUUGGAGCAUAAAGAAAGAAGCAGCAUUCUUUGGACAAAAGUCAACAAGAGCCUCAUAACAGAUACACAAAUGAAAGUUACAGGUCUUGAUGAAGGACUGAUGUAUGAAUAUCGUGUGUAUGCAGAAAACAUUGCUGGAAUAGGCAAAUGCAGCAAAGCAUGUGAACCAGUUGCUGCAAGAGAUCCAUGUGAUCCUCCUGGUCAACCAGAAGUUACUAAUAUUACAAGAACAUCUGUCUCAUUGAAGUGGACUAAACCAGAAUACGAUGGUGGAGCUAAAGUAACAGGAUAUAUUAUUGAACGCCGAGAACUGCCAGAUGGUCGUUGGCUAAAAUGUAAUUUUACUAAUGUGCAAGAAACAUACUUUGAUGUAGGUGGACUUACAGAAGACCAGCGUUAUGAAUUCCAUGUGAUUGCAAAGAAUGCUGCUGGACUCUUCAGUCAGCCAUCUGAAUCAACUGGACCUGUGACUGUGAAAGAUGAUGUAGAGGCUCCAAGAAUUAUGAUGGAUGCCAAAUUCAGGGAUGUUGUAGUUGUGAAAGCUGGAGAAGUGUUUAAAGUCAAUGCUGAUGUUGCAGGACGGCCGAUACCAGUGAUUUCAUGGACAAAGGAUGGCAAGGAUCUUGAAGGAAAAGCUAGAGUUGAGAUAGUAUCAACAGAUUACACUACUGCAAUAACCAUUAAGGACUGUAUCCGAGGGGAUUCAGGACAGUAUCUACUAACAUUACAGAAUGUUGCAGGAACAAAAUCUUUGGCAAUUAAUUGCAAAGUACUUGAUAGACCUGGCCCACCUGCAGGCCCAUUAGAAAUAAAUGGCCUUACUGCUGAAAAGUGCCAUUUAUCAUGGGGACCCCCUCAAGAAAAUGGUGGUGCAGAGAUUGACCAUUAUAUUGUGGAAAAACGUGAGACCAGCAGAAUUGCAUGGACACUUUGUGAAGGAGAGCUUAAAACAACAUCUUGUAAAGUGACAAAAUUACUGAAGGGUAAUGAAUAUAUUUUCAGAGUAAUGGGAGUUAACAAAUAUGGCGUUGGUGAGCCUCUAGAAAGUGUUGCUGUCAAAGCCCUAGACCCAUUUACAGUGCCAAGCCCACCUACAUCUUUAGAGAUCACCAGUGUGAGCAAAGAUUCAAUAACUCUGUGCUGGGCAAGACCUGAGUCUGAUGGAGGCAAUGAGAUAUCGGGCUAUGUAAUUGAAAGGCGUGAGAAAACCAGCCUAAGAUGGAUUCGCGUAAACAAAAAGCCAGUUUAUGAUUUAAGAGUGAAAUCAUCGGGUCUCCGUGAGGGAUGUGAAUAUGAAUUCCGGGUUUAUGCAGAAAAUGCUGCUGGCCUCAGUCUCCCAAGUGAAACCACACCAUUGAUUAAGGCAGAAGAUCCAAUUUUCUUGCCAUCGCCGCCAUCUAAACCUAAGAUUAUGGAUUCUACAAGAUCAAAUAUCACAAUUGGUUGGACAAAGCCACUGUUUGAUGGAGGUGCUCCAGUGACAGGAUACACAGUCGAAUACAAGAAAACCGAUGAAACUGACUGGACAACAGCUAUUCAGAAUUUAAGAGGCACAGAAUAUGCCAUAACUGGAUUAACAUCAGGCUCUGAAUAUGUUUUUAGAGUGAAAUCCAUUAACAAAAUGGGUGUCAGUGAACCAAGUGAUGUCUCAGAACCUCAGGUGGCAAAAGAAAGAGAGGAAGAGCCUGCCUUUGAAAUUGACAGUGAAAUGCGGAAGACUUUAAUUGUAAAGGCUGGUGGAUCAUUCACAAUGACUGUUCCUUUCAGAGGCAAACCAGUCCCAAAUGUAACAUGGAACAAACCAGACACUGAUCUCCGUACACGUGCAAGCAUUGACACGUCAAGUAAUUGUACAUCUCUUACUAUUGAAAAAGCAACAAGAAAUGAUUCUGGAAAAUAUACAUUAACGUUGCAAAACAUCCUGAACACUACCACCUUGACUUUAAUGGUCAAAGUUCUUGAUACGCCUGGCCCCCCAUCUAAUAUUGCAACAAAAGACGUAACUAAAGAAUCUGCUGUGUUAUCUUGGGAUGUUCCUGAAAAUGAUGGUGGAGCACCUGUAAAGAACUAUGUAAUUGAAAAACGAGAAGCUAGCAAAAAGGCGUGGGUGACUGUGACAAACAACUGUCAUCGCCUGUCCUACAAAGUGACUGGUUUGCAAGAAGGUGCCAUCUACUACUUCCGUGUCUCUGGAGAAAAUGAAUAUGGUGUUGGAGUGCCUUCUGAGACCAAGGAGGGAACAAAAAUAACAGAAAAACCCAGCCCACCAGAAAAGCUAGGAGUAACAAACGUCACAAAGGACAGUGUUUCUCUUUCAUGGCUAAAACCAGAACAUGAUGGUGGAAGCAGAAUUGUUAGCUACCUCCUUGAAGCUCUUGAGAAAGGACAGCAAAAAUGGGUUAAGUGUGCAGUUGUAAAGACAACUCAUCAUGUUGUCCAUGGUCUUAAGGAAAACGUUGACUAUUUCUUCAGAGUGUCUGCAGAAAACCAAGCUGGUUUAAGUGAUCCUAAGGAACUACUGCUCCCUGUUACAGUUAAAGAACAAUUAGAAUCUCCUGAGAUUGACAUGAAGGGCUUCCCUCAUAACACUGUAUAUGUUCGAGCAGGAUCAAAUCUAAAAGUUGAAAUUCCAGUUUCAGGAAAACCAGUGCCAAAGGUGACACUGUCUAGAGAUGGUGUCGCACUGAAACCUACCAUGAGAUUUCACACAGAAACCACUGCUGAAAGUCUCAUUAUCAACCUUAAAGAAAGUGUGGCUGCUGAUGCUGGCAGAUACGACAUUACUGCUGCGAACUCAAGUGGCACCACAAAAUCAUUUGUUAAUAUUGUUGUGCUGGAUAGACCCGGUCCUCCUGUUGGUCCUGUUGCCCUUAGCGAUGUCACUGAAGAGAGUGUAACACUCAGAUGGCAGCCACCAGCUUAUGAUGGUGGAAGUCAGGUUACCAACUAUAUUGUACUGAAAAGAGAAACAAGUACUGCUGCUUGGUCUGAAGUGUCUGCCACUGUUGCUAGAACCGUUAUCAAAGUUAUGAGGCUCACAACAGGAGAAGAGUACCAAUUCCGCAUCAAAGCUGAGAACCGCUUUGGCAUCAGCGAUCACAUAGACUCACAGUGUGUGGUUGUCAAGCUUCCUUAUACUACCCCGGGCCCUCCUUCUACACCAUGGGUCACUAAUGUUACCCGAGAGAGUAUUACUGUCGGAUGGCAUGAGCCAGUCACUAAUGGUGGCAAUGCUAUCAUUGGGUAUCACCUGGAAAUGAAAGACAGAAAUAGCAUAUUAUGGCAGAAGGCUAACAAGACCCUUAUUCGCACCACUCAUUUCAAAGUCACCACAAUCAGCGCUGGCCUUAUCUAUGAAUUUAGAGUUUAUGCAGAAAAUGCAGCUGGCAUUGGAAAAGCAAGUCGUCCUUCUGAUCCAGUCCUUGCAAUUGAUGCUUGUGAGCCACCAAGAAACGUUCGUGCCUCAGAUAUUUCCAAGACCUCUAUCACUCUCUCCUGGCAGAAGCCAGCAUUUGAUGGUGGUAGCAAAAUCACUGGAUACAUUGUAGAAAAACGUGAUCUUCCAGAUGGCAGAUGGACAAAAGCUAGCUUCACCAAUGUUAUUGAGACUCAGUUCACAGUAUCUGGCCUGACACAGAAUUCCAAGUAUGAAUUCCGGGUCUUUGCAAAGAAUGCUGUCGGUUCCAUCAGUAAUCCCUCAGAUGUUGUGGGUCCUAUCACAUGUGUUGAUACAUACGGUGCACCUGAAAUCGAUGUGCCACCAGAAUAUACAGAAGUGGUAAAAUACAAAGCAGGAACUUCAGUUAAGCUAAAACUAGGCAUCUCAGGCAAGCCUAUACCCACAAUUGAAUGGUUCAAAAAUGGCAAUGAAGUCCUAACCAGUGCACUAGUGUCUUUUGAAAGCACAACAGAAUUUGCUUCUAUACUCAUCAAGGAUGCAAAUAGACUCGACAGUGGCACCUAUGAAUUAAAACUGAAAAAUGCCAUGGGUUCAGCAUCAGCCCAUAUUAGAGUACAGAUACUUGACAAGCCAGGACCCCCAGGUGGACCUAUACAGUUUAAGACAGUCACUGCUGAAAAGAUAACAAUAAUGUGGGACCCACCAGCAGAUGAUGGUGGUGCAGCUAUAACACACUAUGUUGUUGAAAAGCGGGAAACAAGUCGGGUUGUAUGGUCUUUAAUUUCUGAAAAACUGGAGGGAUGUAUCAUAACUACAACAAAACUCAUCAAAGGAAAUGAGUAUGUGUUCCGUGUCCGUGGUGUGAACAAGUUUGGAAUUGGCGAUCCACUGGAAUCUGAGCCUGUUGUAGCCAAAAAUUCAUUUGUUACACCUGGACCACCUAGUACACCAGAAGUCACAAAGAUAACCAAGAAUUCUAUGACUGUUGUCUGGAGUAGGCCCACUGUUGAUGGAGGCAGUGAAAUAUCAGGAUAUUUUCUGGAAAAACGUGACAAGAAGAGUCUGAGUUGGUUCAAGGUCUCUAAAGAAACCAUUCGGGACACCAGACAGAAAGUAACAGGUCUGACGGAAAACAGCGAAUAUCAUUUCCGAGUUUGUGCUGUCAAUGCAGCUGGACCCGGUCCAUUCUCUGAGGCUUCUGACUUCUACAAAGCUGCAGAUCCUGUUGAUAAGCCAGGCACACCAACAAAGCUGAAAGUUGUGGAUACAACCAAGACAUCUGUUACACUUGGCUGGAUUAAACCUGCUUAUGAUGGAGGAAGUCCAAUUACCCACUACGUGGUGGAAAAGAGGGAAGGUGAAGAGCAAGAAUGGACUGUAGUCAGUACCAAGGGAGAAGUGAGAACAACUGAAUAUGUUGUAUCCCACCUCCAGCCAAGUGUUAAUUACUAUUUCCGUGUCUCUGCUAUGAAUUGUGCUGGACAAGGAGAGCCUAUUGAAAUGAUGGAACCUGUUCAAGCUAAAGAUAUUCUUGUGGCACCAGAGAUUGAUCUGGAUGUUGCUCUUCGGACAUCUAUUGUUGCUAAAGCAGGUGAAGAUGUGGAAAUAAUGAUUCCAUUCAAGGGAAGGCCUCCUCCAACAGUCACAUGGAGAAAGGGGGACAAGAAUCUUGGGACUGAUGAAAGAUAUAUCAUCCAAAACACAGAAUCAUCUACACUGCUUACUAUUCCUCAAGUUACACGAAAUGAUACAGGAAAAUAUGUUCUUACAAUUGAAAAUGGAGUUGGAGAAGCAAAAUCAUCAUUUGUAAAUGUAAAAGUACUUGACACACCUUCUGCAUGCCAGAAGCUGCAGCUCAAGCAUGUCUCUCGUGGCACAGUUACACUGGUAUGGGAGCCACCUCUCAUCAAUGGUGGUUCUGAAAUAACAAAUUAUGUUGUUGAAAAAAGAGAUGCUACAAAGAGGGCCUGGUCAACUGUUACAACAAAGUGUUCUCAUACCACCUUUAAACUGACUAACCUGUCAGAAAAGACUGCAUUCUUUUUCCGUGUUCUCGCUGAAAAUGAAAUUGGACUAGGUGAACCUUGUGAGACAACUGAACCAGUGAAAGCUGCAGACGUACCUGGACCUGUAAAAGACCUAACCAUGAAAGACUCUACAAAGAGUUCUGUUAAAUUGCAGUGGAGCAAACCUGACUAUGAUGGUGGUAGCAUUAUAUCAGAUUAUGUUAUUGAAAAGAAACUUCAGGAAGAGAAAGAAUGGACGUAUGCAGGCACAAGCAAGAGCUGUGAAUUUGUAGCUGAAAAACUUAAAGAGCUUUCUGUCAUGGAAUUCAGAGUCUUUGCUAAAAAUGAAAAAGGCAUGAGCGACUCUGUUACUGUUGGACCCAUUACUGUGAAAGAGCUUAUAAUAACACCUGAGGCUGACCUUUCUGAUAUUCCUGGAGGUCAGAUUGCAGUAAGAAUUGGACAUAAUCUGCAUGCUGAAUUGCCCUAUAAAGGUAAACCUAAUCCAUCAAUGAGCUGGCUCAAGGAUAACCUCCCUCUUAAAGAAACAGAACAUCUUCGUUUCAAGAAAACUGAAAACAAGAUAAGUUUAAGUAUCAAGAAUGUGAAAAAGGAGCAUGGUGGCAAAUAUACUUUAAUUCUUGAUAACGUAGUCUGCAGAAAGUCAUUCACAAUCACUGUAAUCACUCUUGGUCCUCCAUCUAGGCCAAAAGCACCUUUAAGAAUAGAUGAAAUCAAAGCGGAUAGUGUAGUUUUGUCAUGGGAGGCUCCUGAUGAUGAUGGGGGAGGAGAAAUUACUGGCUACAGUAUCGAGAAGAGAGAAACAUCACAAAUGAACUGGAAGCUGGUCUGUUCAAGUGCUGCAAGAACAACCUUCAAAGUACCAAACCUUGUUAAAGAUACUGAGUAUCAGUUUAGAGUUCGUGCAGAAAACAGAUACGGAGUGAGCCCACCUCUUAUCUCAGCAGAUGUUGUGGCAAAGCACCAGUUUAAACCACCAGGUGCCCCAGGCAAGCCUGUUGUAUACAACGUAACUGCUGAUGGAAUGAGCAUUUCUUGGGAUGCUCCUGUUUAUGAUGGUGGUUCAGAGAUUAUGGGAUACCAUGUUGAAAAGAAGGAAAGAAACAGUAUUUUGUGGCAGAAGGUUAAUGUUGCAUUAAUAUCUAACCGAGAAUACAGGAUUACUGGACUGCUUGAGGGCCUGGAUUACCAGUUCCAAGUAUAUGCUGAAAACGCUGCAGGUUUAAGCCGAGCUAGUGAGCCAAGCAAAUUUACUUUGGCAGUCUCUCCAGUAGACCCACCUGGUACUCCUGAUUAUAUUGAUGUCACUAGGGAAACAAUCACCCUGAAAUGGAACCCCCCUCUGCGUGAUGGAGGCAGUAAGAUUGUGGCUUACAGCAUUGAGAAGCGGCAAGGAAGUGCAGACCGUUGGCUCAGGUGUAACUUUACUGAUGUCAGUGAGUGCCAGUAUACAGUUACAGGGCUCAGUCCAGGUGACCGAUAUGAAUUCAGAGUCCUUGCAAGAAAUGCUGUUGGUACCAUCAGCCCACCUUCACAGUCUUCAGGCUAUAUCAUGACCAGAGAUGAAAAUGUUGCUCCAACAAUUGAAUUUGGUGCUGAACACUUUGAAGGCCUUACUGUUAAAGCUGGAGAGAGCAUUAGACUUAAAGCUCUAAUCAGAGGACGUCCAGUACCUAAAGUGACAUGGUUUAAGGAUGGUAAAGAGAUUGAUAAAAUGAUGAAUAUAGAAAUAACUACAGCUAUUGGAUAUAGUACAAUCUUCAUUAGAGAUGCUGUCAGGGAACAUCGUGGAGUGUACACAGUAGAAGCCAAAAAUGCAUCAGGCACUAAACGAGAAGAUAUUACCAUCAGAGUACAAGACACACCAGGAAAAGUUGGUGGACCAAUACGAUUCACAAACAUCACUGGAGAAAAAGUCACAUUAUGGUGGGAGCCUCCAGCUAAUGAUGGCUGUGCUUCUAUUUCUCACUACAUAAUUGAAAAACGUGAAACCAGCAGGAUUGCUUGGGCAUUAGUUGAAGAUAAAUGUGAAGCUUGCAGCUAUACAGCACUUAAAUUAAUUAAGGGCAAUGAGUAUCAGUUCCGUGUCUCUGCAGUGAACAAAUUUGGAGUUGGCAGACCAUUGGAGUCUGAUCCAGUUAUCGCACAAAUACCUUACACUCUCCCUGAUGCACCAGGAACUCCAGAGCCUACCAAUGUAACAGGAGACAGUAUCACACUCACAUGGGCAAGACCAGAGUCAGAUGGUGGAAGCGAGAUAAAUGAGUACAUUCUUGAAAGGAGAGAAAAGAAGAGCAUGCGCUGGGUUAAAGUAUCCAGUAAGAGGCCCAUUACUGAGAACAGAUACAGGGUAACUGGCCUUAUUGAAGGCAAUGAGUAUGAGUUCCAUGUCAUGGCUGAAAACGCUGCAGGGGUUGGACCUCCAAGUGACGUUUCAAAGCUGAUUAAAUGCAGAGAGCCAGUCAGCCCACCAAGUGCUCCUAAUGUUGUCAAGGUGACAGACACAUCAAAGACUAGUGUAACCUUAGAGUGGACAAAGCCAGUUUUUGAUGGAGGCAUGGAAAUAAUCGGGUACAUCAUUGAGAUGUGCAAAGCUGAUCUUGAAGCAUGGCAGAAAGUCAAUGCAGAGACUGUUAUUGCUACUAAAUAUACCGUUGUUGAUUUGGAGGCAGGAGAACACUAUAAAUUCAGAGUUAGUGCUGUCAAUGGUGCUGGCAGAGGAGAAAGUUGCGAAGUUCCUGCUUCAGUCCAAACCGUGGACAGGCUUUCUGCACCUGAAAUUGAUAUUGAUGCAAACUUCAAGCAGACUCAUAUUGUAAGAGCAGGUGCAAGCAUUCGUCUAUUCAUUGCCUUCUCUGGAAGGCCAGUUCCUACUGCAGUGUGGUCCAAAGCAGAUGCAAAUCUUAGUUUGCGUGCUGACAUUCAAACAACUGAUUCAUUCAGCACGUUGACUGUAGAGGAAUGCAAUAGGAAUGACGCUGGCAAGUAUGUCUUUACUGUGGAAAACAACAGUGGAAGCAAGUCUAUUACAUUUACUGUCAAGGUUUUGGACACACCUGGUCCACCAGGUCCUAUUACCUUUAAAGAUGUGACUCGAACAUCUAUUACUUUAAUGUGGGAUGCUCCUGUUCUAGAUGGAGGUUCUCGUAUUCACCACUAUGUUGUGGAAAAACGUGAAGCAAGUCGUCGUAGCUGGCAAGUGGUGAGUUCAAAAUGCACUCGACAAAUCUUUAAGGUCACAGAUCUAGCAGAAGGUAUGCCAUAUUACUACCGAGUAUCGGCAGAAAAUGAAUAUGGUGUAGGUGAACCCUGUGAAUUAACAGAACCAGUUGUAGCCACAGAAGAACCUGCUCCACCUAAGAGACUAGAUAUUGUUGAUACAACCAAAUCUUCUGUAGUUUUAGCUUGGCUUAAACCCGAUCAUGAUGGUGGUAGCCGUAUUACUGGAUAUCUUCUUGAAAUGAAACAAAAAGGAUCUGACUCCUGGACUGGAGCUGGACAAACCAAGCAACUUACUUUCACCGUUGAAGGCCUUGUGGAGAACACAGAAUAUGAGUUCCGGGUCAAGGCGAAGAAUGAUGCUGGCUACAGUGAGCCAAGAGAAGCUUUCUCUUCUGUUAUUGUUAAGGAGCCACAGAUUGAACCAACAGCAGAUCUCAGUGACAUAAGCAGACAGCUUAUAACAUGCAAGGCUGGAAGCACCUUUACUAUUGAUAUACCAAUCAGUGGGCGCCCAGCUCCGAAAGUGACAUGGAAACUUGAAGAGAUGAGGCUGAAGGAAACUGAAAGAGUGACCAUCAAGACAACAAAAGACCGAACCACACUGACUGUCAAAGACAGUAUGAGAGGUGACUCUGGUAAAUACUACCUUACACUUGAGAACACUGCUGGUGUGAAAACAUUUACUGUCACAGUGGUAGUCAUAGGAAGGCCAGGUCCUGUCACUGGCCCAAUUGAAAUAUCGUCUGUAUCUGCUGAGUCCUGUGUGUUGACCUGGAAAGAACCUGAAGAUGAUGGCGGCAGUGACAUUACAAACUACAUUGUAGAGAAACGUGAAUCUGGCACAACAGCAUGGCAGCUGGUGAAUUCCAGUGUGAAACGCACGCAGAUCAAAGUCAGUCAUCUCACAAAAUACCAAGAGUACAGUUUCCGAGUAAGCUCAGAAAAUCGAUUUGGUGUCAGCAAGCCAGUUGAAUCAAAAACUGUAGUUGCUGAGCAUCCAUUUGUCCCACCUAGCCCACCCUCAAGGCCAGAAGUCUAUUCUGUGUCUGCAAGUGCCAUGGCCAUUCGCUGGGAGGAACCCUAUCAUGAUGGUGGCAGCAAAGUCAUUGGAUAUUGGGUGGAAAAGAAGGAGCGCAACACCAUCCUUUGGGUGAAGGAGAACAAAGUACCAUGCUGUGACUGCAACUAUAAAGUCACGGGGUUGGUGGAAGGCCUGGAAUAUCAAUUCAGAACCUAUGCUCUAAAUGCUGCAGGUGUUAGCAAAGCUAGUGAAGCUUCCAGACCAGUAGUGGCUCAAAAUCCAGUUGAUCCACCAGGAAGACCAGAAGUAACAGAUGUCACCAGAUCGACAGUGUCACUGAGCUGGUCACCUCCACUUUAUGAUGGUGGAAGCAAAAUAAUCGGAUAUAUUAUUGAGCGCAAACCAUAUAACGAAUCUGGUGAUGGACGUUGGCUGAAAUGCAAUUAUACCAUUGUCUCAGAAAACUUUUUUACUGUGACAGCUCUUAGUGAAGAUGAAGCCUAUGAAUUCCGUGUACUAGCAAAGAAUGCUGCUGGUGUGAUUAGCAAAGGAUCUGAAUCAACUGGUGCUGUCAUUUGCAAAGAUGAAUACACACCACCAAAGGCUGAACUUGAUGCCAGACUGCAGGGAGAAGUUUUGAGCAUUAGGGCUGGAUCAGAUCUUGUUCUUGAUGCAGCCAUUGGUGGAAAACCAGAACCGAAAGUCUUCUGGUCCAAAGGUGACAGGGAACUGGAGCUAUGUGAAAAGAUAUCUCUGCAAUAUACCAGCAAACGAGCUAUUGCAAUUAUCAAGUUCUGUGACAGAAGUGAUAGUGGAAAAUAUACCCUAACUGUUAAAAACGCCAGUGGGAUGAAACAAAUUUCUGUUCUUGUCAAAGUGCUUGAUUCACCAGGUCCAUGUGCAGGCAAAAUCACAAUUAGCAGAGUAACAGAAGAGAAAUGUACUCUGGCAUGGAACAUUCCUGAGGAAGAUGGAGGGGCAGAAAUCACUCACUACAUCAUAGAAAGGCGUGAAACCAGCAGACUUCACUGGGUUAUUGUUGAGGCUGAAUGCCAGACUUUAUCAACUGUAGUAACAAAACUUAUUAAAAAUAAUGAAUACAUUUUCCGUGUGAGAGCUGUCAACAAAUAUGGAGCAGGUGUUCCACUUGAAUCAGAAACUGUGAUUGCCAGGAAUGCUUUCACUAUUCCAACCCAGCCUGGUGCUCCUGAAGAAGUGAGUGUUGGCAAGGAGCAUAUCAUUAUUCAGUGGUCGAAACCAGAAUCGGAUGGUGGCAGUGAGAUUAAGGACUAUCUUGUGGACAAACGUGAAAGGAAGAGUCUGCGCUGGACACGCGUGAAUAGAGAUUAUACCAUUUAUGACACCAGACUGAAAGUCACUGGUCUCAUGGAAGGGGGCCAAUACCAAUUCCGUGUCACUGCAGUGAAUGCUGCUGGAAACAGUGAACCCAGUGAAGCUUCACAAUACAUGUUAUGUAAAGAACCAUCAUACACUCCUGCAUCACCUUCAGUUCCAAGAGUUGUGGAUACUACAAUGCACAGCAUCAGUUUAGCAUGGUCAAAGCCCACAUAUGAUGGUGGUGCUGACCUCUUAGGCUAUGUUCUUGAAAUGAAAGAAGAAGGCAGUGAACAGUGGUAUCGAGCACAUACAGCCGCCACUCUGAGGAAUGCUGAGUUCACCGUGACGGGUCUUAAAACAAACCAGAAAUACCAAUUCCGAGUUGCUGCAACAAACGUGAAUGGUAUGAGUGAAUUUAGUGAAUCAUCAGCAGAAAUAGAACCUGUGGAAAGAAUAGAAACACCUGAACUGGAGCUUGCUGAUGAUCUGAAGAAGACAGUUACAGUCAGAGCUGGAGGCUCCCUGCGCCUAAUGGUCUCUGUAUCUGGCAGACCUGCUCCUGUAAUCACAUGGAGCAAGCAGGGUGUUGACCUUGUCAGUCGAGGUAUUAUUGAUACUACAGACAGCUACACUCUGCUUAUUGUGGAUAAAGUUAAUCGGUAUGAUGCUGGAAAAUACAUCAUUGAGGCUGAAAAUCAAUCAGGAAAAAAAUCUGCAACUAUUUCUGUGAAAGUGUAUGACACACCCGGUCCACCACCUGCAGUGAGAGUUAAGGAAGUAUCAAAAGAUUCUGUGACACUUACUUGGGACAUUCCAGUCAUUGAUGGUGGAGCCCCAGUCAACAAUUACAUAAUUGAGAAACGUGAAGCUUCCAUGAGAGCUUACAAGACUGUCACUACCAAAUGCAGCAAGACAUUUUACAGAGUUACUGGACUUCUGGAAGGAGCUUUGUAUUAUUUCCGAGUACUACCAGAAAAUAUUUACGGCAUUGGUGAAGGCUGUGAAACAUCUGAUGCAGUACUGGUAUCUGAUGUCCCCAUGGUACCACAAAAACUCGAAGUGAUUGACACCACUAAAUCAACUGUUACACUUGCUUGGGAGAAACCACUGCAUGAUGGUGGCAGCAGAUUGACUGGCUAUGUCAUUGAGGCCAGCAAAGCUGGGACAGAAAGAUGGUUGAAGGUAGUGACGUUGAAGCCUACGGUCUACGAGCAUACCAUUAUCUCUCUCAAUGAAGGUGAACAGUACUUGUUCCGGGUCAGAGCACAGAAUCAGAAGGGCAUGUCAGAACCACGUGAGAUUGUCACAGCAGUGACAGUUCAGGACCGAAAAGUUCUACCAACAAUUGACUUCACUGGAAUACCUCAGAAGACCAUCCAUGUACCUGCUGGCAAGCCCAUUGAAUUAGCCAUUCCAAUUGAAGGACGACCACCUCCAACUGCGUCUUGGUUCUUUGCUGGUUCUAAACUAAAAGAAUCAGAACGCAUCAAAAUGGAGACUUCUGCCAAAAUGGCCAAAUUAACUGUGCGUGAGACCACCAUACAUGACACAGGGGAGUAUACACUUGAACUGAAGAACACAACUGGAACAGUUACUGAUACAGUAAAAGUUAUAAUCCUUGACAAGCCUGGACCACCUGUUGGACCUAUCAGAAUUGAUGAAAUUGAUGCGAAUUAUGUAACCAUCUCCUGGGAGCCUCCUGAGCUGGAUGGUGGAGCUGCCCUUAGUGGGUAUGUGGUAGAACAACGUGAUGCUCACCGUCCUGGAUGGCUGCCAGUUUCAGAGUCAGUAACCAGGACAACAUUUAAGUUCACCAGACUUGUUGAAGGUGCAGAAUAUGUGUUCCGUGUAGCUGCUACAAACCGCUUUGGAAUUGGAUCUUACCUGCAGUCUGAAAUUAUAGAAUGCAAGAGCAGAAUCCGUAUUCCUGGUCCUCCUGGCACUCCUGAAGUGUUUGAUAUCUCUCGAGAUGGCAUGACAUUGACUUGGUAUCCUCCAGAAGAUGAUGGUGACUCACAGAUUACUGGUUAUAUUGUGGAACGCAAAGAAGUUAGAGCAGAUAGAUGGAUCCGUGCAAAUAAAGUUCCAGUCACCAUGACUCGUUACCGUUCCACUGGGUUGGUUGAAGGAUUAGAAUAUGAACACCGGGUCACUGCAAUCAAUGCCAGAGGCACUGGGAAACCCAGCCGUCCUUCCAAAUCUGCUGUUGCCAGAGAUCCAAUUGCUCCUCCAGGUAAACCUCAGAAUCCAAGAGUCACUGAUACUACAAGAACAUCUGUCUCCCUGGCUUGGAGUCCACCAGAAGAUGAAGGUGGCUCUAAGGUUACUGGCUACUUAAUUGAGAUGCAGAAGGUUGAUCAAUUUGAAUGGACCAAGUGCAACACUACACCAACCAAGAUUCGGGAAUACACCUUGACACAUCUUCCCCAAGGUGCAGAGUACAGAUUCCGAGUGCUAGCCUGUAAUGCUGGUGGGCCAGGAGAACCUGCUGAAGUGCCAGGAACAGUCAAAAUUACAGAAAUGCUUGAAUAUCCUGACUAUGAACUUGAUGAAAAAUACCAAGAAGGUCUCAUGGUGAGACAAGGAGGAGUAAUCAGGCUUACAAUACCCAUUAAGGGUAAGCCCAUGCCAGUAUGCAAAUGGACAAAAGAAGGACAGGACAUCAGCAAGAGGGCCAUGAUUGCAACUUCAGAGACUCACACAGAACUUGUGAUCAAAGAUGCAGAAAGAGAAGAUUCGGGCACCUAUGAUUUGGUACUUGAAAACAAGUGUGGCAAGAAAGCCGUGUACAUUAAAGUCAGAGUGAUUGGCAUUCCAAAUCCACCAGAAGGACCACUUGAGUAUGAUGAUAUACAAGCUCGCUCUGUCAGAGUAAGCUGGAGACCUCCUACAGAUGAUGGUGGUGCAGACAUCCUGGGUUAUAUUGUUGAGAGAAGAGAAGUACCGAAGACUGCCUGGUACACUGUUGACUCUAGAGUGAAAGGGACAUCACUAGUGGUGAAAGGACUCAAAGAAAAUGUGGAAUAUCACUUCCGUGUUUCUGCUGAAAACCAUUUUGGUAUUAGCAAAUCUCUCAAAUCUGAAGAACCAGCAGUACCAAAGACACCUCUAAAUCCACCAGAGCCUCCAAACAACCCACCUGAAGUCCUUGAUGUUACAAAGAGUUCUGUCAACUUGUCCUGGUCCAGACCUAAAGAUGAUGGUGGUUCUCGUGUAACUGGCUACUAUAUUGAACGUAAAGAGACAUCUACAGAAAAAUGGGUCCGGCAUAAUAAGACUCAGAUUACCACUACAAUGUACACAGUCACAGGACUUGUUCCAGAUGCUGAAUAUCAAUUCCGCGUCAUUGCUCAAAAUGACAUUGGUGAAAGUGAAGCAAGUCCUGCUUCUGAACCAGUUGUAUGCAAGGAUCCAUUUGACAAACCUAGCCAACCUGGAGAAAUUGAGAUCACUUCUAUCUUUAAGGACAGCAUUACAUUAGAAUGGGAACGACCUGAAAGUGAUGGUGGCAAAGAGAUCCUUGGCUAUUGGGUUGAAUAUCGCCAGUCUGGAGAAAGCACCUGGAAAAAAUGCAAUAAGGAACGCAUCAAGGACAGGCAGUUUACAGUAGGAGGUUUACUAGAGGCCACAGAAUAUGAGUUCCGUGUUUUUGCAGAAAAUCAGACUGGCCUCAGCAGACCUCGAAGGACUGCUAUGGCAGUGAAAACUAAAUUAACAUCUGGAGAAGCACCUGCCAUAAAGAAAGAAAUGCAGGAUGUUACAACUAAACUGGGUGAGGCAGCUCAACUGACAUGCCAGAUUGUUGGGAGACCUUUGCCUGAUAUUAAAUGGUACCGCUUUGGCAAAGAGCUGGUACAAAGCAGAAAAUACAAAAUGUCAUCUGAUGGACGCAAUCAUACACUGACAGUAAUGACAGAUGAACAGGAGGAUGAAGGUCUUUACACUUGUAUGGCUACCAAUGAUGUUGGAGAAAUUGAAACUAGUGGCAAGCUAUUAUUGCAGGCUCCUCCUCAGUUCCACCCUGGCUUCCCAUUGAAAGAGAAAUACUACGCAGGCGCAGGUGGCACCCUCCGCCUUCAUGUUGUGUAUAUUGGCCGGCCAGUACCAGCAAUAACUUGGUUCCAUGGCAACAAACCUUUGAGAGGAUCAGAAACAGUUACUAUUGAGAACACAGAACAGUAUACUCAUCUUGCUAUUAAGAAUGUCCAGCACAAGACUCAUGCUGGGAAGUACAAAGUACAACUCAGUAACACAUUUGGAACAGUUGACACUGUACUUAAUGUGGAAAUACAAGAUAAACCAGAUAAACCAGUAGGACCAAUUGUUAUAGAGUCUAUAUUGAAGAAUUCUGUGGUGAUAAGCUGGAAACCGCCAGAGGAUGAUGGAGGUGUUAUGAUAACCAAUUACAUCAUAGAGAAACGUGAAGCCAAGGAAGGAGCAGAAUGGCAACUUGUAUCUUCAAGUAUUUCAGGCACAACCUGUAGAAUUGUUAACCUAACUGAAAAUGCAGGCUAUUAUUUCCGUGUUUCUGCUCAGAAUAUGUACGGCAUUAGUGAAGCACUGGAGGUUUCAUCAGUAGUUUUUAUAAAGCCUCCAUUUGAAAAACCAGGACAACCCGGCCAGCCAGUAGCAAGUGCUAUCACAAAGGAUUCUUGUGUUGUCUCAUGGAAACCACCUGCAAGUGAUGGCGGUGCAAAGAUUAGAACUUACUAUCUUGAGAAGCGUGAGAAAAAACAAAACAAGUGGAUUUCUGUAACAACAGAUGAAAUUCGUGAAACAGUCUACUCUGUGAAAGAUCUUAUUGAAGGUCUUGAAUAUGAGUUCCGUGUAAAAUGUGAAAAUCUUGGUGGUGAAAGUGAGUGGAGUGAGGUAUCCGAACCAGUCAUUCCAAAAUCUGAUGUACCAAUUAAAGCUCCACAUUUCAAGGAAGAACUAAGGAAUCUGAAUGUGAAAUUUCAAGCUAAUGCCACAUUUGUCUGCAAAGUCACUGGUCAUCCUAAGCCAAUUGUCAAGUGGUACAGACAGGGCAAAGAAAUCAUGCCAGAUGGGGAAAAGAUCAAGAUACAGGAAUUCAAGGGAGGAUAUUACCAGCUGGUCAUCACAAAUGUAACAGAUGAUGAUGCUACAGUAUAUCAAGUUAGAGCUACCAACCAAGGAGGAUCUGUGUCUGGCACUGCCUCUCUGGAUGUUGAAGUUCCUGCAAAGAUUCAUUUGCCUAAAAACUUGGAAGGCAUGGGAGCUGUUCAUGCCCUCCGAGGGGAAGUGGUGAGCAUCAAGAUUCCAUUCAGUGGCAAGCCGCCCCCUGUGAUCACAUGGCAGAAGGGACAAGAUCUUAUCGAUACUAAUGGACACUACCAAGUCAUUGUUACACGGUCAUUCACAUCUCUUGUUUUCCCAAAUGGUGUUGACAGAAAAGAUGCAGGGUUUUACAUUGUUUGUGCCAAAAACAGAUUUGGAAUUGAUCAAAAAACAGUUGAAUUAGAUGUGGCUGAUGUGCCUGAUCCACCAAGAGGUUUGAAGGUAACUGACGUUUCAAGGGAUUCAGUCAACUUAACCUGGAAUGAACCAGCUACUGAUGGUGGAAGCAGGAUCACGAACUACAUUAUUGAGAAACGUGCUACGACAGCAGAGCGAUGGAUUCGUGUUGCACAAGCUCGUGAUACACGAUACACAGUGGUGAACCUAUUUGGCAAGACCACCUACCAGUUCCGUGUAAUUGCAGAGAACAAGUUUGGCCAAAGUCAGCCUUCUGAACCUACUGAUCCAGUUGUAACAAAGGAAGACAAGACCAGAGUAAUGAACUAUGAUGAAGAAGUUGAUGAAACCAGAGAAAUUACGGCAGCUAAAGCAGGUCACUAUUCUACAAAGGAACUCUAUGACAAAUACUUGAUUGCAGAAGAGCUUGGACGCGGGCAGUUUGGCAUUGCACACCGCUGUGUUGAGGCAGUUUCAAAAAAGACUUACCUGGCCAAAUUUGUCAAAGUAAAGGGUGCGGACCAAGUUUUGGUAAAGAAAGAAAUUUCCAUCCUAAACAUUGCUAGGCACCGAAAUAUCCUGUAUCUUCAUGAGUCAUUUGAGAGCCUAGAAGAGUUGGUCAUGAUCUUUGAAUUCAUUUCUGGUGUUGACAUCUUUGAAAGAAUCAGCACAGCUUCAUUUGAACUUAAUGAAAGAGAAAUAGUAAGUUACGUACGCCAGGUCUGUGAUGCACUAGAAUUUUUACAUCGUCAUAGCAUUGGACAUUUUGAUAUUAAACCAGACAAUAUUAUUUACUUCACAAGAAGAAGCUCUGUAAUUAAAAUUGUUGAAUUUGGUCAAGCCAGACAGUUGAGGCCUGGAGACAGCUUUAGACUCCAGUUCACUUCUCCUGAAUAUUAUGCGCCUGAAGUACAUCACCAUGACUUGGUCAGCACAGCUACGGACAUGUGGUCAGUUGGUGCUCUAACAUACAUACUUCUCAGUGGCCUUAACCCUUUCAUUGCUGAAACAAACCAACAAGUUAUUGAAAAUAUUCUAAAUGCUGAAUACAGCUUUGAGGAUGAAGCAUUCAAGGACAUAAGCGUUGAAGCCAUGGACUUCAUUGAUCGCCUACUAGUAAAGGAAAGAAAAUCUCGGAUGACAGCUGCUGAAGCGCUUAAUCACGUGUGGCUAAAACAGCAGACGGAAAAGACCAGCACCAAAACCAUUAAGACCUUAAGGCACAGGCGUUACUAUCAAACUCUAGUAAAGAAGGAGUGGAACACAGUUGUGUCAGUAGCCCGCAUUUCCUGUGGAGGCGCAAUUAGAUCCCAGAAAGGCAUAACAGUGGCUAAAGUUAAAGUUGCCCCAAUAGACAUUGGGCCUAUUGCUGGGCAGAUAAAGCAUAAUGUUGCAGAAGAAGGAGGCCAUGCCAAAUAUGUAUGUACAAUUGAAAACUAUGAUGAGUCCACACAAGUCACAUGGUACUUCGGUAUGAGGCAAUUAGAAAGCAAUGAGAAAUACGAAAUCAAAUAUGAAGAUGGUGUGGCAACCAUGUAUGUCAAAGAUGUUUCUAAAUCAGAUGAUGGUACCUACAGAUGCAAGGUGGUGAAUGAUUAUGGUGAGGACAGCUCUUAUGCAGAACUUUUUGUUAAAGGUGUGAGAGAAAUUUCUGAGCACUACAGAUGCAGAACUGUUAGAAAAGUGAAACGAAGGGUUGAUACUAUGAGACUAUUAGAGCAUCCCCCAGAAUUUACUCUGCCUUUGUAUAACCGCACUGCGUAUGUUGGAGAAAAUGUCAGGUUUGGAGUAACUAUAACAGUUCACCCAGAACCUCGCUUAACAUGGUACAAAUCAGGCCAGAAAAUCAAACCUGGGGAUGAUGAUAAGAAGUAUACUUUUGAAUCAGACAAGGGUCUUUAUCAGCUUGUCAUCAAUAAUGUCACUGAAGAGGAUGAUGCUGAAUACAGUAUUGUGGCACGCAAUAAAUAUGGUGAAGACAGCUGCAAAGCUAAGCUGACUGUGAUUCCACAUCCCCCUCCAGCAGAUGCCACACUCAGGCCAAUGUUUAAAAGACUGCUGGCAAAUGCUGAAUGUCAAGAAGGCCAAAAUGUCAGUUUUGAGAUCAGGGUAUCUGGUGUGCCAAAACCAACGCUGACAUGGGAGAAAGAUGGUCAACCUCUAUCUUUUGGUCCUAACUUUGAUAUAAUUCAUGAAGGUUUAGAUUACUAUGCUUUGCACAUCAGAGAUACUUUACCAGAAGACAGUGGCUACUACAGAGUUACUGCUACAAACAGUGCCGGAUCUACCAGCUGUCAGGCUUAUCUAAAAGUUGAACGCUUGAAAUACGUCAAGCGUGAGUACAAGACAGAAGAAGAGCGGGAGAAACAUGUACAGAGGCAAAUUGACAAGACCUUACGAAUGGCAGAAAUCCUUUCUGGGGUUGAAGCUGUUCCACUGACACAAACUGCACAAGAGGCUCUCAGAGAAGCUGCUAUCUUAUAUAAACCAGCUGUUAGCUCAAAGACCGUUAAAGGUGAAUAUGAAAUUCAGAAAGAAGAAAAGAAGGAGAAGGAGGAAAGGAGACUUCGUAUGCCAUAUGAGAUCCCAGAGCCUCGCAAACAUGUGCGUGCUGCUCUUGAGGAAGAUCAGCAUAUUAAACACUAUGUGCCACUGUCAGACAUGAAGUGGUACAAGCGGCUGCGAGACCAGUAUGAAAUGCCAGGAAAACUUGAGAGGACUGUUCAGAAACGCCAGAAACGCAUACGUCUUUCCAGGUGGGAGCAAUUCUAUGUGAUGCCGCUGCCUCGCAUUUCUGAUCAGUACAAGCCUAAAUGGCGCAUACCAAAGCUGACACAAGACGAUCUUGAAAUUGUGAGACCAGCACGCCGGCGUAUCCCAUCUCCAGAGUAUGAAUAUCACUAUAGACCAAGAAGGCGGUCGCUUGGUGACUUAUCUGAUGAGGAAUUGCUCAUGCCAAUAGAUGAUUACUUAGCCAUGAAGAGAACUGAAGAGGAAAGACUGCGCCUUGAAGAGGAGCUGGAGUUAGGCUUUUCUGCUUCCCCACCAAGUAGAAGCCCCCCACGCUUUGAACUGUCUGCACUUCGAUAUUCUACUGCAGGAGCACAGGUCAGUUCAGAGGAAGAAAGAAAAAGAGAGCUGAGGUAUUCAAGUUAUCACAUUCCAACUAAAGCUGAGACAAGUGCAAGCUAUGCAGAGCUUCGUCAACGUCAUGACAGGGCUGCCUACAGACCACCUAAACAAAAGCAAAGAAUAAUGGAUGAGCGGGAGGAUGAAGAAUUGCUCCGGCCUGUUGGCACUGAUCAGCGACUCUCUGAAUACAGGAGUGAGCUCAAAUAUAUGGCAGAGGAAGAAAAGAGUAGACUCAGGAGAAGGAGGGAAAGAGAAAUAACUGAGAUCACAUCAGAAGAAGAAGAAGAAAUAGAAAUGGUGCAAUAUGCUCACAGGGAAUUUUCACCUCCCUCUAGAUUAUUAAGGAGAAGAAGAUCUCUUUCUCCAACUUACAUUGAGCUGAUGCGUCCUGUAUCUGAAUUAAUUCAACCUCGCUCACGGCCUCCUGAAGAAAGUGAGAGAAGAUCCCCAACACCAGAGAGAACUCGACCACGAUCACCUAGCCCAGUUUCUAGUGAAAGAUCUCUCUCCCGAUUUGAGAGGAUGGCAAGAUUUGAUAUAUUUUCUAGAUACGAGUCCAUGAAAUCUGCUCUGAAAACUCAAAAAACUAUGGAAAGGAAAUAUGAAGUUCUGACUCAGCAGCCUUUCACCCUUGACCAUGCUCCUCGCAUUACCCUGAGAAUGCGCUCACACCGAGUACCGUGUGGCCAUAAUACUAGGUUCAUUCUAAAUGUCCAGUCAAAACCAACCGCCGAAGUGAAGUGGUACCACAAUGGUAUUGAGCUCCAAGAGAGCAGUAAGAUUCACUUUACCAAUACGAGUGGUGUAUUAACUCUGGAGAUUCUCGACUGCCACAUUGAUGACAGUGGAACAUACCGAGCUGUAUGCACAAACUACAAAGGGGAAUGCUCUGAUUAUGCAACACUAGAUGUUACUGGAGGAGAUUACACUACAUACUCUUCCCAGAGGAGAGAUGAAGAAGUACCAAGGGCAAUUUUGCCUGACUUGACAAAAACAGAGGCAUAUGCAAUCUCCUCGUUUAAGAAAGCAUCUGAAACAGAAGCAAGUUCCUCAGUAAGAGAGGUCAAAUCAGAAGUGUCAUCAACAAGAGAGUCACUUUUAUCCUAUGAACACUAUGCUGCUUCUGAAGAAAAAGUCACUGCAGCUGAAAAAAAAUCACUGGAAGAAAGGACUUCACACAAAGCAUUUAAAAGCACUCUGCCAGCAACAAUCCUUACAAAGCCACGGUCAAUCACAGUUUCUGAAGGGGAGACGGCAAGAUUUUCCUGUGAUGUUGAUGGUGAACCAGCACCAACAAUAACAUGGCUCCAUGCAGGUCAACCUAUUGUUUCUUCAAGGCGCUUCCAAGUAACACGAACACAGUACAAGUCUACCUUUGAAAUUUCUUCCGUCCAGAUAUCAGAUGAAGGAAGUUACACUGUUGUGGUGGAAAACUCUGAAGGAAGACAGGAAGCCCAUUUUACUUUGACCAUUCAAAGAACAAAAAUUCCUGAAAAAACAAUUACAUCACCUCCAAGGAUCAAAUCUCCUGAGCCUCGUGUAAAGUCACCAGAGCCAGUUAAGUCCCCUAAACGAGUGAAAUCUCCUGAACCCAUCAGCAGUCCCCCAAAAGCUAAGUCACCACCUGGAGACAAAAUGGUAUCAACAGAGAAAGUACAAUUACCAACUGCUUCUACACCAAAGAUAAAACAGCAUCUGAAAGCAGAAACUCUUGGAGAUAAGGUAAAGUUAUCCUGUGCAGUUGAAAGCAAUGUUUUAAGUGUCAGAGAAGUGGCAUGGUAUAAGGACGGUAAAAAACUGAAAGAAGACCAUCAUUUCAAGUUUCAUUAUGCAGCAGAUGGCACUUAUGAGCUCAAAAUCCAUGAGCUCAUGGAAUCUGAUAAAGGAGAAUACACCUGUGAAAUUAUUGGUGAAGGAGGUGUUUCAAAAACUAACUUCCAGUUUACCGGCCAAGUAUUUAAAAAUAUCUAUUCCCAGGUAAGAGGUGUAACUGAAUCUCAUAAAACAGUUCAGAAAGAAGAUGAGUUACUUAUGGUUUCUAGCCAGAAGAAAUCAGUAGUGGCAACUGAAGAGAAAUCUGCAGUUCAAGAAGUCAUUAAAAAGUCAGUCGUUACAGAAGAUGUCAAACAAAUGAAAGCAGAAAUUACAGCUUCUUCAACUAAAAUGACAAUGUCUGAAGGGCAAAAAGUGACACUGAAGGCCAACAUUCCUGGUGCCUCUGAAGUAAAAUGGGUGCUGAAUGGAAUGGAGCUGAGAAAUUCAGAUGAUUACAGAUAUGGUGUUUCUGGAAGUGAUCACACGCUAACUAUCAAAAAGGCCAGUAAUAAGGAUGAAGGUAUACUCACCUGUGAGGGUAAAACUGACGAAGGCAUUAUUAAAUGCCAGUAUGUUGUGACCCUUUCUAAAGAGCGCUCCAGUGAACCAGCAUUCAUCAUGCAGCCUAAGUCUCAAAAUGUCAAUGAAGGACAAGACGUAUUGUUCACCUGUGAAGUUUCUGGGGAGCCUUCUCCUGAAGUUGAGUGGUUAAAGAAUAAUCAGCCUAUUGCAGUUUCAUCGCACCUCAGAGUAUCCCGCUCUAAAAAUAUAUAUUCUCUUGAGAUUCGAAAUGCUGCAGUGAGUGACACUGGAAAAUACACAGUCAAGGCAAAAAAUUACCAUGGGCAGUGUUCUGCUACAGCAUCUUUGACUGUACUCCCUCUAGUUGAAGAACCUCCGAAAGAGGUAGUAUUGAAGACCAGUGGCGACGCAAGCAUGCACGAAAGUUUUUCUUCUCAGUCCUUUCAAAUGGCUUCUUCUAAACAAGAGGCUUCAUUCAGCAGUUUCAGCAGUAGCAGCAUGACUGAAAUGAAAUUUGAAAGCAUGUCUGCCAAAAGCAUGUCCUCCAUGAAAGAAUCCUUUGUAGAGAUGAGCUCCAGCAGUAUUAUGGGGAAAUCUAGCAUGGCUCAACUGGAGAGUUCAACUAGUAAAAUGCUUAAAUCAGGUCUGAGAGGAGUACCACCCAAAAUCGAAGCUCUCCCAUCUGACAUCAGCAUUGAGGAAGGAAAAGUUCUCACACUAUCCUGUGCCUUUUCGGGUGAACCUGCUCCUGAAAUAACAUGGUACUGCAGAGGGAGAAAAAUUACGAGUCAGGACCAGCAAGGCAGAUUCCACAUUGAAACCAGUGAAGAUCUAACCACCCUGAUCAUCAUGGAUGUCCAGAAGAACGACGGUGGACUUUAUACUCUGAAUUUAGGGAAUGAAUUUGGUACCGAUUCUGCCACUGUGAAUAUAAAUAUCCGAUCACCUUAGAGAGUUUAAUCUGUAUUAUUUACACUUGUAUUUUUACAAGUGAUUCAUAUAUGGACUGAAAUAUCUAAUAUGUAAAUAUAAAAGAAAAAUAUUUUUUUACCUACCUGAACAAGACAAAGUCCAGAUCUAUACAUUAUGACUUAUAGUCAUUAUUGACCUAAGAAUUUAAAACACUUUUUUCACUGACAUGUACAUACUGUAUAUAGCCGAAGUUAACGGUUAUGAAGUUUUGUACCGUUUAUUUUAUGACAUUUUGAAACGUAACUUUUGGAACUAACAGUUGGUAGGGGAAAGUUUCCUAGCAAAUGACUACCCUGCUCAACAUUUAACUAAUUUUUGCGCCUCAACUCAUUGUUGAUGUCUAAGAAUGCCUCAACAGGUAGAGAAGCUCCCUGUUGAAGAUUACCUAUGCCUAAGACAUGAUACUGUGCACAGUAUUUCAUACGUGCACAAAUAUUUAUGUUGAAUCAGAAAUGUAAGGCAUUGGUGAUGUUUGCAAUUACCCUCCUGUAAGCAUUGCUUUAAUGUUUUACAUUGGAUCUGAUUAUGUCAUAAUUUUCAUACCUGAUUGACAAUUUCUGGACAAAGUGCAAGCGGCCAGCACUUUGUUCACCCACUGUGUACUGUUUCUGACACAUUGACUGCCUGAAUAGCUUUUAAAAAAGUAACAUCACCUGGCCAUCCCCUUAAUCAACAGAGCUAUUUAGGUAUUCAAGUGCAGCAGCAGUACCCCAUCUCGGAGGUUCUUAGGGUGCAGUGAUUGAGUUUGUGUGGUAGUAUUAGACACCCAGUAGUCACUUCCGGGCAACUAAGCAAUGAACCACAGUUUGAAAACAAACUGUUGCUACAACAUCAAAUACCAGCCUGCACUUCAAUUUGCUUUAGUUCUCCUAAUGUAGUAAUAGAGCUUGGUAGCUGUUGAACCUCCUUGAGAUAGAAUUGUUCAUUUGAAAUAAAGCAUGCUUUCUGCACCAUAAAA